GUUUAUUAUAAGCUGCUGACGUCAAGAAGGACAGCCAUCUUUGAUGAGGGCAGAGCUCUUUUCAUUGAAGAAGGAGACUCGAGGAGGUCAGGAACGGUGGUUCUUGCCUCCUGCAGCAACAGCCUUAAAAAUAAGGUUUUCUAAUAGUGGUAGUCGCCUUAGAUAAUUGCCUCGGCUGGAGCUGGUUACACGCCACUCACGGUAAGGAAAAACCCACCAGGUGUCAUUAUGGUUAUAUGUCUGAUUUUUCUUCUCCUUCCUGAUUUUUGUCUCUAUUAUUAUUUUGUAUUAUUAUUUUUUACUUGUUUAUACGCCUUUCCCUCGAAUUCAGGGAAGGGAGCGCUAUUUGUUGAUGGCUCUGCUCUUGCUGGUUGAUGAGAACGGUAAUUAAUGAUAGUUAUCAGUGCCCAGAUUUCCAUGCGAAGGUAGGGUCGCAGGCGGUGGUUUGAGAAUCUCCUGCACGGUUUGAUGCAGUGUGUCCCCAGAGGAAGGCUAGCCCGCACCGAACACAGAACGUUCCAUCUAUGAUUCAAUGUUUACUUGGUGAACGUUCCAUUCUAACAUUCAAUGUUUACUUGGCGAACGUUCCAUUCUAUGACACAAUGUUACUGAGUGAACGUUCCAUUUUAUGAUACAAUGUUACUGAGUGAACGUUCCAUUCUAAGUUACUGGUUGAACGCUCCAUUCUAUGAUACAAUGUUACUGGGUAAACGUUCUAUACUGGGUGGGCGGAUUCAGCACCGCAGACGGUGGACAGCGUUCUCCUCUGCAGAGAUCCUGCUCCUGCAGCAAAUACUAGGGAGCAGCCUGCUGCAUUGUGCGGAUUAUAGCCUGGAGGUAUACUACAGGCUGUAUAGCUCUGCUCCCAUAUACUAAUAUAGCUCUACACCCAUAUACUAAUAUAGUAAUCGAGCUCUGCCCUUAUAUACUAAUAUAGUUCUGCUCCCAUAUACUACAGGCUAUAAAGCUCUGCUCCAAUAUACUAAGAGAGCUCUACUCCAAUAUACUAAGAGAGCUCUGCCCCAUAUACUAAUAGAGCCGUGCCCCCAUAUACUAUUAUAGCUCUGCUCUUAUAUAGUAAUCGAGCUUAGCGCUCAUAUACUGAUAUAGCUCUGCUCCUAUAUGCUAUAUAGCUAUCUGUCCUCCCCCAUACUACAUGCUAUAAAGCUAUCUGUCCUCCCUCAUACUGCAUGCUAUAUAGCUAUCUGUCCUCCCCCUUACUGCAUUCUAUAUAGCUAUCUGUCCUCCCCUAUACUGCAUUCUAUAUAGCUAUCUGUCCUCCCCCAUACCACAUGCUAUAUAGCUAUCUGUCCUCCCUCAUACCGCAUGCUAUAUAGCUAUCUAUCCUCCCUCAGACUUCAUGCUAUAUAGUUAUCUGUCCUCCCCCCAUACUACAUGCUAUAUAGCUAUCUAUCCCCCCAUACUGCAUGCUGUAUAGCUAUCUGUCCUCCCCCAUACUGCAAGCUUUAUAGCUAUCUGUACUCCCCCAUACUACAUGCUAUAUAGCUAUCUGUACUCCCCCAUACUGCAUGCUAUAUAGCUAUCUGUUCUCCACCUAACUACAUGCUAUAUAGCUAUCUGUCCCCCCAUACUGCAUGCUAUAUAGAUCUCUGUCCUCCCCCAUACUGCAUGCUACAUAGCUAUCUGGCCUCCCCCAUACUGCAUGCUAUAUAGCUAUCUCCUCCCCCAUACUCCAUGCUAUUUAGCUAUCUGCCCUCCCCCAUACUGCAUGCUAUAUAGCUAUCUGUCCUUCCCCAUACUGCAUGCUAUAUAGCUAUCUGUCCUCCCUCAUACCACAUACUAUAUAGCUAUCUUUCCUUCCCCAUACUACAUGCUAUAUGGUUAUCUGUCCUCCCCCAUAAUGCAUGCUAUAUGGCUAUCUGUCCUCCCCCAUACUGCAUGCUAUAUAGCUAUCUGUCCUCCCUCAUACCACAUACUAUAUAGCUAUCUUUCCUUCCCCAUACUACAUGCUAUAUGGUUAUCUGUCCUCCCCCAUAAUGCAUGCUAUAUGGCUAUCUGUCCUCCCCCAUACUGCAUGCUAUAUAGCGAUCUGUCCUCCCCCAUACUGUAUGCUAUAUAGCUAUCUAUCCUCCCCCAUACUGUAUGUUAUAUAGCUAUCUAUCCUCCCCCAUACUGCAUGCUAUAUAGCUAUCUGUCCUCCCCCAUACUGUAUGCUAUAUAGCUAUCUGUCCUCCCCCAUACUGCAUGCUAUAUAGCUAUCAGUCAUCCCCCAUACUGCAUGCUAUAUAGCUAUCUGUCCUCCCCCAUACUGCAUGCUGUAUAGCUAUCUGUCCUCCCCCAUACUGCAGGCUAUAUAGCUAUCUGUCCUCCCCCAUACUGCAGGCUAUAUAGCUAUCUGUCCUCCCCCAUACUGCAUGCUAUAUAGCAAUCUGUCCUCCCCCAUACUGCAUGCUAUAUAGCUAUCUUUCCUCCCCCAUACUGUAUGCUAUAUAGCUAUCUGUCCUCCCCCAUACUGCAUGCUAUAUAGCUAUCAGUCAUCCCCCAUACUGCAUGCUAUAUAGCUAUCUGUCCUCCCCCAUACUGCAUGCUGUAUAGCUAUCUGUCCUCCCCCAUACUGCAGGCUAUAUAGCUAUCUGUCCUCCCCCAUACUGCAUGCUAUAUAGCUAUCUGUCCUCCCCCAUACUGCAGGCUAUAUAGCUAUCUGUCCUCCCCCAUACUGCAUGCUAUAUUUAUCUGUCCUCCCCCAUACUGCAUGCUAUAUAGCUAGUUUUUGCUACUAUACAGCAUGUUCCGUAGAUAGCCAGUACUGCAUGCUUUAGUUAGAUGUAUUUGUUUUUAGCUGGGAGGCUGAUAGGGUAUUGUAGAUGAAAGCUUUGGUUCUCACUCAUACUGGCAAAAGGAAAUUGUUUAGCUGAUUUAGCAUGAUAAGAUGAUGGAGCCACACAAACCUAGAAAUGCAUAUAGACAGAGGUCCUAUUAAAAUUUCUGCUAUUUGUGUAUUUAUAUUCCUUGACAAUCGUGUGUAUGUGUGUGUUUGUAUGUAUGUAUGUAUGUGUGUAUGUGUGUGUGUGUAUGUGUGUGUGUGUGUGUGUGUGCAUGUAUGUGUGUGUGUGUGUGUGCACCCAUACAUACACACAUACGCACACAUGCAGACUCACUUUGAUAUUGCUGUUAAUGUUAAUAAAAAUAUGUUGGAGCUUGAAUGGCUGGCAAUUUUGCAAUUUUGCUGCACGCCCAGACAGUCCUGCGUAGUUGCGUCAAAAGGCAGCCUUUGAAGCUGACAGAUUUACGUGAUGGGGUAUUAGUAAUUACUGCUGGUUUUGUUACCCACUAUCGAGAAAGGAAGGGGGAGGGAUUUCUGCAUUACUGCUCCAGUGGGGAGGGAGGCAGGAUGCUUGUACCAAAUUAACUGUAGUGGGAGCGGUACACACUCAGUGCCAGUGCCUGCAGGUUUGUUUAUAAAGCCAGGGUUUAGUAUUGAAAGGGUGUUGACAAGAAUGGCAAGAAAGGCUGCAGGGCAAGUCAUUUUCUUUGUUGGGUUUGUUUUUGUGAAACUAGUUCCUAUAAAUAGAAAGCUUUAAUUGAUAAAUGUGACAGUCCUCUACUGGGGGUAAAUAUAGUAUCCCUGUACCCCAUUCAUGGCAGUAAUUAUCCAACUAAGUGCCUUUAAUUGGUUGCAGAACCCAACUUGUAAUCAAACUACAAGGUGUUCAUUACCUUCAUAUUAAGACAUUAAAGUGGUUUGUGCAUUUAACCCAGUAGAAUCCGGCUUCCUGCGUGCCUACGCAUAUACAAUAAGACUGUAGAGCACCUUUGUGGCUAGUAAGCGAGACAUUUACAAUGUAACUGCAAUGACUGUGAUAUUUUCAGGGCAGCGAAGAGACUCGGUAAACCCCACCCCAUUACUGCACCUCUAGAAUAAGAUUAGAUGAAGAGGGUGCUCUUCCAAAGGAAUUUGGCAUCAGCUGUUGCAAACCCAUCUCCGAGCAUCACAAGACAAAAAUAAUCUAAUAAAAAUGAUCUGAUUUUAGCACAGACCCUUUAGACGCAGACACCUACAUCCUAUGUGAUUCUCAAUGGAGAAUUUACGUUGGUAUAGAAAGACAGGCGUCUGCAGUUUAGACGUGUUCACAUAUCAAAGCAAACAGCCACAGCCAACAGAGAAAAUGGCCUGAAAUUAGUUGAUUAUGGCUGUCGACACAUUUUAUUUACAUGAAAAAAAAACUGUUUUAAAAGAUUUGAUAGAAUAUAUUAGCAUCAUAUGAUGCAUAAUUAUUAGGAUGCUAAACAGCAAUGUUAUGUUCUGCUUUAUAAAAUAAUUGUGGAGCCCCAUAAAUGACAUUUUUAUGCUGCUGGUGAAAAUUGUGUUUUUAACAUGAUUCAGUGUGGAUGGAUUUGACAUAAUGACACAUUCAUAGUUAAAUAGUUACCUAGUUACAUAGUGAUUUAGAUUGAAAAAAAUUACUCAAGUCAGGUAUAGACUUUCACACAUCCCGUUUUUUCUGUAAUUCAUCCAAAAGGAGUUGAAAUACCCAGUUUCAAAUGAUUUCCAAUUUUGACAUAUAAAGAAUUUUUUUUUUAUUUUGACUCAAAAAUGGCAUUCAGCUUGUGUUUUGUUCAUUCUGUGGAUUAGAGAAUUGUAGGGUAUUAAAAUAUAUAAUUCCAAGAUAAAUAAUUGACAUGAAAGGGACAUCUUUAACAAUGCAUAUUACAAUUUGCAAUUAAUUUAAGGAAGGAAACCCAACAAGCAUGAGUGUGUUGAAACAUGAUUCCAUUUGUGUAAAUGGAAGUAAGCAGAGCACUUAUAAGAAUUAGAAUUAAGGAGGUAAAGCGUAAAUAUAUACAACAUACAACUGAUCAGUUGGUAAGGCAGUUACAGCUUAGUAUAGGCAUAUGUGAAAAUGAAAUGGAAACGAUGUAUCUUAGAUUGUUUUGUGUGUCUCCAUGUUAAGAUCAAUAGGUCAGCUCCCCUUGGGAAUUUCUUAAUGCUUAGUGAAUUAAGAUAACUCUGUGUCAGGAAUAUUUGGCAUGCUCCGGUCAAAAAAUUAUUCUAUUAUGCGUUUGAACUUAAUCUAAACCAUAAAGGCAUAUUACAUUUACAACGAUCCUAAUUUGCCGAUGCCUAAUUACUGUUGGAUAUUUUUCCCUAUAUUAUAUAAGGAGAUAUAUAUAUAUAUUAUUAGUAUUAUUAUUUUAUUAUCUAUAUAGCGCCAGCAAAUUCCAUAGCUCUGUACGAUGUGUAUAUAUAUAUAUAUAUACACACUUAUUUACCUUUUUGUGUCACUUUACCCCACUCCCUCUAGCAUGUAAGCUCAUUGAGCAGGGCCCUCAACCCCUCUGUUCCUGUGUGUCCAACUUGUUUGGUUAAAACUACAUGUCUGUUCGUCCACCCAUUGUAAAUGGCUGCAGAAUUUGACGGCGCUAUAUAAAUAUCAUAAUAAUACUAAUAAUAAUAUAUAGGUAUGUGUAAAAAAAAAAAAAAACUACAUAAUAACAGAGUUCAACCCAUUUGAACCAACUGAGCAGACAAUUUCCACACGUUUACAUCAGUUAUAAAGUAAGUCAUAGUUACGAAGAUAUAGAAAUGACACAAAACGAGGAGCCAUUCCAUAAGAGGAAGUCAGAUGCAUGAUGGGAAAUACAAAUUAGUUCCAGUUCUGUGGGGAAAUUUCAGAAUCCUAAUAAUGAAUGACAGAACACAUAUGUUGAUUUUAUUAUCUCCUAAACCUUGAUAUUAGGGGAUUCACUUUUAGAAAAUAUAAAAUUCUGUGAAAUAAUGAGUUUGGAUAUCAUAUCUCUAGAAAAUGUUGAUUCAGCUAUAGAAUUGUGUUCCAGAUGUUUCAUUGGGCAUCUGCUUAACUGGGCUGUUAUUUUUUUUUUUUUUUAAAUAACAAUAAAAUGGUGAAAUAAAAUGUAUUUAUAGUUUGUGUAUGUGGGUGGAGAAGGAGGAGGAAUGAGAACAAACCAUUUUAGAGAUCAAGAUAUUUGUUCAAACGAGUGAUAUAAUCAACUCAGUUCUACCCAGAUGGUUUAUACGAUACAUUAUGGAACAGUUUAGUCUGUAAUAGUAGUUCAUAUAAGGCCCUUGGAACCUUUUGAUCCUAUAAAUGUAUUUUAUUCUAGCAAUAAAUACUUGUUUGUUUGGUUUACACGCUGUUCAGAGUUUCAGAGUAUUUUAGCACUCUAUAUACCAAUCUAGUAAAAUAAAAUAUAGUAUCUGCUCUGUAUAGGUAUACAACAAAGUGUUUUAUUUAUGCAUAAGAAAGGCUUAGGAAAUCAAAAUGUUUUAGUUACUCUUAGUCACUGUUCUUUCCUGCAUUCUGUUCAAAUAAAAAUAAUUUUGCAUAGGCAGCAAAUCAAUAAAGCCCAUAUUCAAUUUUCAGAUUCAAAUUGCAUUACCUCACUGAAAGCGACUAUCAAGCACUAUAGUAUGUAUAUGGUUGCGGAUGAGGCUCUUGUUGAUUUACUCAUCAUAUUAAGAUGUCAGACGAGCAACAUCCUACAUAUUUAAUGACCAGUGGCAAAGUCAUUCGAAGAGCAUUGUAUGAAAUGGCAAAUCAGAACAUAAACAGUCAAUUAUGCUACACACAGUACAUAAAGUGAGUUACAAUCUACUCAAAAUCUAAAAUCUGUCUAAAAAUACCAGUGCGGCUAUCCGAGUAGAAACUGGGAAAAAAACUAAUUUGGUGGAAUACUUGCUGGAGUUGUGUGGCAUUGAUCAUGUCAGCUAACGCAGGAGGAACAGAGAUACAGUGCACUGAGAUGGAUGGGAUGUUAAUAAGUGUGUAUUACCAAUGGUCAGCAGGACCAGAUGGUCAAAGACAAAAGGCAGGAUAAAUCUUACGGUGUUAUAGCAAGAGUAGUCAAGGGUCUGGGGAACAUGGGAUCAUGGAAGUAAGAAGGUCAAAGGUAUGGAUGAGCACUUCAGGAAAAACAUCUCAGGGAUAACAAAAACUGCUAAACCAGGAAAUGAAAAUGGAAACCCUGUGAUCUUGCAAUGGAGCAGAUGGAAGGGCUGCUUGGGUUGAUAACAGGAUACAGGUAUUUAGCAGCUAAUCAUUAUCUUGCAGCAUGACUGCAAAGUGACUGAUCUUAGCUGGGUCUUUAGAUCACUGGUGCGAUGUAUAACACUUUCAACAGCCUAUGUAAUGCAACACAAAGCCCCUUGGACCUGGAAGACAAUAGAUGUGGGUGAAGCCAGAAACAGAUAAAUAAGGCAGUACCUUCAUCACAGAGCUACUCCAUGCAAACAUGAAUACCACCAUUUUACUUAAGAGACAGAUUUCUCUGAUAUAAAAUAUUGUCAGUUGUUCUUUUAUUUAUUUUUUCUCAACUACUUUUUUAAAAUAUGAAUCUGUCCAAUAUCAAAAUGCUUUACAAAAAAUAUAAUUGAUACAAUAGUUUAGUAGUAACUGUAAUAAUGAGGCAGGAAGCACCUUGACUAAUCAGUUGUUAACAGGAAUCCAGGACGCUGGACUGCAGAUAUAACAGAAUGUUUUUUAUAAAGGUCUUCAUCAUGAUAUGCACAAUCCCCAGAGGAUGAGAGCCCUGAUUGUUCUGCAACACAGAAGACAGAAGCCAAUCGGUAAAUCUCAUAGUUAGUAGGGUCUUUAAGAUAGACCUUUGGUCAGCAAUGGAAAUUCAAAACAAUAUUUAGACAUAGAAUCACAGGAAAAUAGGAAUUCUAGAAUGUGGCCUAAUCACUGAAACACGACCUCAUCUGACAAGGUGAUGCAACGCAGUAUUGCAGUUUAUACCUAUCUGAAUCAGUAAUCAAAUUCACAUUUUCAGUUUGGCUAUUAAUGAUGUUCAUGUGCGAAAAUAGCUCAUCGGUGAUGGGUUUGACAAUUGGCAGAGUAGGCAGCUGCCUAUAGGCUCACGCCUGCUAGGGACGCCUAUCCAGUCUAGAAAUUUGUACUGGGUCCUUUUUAUAUAUAUAUUAGAAAAAGGGAUUGGGAAGAGAGUGAAAGAUGCUUCUUAGCUCUUAUUGGCAUCCUACAAGUCAGACAUAAAGCAACAAGGAAGUGGAUAUUUGGGGGGGGGCUUUCAUGCACCAUAGGUGUACACCAGGCUGCAUACAUCCUGUGCCCAGACAGAUUAUUUGCAUCAAAGUGGAGUAUCCUGCUUAAUAGUCAGAAUGUGACCUUGAUUUUCCAGUUGUUUGUAAUGAUCAUAAAAUAUCAGGACUUAUUGCUAGAUUCAUUUAGAUAAUUCAUUAUGAAUAUAGUUGCUUGAGUACUUAAACAUAUGUACUUCUUAUGUGCAUGUCUGGUAAAGACUCAUUGAGAAUUCGCCAAGAACAUGUGGACGGAUGUACUUACUGCUUCCAGGGUCAGCUAUCUCAGAGGUUUUCCAUGUUUGUCGGUGAGAGCUUUCCAAUCUCACUAAGUAUGUGAAUCCCUACAAAAGAGAAUGAUUUACUAAGACACAGUUAAGGAAUAGAAUAAUAGCACAGUUCUCUCGGUCAUCAUCAUUAGUAGUUCAUAUUGAUUUCUGGUUGACAAUUACUUUUUGACUGAUCUUCUCAAAGUUAUUAAUGCAGACGGACUCAGGUGUUUUUACUAGCAAUAAACCCAUGUUCAAAGCCGUCACCUGAUAUGCAGAUUAGGCACUUGCUGACAAACUUAGAAGAUUAUUGAAAGCCAUGCAUCUGUAAAUAUAUUGUACUUGUUUGGUUUUAACGGGUUUUCGAAAUUUGCUAUAUAUUUCAGAUGUUUUUAAACACAAUAAGCUAAAGAAACUCUUAGAAAUCAUCUCAAUGGGUAGAGAGAGAGGGAAAGGGAGAGAAAAAAGUGCACGGACAGUGUAAUGAUCGGGUUUAAAACAAAGCCACAACUUGGUCUCUGCAGACCAUCAGAUUUUCCUGCAAAUUAAAUACAUUCAGGGGUAUCUUUUAACAUACUAGUUGAAAAAUGAAUUGCAUGUUUUUUGCAUUAUCUCCUAUAUGCAUGAAAUACGAGGCAAUCAACUCCAGUCAACAAUGUCCCCUUAAACAUAAAAAUUUGGAGUAAAAUAUUUUAACUUUUCAAAUGUUUACAUUAAAAUAUUGAGUUGGAAAGGGCUGCCAUUCUUUACAGUAUUGUUGGUUUUACAUUGUGUCAUUUAUAGUUAGUACUUUGAGUUAGGGGAGGCAGAUUUAGGUAGGACAUAGGGUUAGUGUGGUUAGGUUGCCUCGGAGUACUGAGAGUUAAAGUGUACAUAACCUUGAAAGGUAGGUACCCAUUAAAGUUCCUUUAAUCAUAUAUAGAAAUCCAGUUGGUAUACCACACAACAAAAAAAGGACAGGAAACAAACGAAACACUCCGCAGAACAUGGCAAAAGUGUGCAAAUUGCAGAAAAAAUAAGGUUCAACAGAUACAAAAAUAAAAAAUGGGUAGCACAAACUCAAAUGUGCACAAACAAGAUACCUGUCUGACUAUAAGCCUAGCUUUCUCUAAUUUACCUCUAACUCUAAACACUCCCUAACCAUAACUCUCCUCGGUUCCACACUAUCCCUAUAGUGUAAUGCUAAAACACUAGCCUAACAUUAUAUUUCAAUGUAAUUCCCUUGUCGCUUGUACACAAUCUUAUAGCCUCUAUUACCUUAAAGUGAUACUAUAGGCACCACAAUAACCUCACCUUAAUGAAACAGUAUUAGUAUAAAGAGCAUGCUCCUUCAAUCUCACUGCUCAAUUCUCUGCCAUUUAGGAGUUAACUCACUUCUGUUUCUGUACAUGUAGCCUAUCCACACCUCUCCUGGCUGUGAUUGACACAGCCUGCAUGAAAAAAGUUUUAUUUUCAAUCAGAUGUUAACUUGCUUUAGAAGUUCUUAUCUUCUGUUUUGUAAAUAGAACUUUAAUCAUACAAAGUAAGCUACUGUGUACAGAGUAGGAGGUAAGAAAUCAAUUCUAAAAUAAACAGAAUAUGCAGUAAAGGAAGUGUAAACAUUAGAUCUCUCUUUACAGGAAGCAUUUAGGAAGGCUGUGGAAGUCACAUGCAGGAAUGUGUGGCUAAGCUGUGCAAACAAAGUGCUUUGACUCCUAAAUGGCAGAGUUUUCAGCAUGGAGACUGCAGGGGCAUGAUCUAUACACCAAAACUGCUUCAUUAAGCUAAAUAUUUUUUAUUGCCUAUAUUAUUACUUUAACAAUGGAUCUGUCAUUUUGCAGAAUUUUCAAAGGGUCAUUACACCAUAUUAUAGAACUGCAACAUUUUCCAGUUGACAAUUAAAAAACAUACAUAAAAAUAUAAUUUUUUUUUACCAAAAACACAAACAUAAAUCAAUUGCUGUAAAUUAUCCUCUUCUAUGUAUACAUGUCCAAACUAAACUUUAACUUCUGGCUGUAGAGACAAAUUAAUGUUACAGCAAUGUUACGGGUAACCAGAAAACAGCUCAGAACAGUAAUAAUGUUAGCAUAUGAAAACAUGGACAUUUCAUAAUGGGAUUAAACAUAUAGCGUCCAUUUAUAGAAAGUUCAGGACCUUUUAAAGAUACAAGACGCUAAUGAAUAUAUCUUGUUAUAAACACAAUUCAGCAAUGCGUUCUGCAAAUAAGGGAGAUUAGGGAAGGUCAGUUUUCUCAUGUGUUUGACUCCCCGAAUGUACUGCAUUAUUUUAACUGCAUUAUCUUAGCUUUAUAUUCAGAAUAACACACAGCCCAGGCCUUUAAUUACGGAGUUUUAUCUUCUCUAAAGGAAGCUUUGGAUGCAUUUCUUUAAAACAAUAGAUCGUGGGGUUUUUUCUGAUUCACAAGACAAGUUAUUUUCCAGAAUUCUCAUUUCACUUAUUUCGCUCCCUUUUUCUUUCCCUUUUCUCUCUUAGAUGCUCGUACCACAUGUACCAGACUUUACUUAUUAGAAUAAAUCCUCCCCCACCCCUUUUACUUUAUCACUGCAUUUUGUGAGAAAGCAGGUACAGUCACAUUUGGCCAUUUAUUUCUGGUAUUGUUUGAGGAUACUUUUCAAAUUCCCUUUGUGUUCCUCCAGUUUGUAAAUGCUUGAUAUUGACAUUUUUAUCUGUUGUUCAUUCCUUACCCCUAAUUCCUACCUUGGUGUCUUCUUAACUUAUCAAUAAAAUAAUUUACAAAAAUAAAGAUAAUGGAUGGAUAGAGAGAGAGAGAGAGAGCGAGAGAUAGGUAGAUAGAUAGAUAGACAGAUGAUAGAUAGAUAGACAGACAGGGAGAUGAUAGAUAGAUAGAUAGAUAGACAGAUGAUAGACAGACAGAUAGGUAGAUAGACAGACAGACAGGGAGAUGACUGAUAGAUAGACAGAUAGAUGAUAGACAGACAGACAGGUAGAUAGAUAGAUUAUGCACAAUUAAUUAUAGUGAAAUCAAUCUUUAGAAUUUACAUAAUGUAUAAACUGUUUUACUAAUACACGUAUUUCUGGGCAUUAAAAUAAGUCAAGUGGAUCGUUUUAGCAUUAAGUAAAUUAAACUGAGACUGAGAACGUCAUAGAUGACAGUCAUUAUGGUUUACAGAGUUCAGUUUUGCUUUAAUGCACAUGUUGUUUUAUAAAUAAUAUACAUGUUUUUUUAUUCACAUUUGUUUCUCAAUGAAUGGUCCAAAGUCACUAUAUGACUGCAGAAAAUGGUGUUUAGUUCCUACAGUUUUGUUUUAUUAUACCUAGGUAAUUAAGAAUUUGGAUCAUUAUUGUAAAUCAGGGGUCCUCAAACUCCGGCCCCCCAGAUGUUGCAGAACUACAAUGCCCAUGAUUCUUUGAAUUACAUAGCCAGAGAAUCAUGGGAGUUGUAGUUCAGCAACAUCAGCAACAUCGGGGGAGGAGGGGGCAGAGUUUGAGGACCCAUGUUGUAAAUGAUUCAAUUGCUUCUGUUUACCUAAAGAUAUAUGCAGCUGUGAGACUCGAGUAAAAUCAUGCCAAGGCCAGUGCCAUCACCUACAGUUUCUAUACGUACUUCCACUCCAUUGAAAAAAUUAAAAGGUUGAGCAACCACCAUGACCACUUCAGUAAUUUAAAGGGAUUAUGGUGCUUGGAGUCUGUACAUACAGAGAUAUUGUAUGAUGCGGCUUGCAAAAUAAGCAUCUGGCUUCUGCAGUUCUGCAGAUGUCAGAUUUGCAUCACUGGCCAUUAGAUGGCCAUUGGCACUCAGAGGGAACCCAGGUAAGAGGGCACUGUAGUGGUUAAUAUGCUUGGAGUAACAGAUCAGAGAGACUGUCUGACCCAAGGUGCAUAUAUAUGGCUGAAGGAUCCUGCCAUUUACAAAAGGUAGGGAUUAAAACUACAACUCCCAUGAUGCUUUGCAUGCAUUUAGAAUGACAAAGCAUCAUGGAAGUUGCCACAAACAGGGCUAUACAUAUGACACAAGGUUACACAUUUAGGCUGGAAGAAAGGAGAUUUCAUCUACAUAGAACAUAGAACAUACAUCUAAGGCAAAGAAAAUGUUUUUUGUUUUUUUACAGUAAGAGCAAUAAGGAUAUGGAAUUCUCUGCCUGAAUUCUCUGCCUGAAGAGGUGGUUUCAUCAGAGUCCAUAAAGAUGAUUAAACUGCAAUUGGAUAAAUACUUGCAAAAACAUAACAUACAGAGGUUAAUUUCUAAUUAGCUGCUUGAUCGAAGGAGACAUUUGACUGCUAUUUUGGGGUCAAGAAGGAAUUUUUUCCUCGUUUGUUGCAAAAUUGCCUUCUUUUGGAUCAACAGCAAAAACAUAUAUGAGGAAGGCUGAACUUGAUGGACGCAAGUCUCUUUUCAGCUACAUAACUAUGUAACUAUGUAAGUUGUAGUUCUACAACAUCUGAGGAUCUACCUGUUUGGCAGCCCUGGUAUAGACUCUGAUAAAACCACUUCUUCAUGAUAAAACCACUUCCAUAUCUUUAUUGCAAAUCUAUGCAAGUAAAGUAUGCCACCAACAAAAACAGCCAAAGUGAAAAUUGGGACAAAUCACAAUAUAAAAAGCUAAGAUUGGCUAACGCGUUUCACACCUAAAAGGCGUGCUUUCACAUUCAUCAAUUAGAGUCACAUUUAUUUAAGCUCCAGACUUCAACCAGUGUGGAAGUUUUCUUUGACAGGGUUUCACUCAGCAUCCCUGCAUUUCUGUGGAGGGGUAGUAAAUUCCACUCAUCACUGAUACUGAACAUGGUCAAAGUAUAGAGCUAUAGAUUCUAGAAUCUGUGACGGGAAAGGGGGGUAUACUCUGAGCGCAAGCUGAAAAGCAUGUCUUGUAUAUACAGAUGGUUGAUGUUAACACACUUAUUGUAUGUACAUACUAUAUGUCGGCAUUAUGCACACACAUAUACAGUUGCAAGAAAAAGUAUUUGAACCCUUUGGAAUGAUAUGGAUUUCUACACAAAUUGGUCAUAGAAUGUGAUCUGAUCAUCAUCUAAGUCACAACAAUAGACAAUCACAGUCUGCUUAAACUAAUAACACACAAAGAAUGAAAUGUUGCCAUGUUUUUAUUGAACACACCAUGUAAACAUUCACAGUGCAGGUGGAAAAAGUAUGUGAACCCUUGGAUUUAAUAACUGGUUGAACCUCCUUUGGCAGCAAUAACUUCAACCAAACAUUUCCUGUAGUUGCAGAUCAGACGUGCACAACGGUCAGGAGUAAUUCUUGACCAUUCCUCUUUACAGAACUGUUUCAGUUCAGCAAUAUUCUUGGGAUGUCUGGUGUGAAUCGCUUUCUUGAGGUCAUGCCACAGCAUCUCAAUCGGGUUGAGGUCAGGACUCUGACUGGGCCACUUCAGAAGGCGUAUUUUCUUCUGUUUAAGCCAUUCUGUUGUUGAUUUACUUCUAUGCUUUGGGUCAUUGUCCUGUUGCAACACCCAUCUUCUGUUGAGCUUCAGCUGGUAGACAGAUGGCCUUAAGUUCUCCUGCAAAAUGUCUUGAUAAACUUGGGAAUUCAUUUUUCCUUCGAUGAUAGCAAUCCGUCCAGGCCCUGACGCAGCAAAGCAGCCCCAAACCAUGAUGCCCCCACCCCCAUACUUCACAGUUGGGAUGAGGUUUUGAUGUUGGUGUGCUGUGCCUUUUUUCCAAACAACUCAACUUUGGUUUCAUCUGUCCACAGAAUAUUUUGCCAGUACUGCUGUGGAACAUCCAGGUGUUCUUGUGCAAACUGUAAACGUGCAGCAAUGUUUUGUUUGGACAGCAGUGGCUUCCUCUGUGGUAUCCUCCCAUGAAAUCCAUUCUUGUUUAGUGUUUUACGUAUUGUAGAUUCGCUAACAGGGAUGUUAGCAUUUGCCAGUGACUUUUGUAAGUCUUUAGCUGACACGCUAGGAUUAUUCUUCACCUCAUUGAGCAGUCUGGGCUGUGCUCUUGCAGUCAUCUUUACAGGACGGCCACUCCUAGGGAGAGUAGCAGCAGUGCUGAACUUUCUCCAUUUAUAGACAAUUUGUCUUACUGUGGACUGAUGAACAGCAAGGCUUUUGGAGAUACUUUUAUAACCCUUUCCAGCUUUAUGCAAGUCAACAAUUCUUAAUCGUAGGUCUUCUGAGAGCUCUUUUGUGUGAGGCAUCAUUCACAUCAGGCAAUGCUUCUUGUGAAAAGCAAACCCAGAACUGGUGUGUGUUUUUUAUAGGGCAGGGCAGCUGUAACCAACACCUCCAAUCUCAUCUCAUUGAUUGGACUCCAGUUGGCUGACAUCUCACUCCAGUUAGCUCUUGGAGAUGUCAUUAGUCUAGGGGUUCACAUACUUUUUCCACCUGCACUGUGAAUGUUUACAUGGUGUGUUCAAUAAAAACAUGGCAACAUUUCAUUCUUUGUGUGUUAUUAGUUUAAGCAGACUGUGAUUGUCUAUUGUUGUGACUUAGAUGAUGAUCAGAUCACAUUUUAUGACCAAUUUGUGCAGAAAUCCAUAUCAUUCCAAAGGGUUCACAUACUUUUUCUUGCAACUGUACUUCAUACAUUCUGUUGACAUAUUUAGGCAACUAAAUUCCCAAAUACCAAUAAACAGAGAGACCAUUUGACCCUUUUGUAUGUGACAAUAUGUUAGACCCUCUAUGAAAUGCAGAACAAUGGAUGUUAUAUAAUCUCUAAAACAUUUUAUCUCAACCAAUAUUCCUCGAAAGCUUGAAUAAAUAAUUGAAAACUGAAAUUGUGUAAAUCAAAAUCAGAGAUAAUAAAAAGUGCUAAAAAGUCAUUCAGGGGACAAAAGUAAAAAAUGGAUAAAAACUUCUAUAAAUGAUGCCCUUAUAAUGCAAUCAAAAUAAUGCAGCACUGUGCAGAUUAAUCAAUAAGCUGCUACACACUUAAGUGUCGUGAUUCCAGACACAAACACACUUAAGAAGGAAUAAAAUAAAAAAUUGGUUCCUUUGGUGUCCAGCCUGGCAGGACACCAAAGGAAAAAACUGGAAGUAACAACAUUGCUGAUUCCGUUCUGACCCCAGACUCAAAUCGUUUGUGAGAAGUGGAGCCUCUCUGCCCGCAUAAAACUCACCUACGGCCAUCUCGUAAACAGUAAUUAUUCAUUUUAACUGUAUAUUGUAAUUAAAUAUUUUGUUUUUAUGUACUCUUGAUAUACUGCAUUAUUAUUCUGUACCUGUGAAUUUUUUUUACAUGUCAUACAUUAUCUUCUUUCUUUGUCUUACAAGGGCUAUAUUAGCAGGUUUUCCUGCAGUUUGCGCUCCACUUAUUAUUUUUUAUGAAAUUGUGUAAAUGUUUGAAUUUUUUUGUGAUUCUCAUUGUAUGUUUCACACAAAUAAUGCCUAUUCUUUAAGGUGUGACUUGUUGGGAAUUCAACCUGAAUUUCAAAUUUUGGACUAAAACAGUUAAACAGAAAAUUUUAACUGACUUCCUAUCUGCCUAAUAAGGUCUAAAAUGUGGAAUUUUGUUCAGAAUUCACUAUGUUACCUACUAUUCAUACUAUAGUGAAUAACUGAAUGUUAAUCUAUUUCUUAAUAAAUACAUCUUGUUAGAUGAGAUAAUGGGGCGAAGAAUGGUUUAGCUAAUAUAAUACCUCCCGGAAAAGUAGCAUUUGCCUUGUAGUUGAAUUAUUUUACAUUGAAUCGCAUCUACUUUAACUUGGUUAGAAAACUGGUAUUUUCUGAUCACAUUCCAAGUCACGUUGGAAGAAGUUGUAGAAUAUUUAUUUUUAGCAAUAAAUGUCUUGUCUUUUCUUGUAUAUCAAAAAAUGUUCAAUAUAACAUACAUUGAACCAAAGAACAAUAAGUUAAAUAAUUAAAGGAACACAAAUGUAUUCCUUACCCUACAAUGUAAAAGUCCUUAUCUAGCACUGGCCCAGGAAGCACCUCUAGUAGCCAUCUGAAGAGUGGCAAGUAGAGGUGUCCAUAGGCUGUAAUGUAAACACUGCAUUUUGUCUGAAAAUACAAUGUUUACUGUAAAAAGCCUGAAGGGACUGAUUAUACACAAUAAGCUGUAGUUGUUCUGGUGACUAUAGUGUCACUUUAACAUGUUUUACUGAUUUGGGAUUUAUUUUACUUUGUAGCUUCUUUGUGUCUUAUCCUUACUGUCUUGAAGGGAAGUGGUGUCUAGUAUGUAAUGGUACCAUCCUUCAAGAAUGAGAAUACAUUAAUACAGACCUGUAAUUAUUUGACUGUUGUAUGUGUUGAAAUGCAAAAAUGACAAGUGUUAACAUACUAACAUACUGUUGACUUGUUUCAAUGUACAGUAUAAUAAGAUAAGUUACGAGAUACAUUUAUUUUAUUCGUAUGUAUAUAACGUUUAAUGGGUCUCUCUGCAUCAUAUUUAGACUAUAUUAUUUUCUUUAGAUUUCUUUUAGUUGUUACAUAAAUCCUUAUAUGGUUCUUUUUGUGUAUAUUUAUCAUUAUAUAAAUAACUGCUCUUAAUUGCACUUUAAAGAAAAGAAAACUGCAGAGCUCGUAGAAAUUAGUUCUGUUUUUGGAUCUCUGCUUGAAAAAUGCUUACAAGGUAACUCUUACAUUACACUGCCGCAGUGGUGGCUCACUAGUCAGAUCCGAUUCUGUUAUACGAGUAAUGUUAGGUAUCCCAAGAAAAAAACGUCCAUUGCCGUGUGUGGGAUAUAUAUUUAAUAUGUUCAACUUAAAUUUUCUAUAAUAGUUAUUGUUUAUUCCUUCUGAUUUUUUAUUUUAUUUAGUAGAUCCUAAGACAUCCUAAAACUAUCUAUCUGAGCCACAGUGAAAAAAUGUAUCAAAUACAAUACAGAUGCUAAGAUUGCUUAAUGCGUUUCACACCUAAAAGUUUGCUUUCUCGUUCCUCAAAUAGGUUUCCAUUUAUUAAAGCUCCAGUCUUCAACUAGCAUAGAAGCAAAUUUCUUCGACUGGGUUUCACUCAGCACCUCUGCAUUUCUUCGGAGGGAUAGUUGAUCCCACCCAUCACUAAUAGUGUACACAAAAAAAUUAUCAAAAUAGAGAGCUAUAUUUGACCCUACUGUAUGUGACAAUAUGUCAGAUCUUCUAUGAAAUACUGAAUAAUGGAUGAUGCAUAAUCUCUAAAAUAUUUUAUCUCAACCAAUAUUCCUGUAAAGGAUAAAUAAAUAAUUUAAAAACUGAAAUAGUGUAAACUUCUGAAUAUAUUUGUGGUUCUCGUGCUAGGUUUCACACAAAUCAUGGUUAUUCAUUAAGGUGUGAAUUGUUGGGAAUUCAAACUGAAUUUCAAAUGCUGAACCAAACAAUGUUUAACUAGUAUGUAUUUGUGAGGUGUGAAGAAUUUAAUUAAAUGCAGAAAUCCAUAACUCUUUAUCCCGCAACUUGAUGCCUCCAUCUUGUGUCUUGUUGUCAGCCAUUGUUAUAAGCUCUGUCCCUCGCACCGGGCAGUCAGCACAGAGAAAGCAUAUAGAGAAGAGGAGAAAUGAAACAAUAUUUUUAUUUCUAUUUUUUAUUUGCACUAUUUGUCACAGGUUUGCCUUCUCUGAACUGGGUUGUGAUGUCAUUUGUUAAAUCUUUAAUAUAAAAGAAAACAGUGCAUCUCACGGAAAAGGUUAACACAAAUUAUAGGUGAUUUUCGAUAUUUUAUUUUAGACAAGGGACAGUUACCCUUUAAACUAUCCUAAAAAAUGUCUCCGGUGUAAUCUUUUCCAUAAAUAGAGAACAUUGGUUGAAGACACCCAUCUUUGUAAUACAGAUCAGUUGUGUUUUGUCAAUGUUGUCUAGCGUGUUAUCCUAGAAAGAUACCAAGAUUUCUCUAGUCAUUAAAACACAGUGGUCUCUUAAGUAUCAGAUCUGAAGUGUAAAAAUAGCUACACAAUCAGCCUGCCCCUUCUUAAGAGACAGAGGGUAGAGGAUACAAAUGAGAAGACCAACAAUAUUGUUAGAUGUGGCUGCUGUGCUCUGUAUACAGCAACCAAGCAAACAUGACCUUUAAUCAUUCUUGGGGAAAGGUGUCUGUAAAGUGAUAAAAUAUCCUCUAAAAACAGGAUGGCAGCAUCACGUGAGGAGAAGAACAUUGACUUGACAUGAUUAAUGACUUAGGCAGCACUUAAUCAUACGUUCUCUUUGGUGAAGGUUAAAGAGAUAAAAGAAUCCAAUUUGAAAGGACUUCAUUUCAUACCUUGAAGGACUGGGAAGGUAGAUGUGGGUUUGCACCACUGUGGUAAAGUGGGAAUUAUAUACAGUUGUAAUCAAAAUGAUUCAACACCCAUUAAAAAACAGAUGUAUUGUCAAAAUGCACAGACUCUCAGCUGUUUGCAAUAAACAAAUCAAAUAAAAGCAUUUGAAAUAGCUCACCACAGCAAAUGCUUCAACUGGUUUCCCUAAAAUCAACUGAAAAUGGAACUUAUAAUGACUUCUCCAACCCACUGAACUUAUUCAACCCACUGAAUAGAAUCCCUCACAACAGCACAAAUGUGCAAAAGCAGGUUUUGUCUCAAGCACACUGAUGCUACUAAUCAUGGAAUGUAUUAGUUGCACCAGGUUUGCUUGAGCUGGAACACUUAAAAUACCUGAGCUGGCUAGAGGUUUGUUGAGUGUCACGUUUGACUGCAUGUUAGAAAUAUGGCUAAGUCAAAGAAUGGUCCACAAAGGUGUGCAAAGAUGAUCGCCCUUCACAAACAAGGAGCAGGAUGCAAAAACAUAGCAAGGUCACUGAAUGUUGGCCUAACUUAUUCGCUUAAGUUGGAAUAAUUAUGAAUUCAGAAUUGAUUUAAAGAGACUCAAAUCUUAGGCCAAAUUCACCCAAUUGGAAGAAUUUUCCAACUGAGCUAUAUUUUUAGUUUGUCUAUUUUAUUUAUUAAUUUAUCUAUUUUAAUAAAUUCUUUAUUUAGUGUGAGAAAAGGAGUAGUACAGCAUUUUUUUGUUAUAUGCCUGCAUAUUUCUACAUUUAACAUUUGAAAAACAUUUUUUUAAACAGAGUUGUAAACGGAAAGCAGGACAGUAUAUAAAGAUAUACAAUUUGACUAUUUUAGCCUAAAAUUUGACUUUCACUUAGAAAUCACUUUAAUUAAUCCUUGAUAUCUUAGCACACUGUGGCAUUAAACGUGUAAGUAUGCGUUUGGACCCCCAAAGCCUUUACACUGAUAUUAGAAUACACUGUAUAUGUACACUAUUAGAACGUAUUUGUCAAUUUUUUCCCCUCAGUGUGGGUGAAUUCUUUGAGAACAUAUUUCUUUCUAUACCAUGUAGGUUUGUGAUUAUGUGGAAUUAUGCAUUUAGUUAGAGAUCUAAGCAUUGCAAUGAUUGAGCUCAGAGUGUCACCUAAAUACAAGUCUGGCCCCUCUGGUGACGAUUGGAUAGUGCAGACAUUGCAUCAUAUAAAUUAUAAGCUGAGACAGUUGUGGCUACAUUGUCAUAAUUUACACAUUAUCCAUGCAACUUUAGACGAGGCACCAGGCAUGGGUGCUGAGGAGAUCCCUAAUUUUUACUAGAGGAGAGUACCCAAAGCGUUAAUGGGUUGUUUCCCGGCCCGAACAAGGACCUCCCCUGCUCCCCAUUAGAACGUUUGCACCAAUCAAUCAGAAAGUUUGUACUCGCAACAUAGGUUUGAAACCGCAAGUGAAGUAAUUCAUGAGUGCUCUCCUGGGUGUCUACCAUUCGUACCGAUGAACGGUGGCCAGGGGGAGCAUUCAUACUCCGAAAGGAGACACUUCCCCUGUCUGGGUUCCACACCGGGACCUCGCGAACGGAGGUUAGUCGAAAGAGGAGCCGUUGUGCAGGUCCCUGAGAUUGGUGUGUAAGCUUUUGGGGAAAGAGGCACUGGCUGGUUUGGCAAGCUUUUCUGUGCCCGAGGGACAAAGAGACUGUCUCUUUUCCUGCGGGUGGGCUUUCCUGUGCCUGGGAGAAAAAGGGACGGUCCCUUUUUCCACACCUUGAUUCCCAGACACAGAGGCUCCUGGGAAGAAGACCUCUGGCGGUUGGUGUGGGAAACCCUGUAGAUUUAGUGGCAGGCUUUGGGGACAAAGGGAAUGGAGUCCCUUCCCGCGCUAGGACCUCAAGGAGGGGGAGGAUCCUGGGAUGUGACCCUGUGUGGUUCUGUGGUAGACCUUUUGCAUUGGGUUAUGCAUAAAAGCCGUGUGUGGCCAAUAAAAUUGUGUUGUACCUCCAGGACUGUGUGUCGUCCAGUUACUGGGGGGGAAUGGGUCCUCCUCAUACUCUAGGUGACUCCUGAAUGGCCGAAGGAAGGGAAUUAGCGAAGGUAACCGGUCGGGUUACCUGUGGUCCGCUACACUCAUAUCACCAUAACUAGUAUAUUAAGCUGUAGUAGUUAUGGUAUUUUGUCAUCGCACUUAUGACAAAUCAUGGCUUGAACUAUCUUGCUUUGCAUGUAAUGCGUCUAUCUCAUAUAUUAGUUCCCCCUUUUACGUUGCAUUACUGAAAUAAAUGUUUUUCACGAUAUUCUAAUUUUUUGAGUAUCACCUUAUUUCUAAUUAUAUUUAUUUUGCUGUUUUGAUUUUUUUCUGCAUUAGUUUUACUUUUUUUUUUUCUACUUUAUGCACAAAAUAUCAUAUGAUUAUCUUUUGGCCGACACUUCGCCCUUUAUUUCACCUUUAAUAGGCGGUGUGAUGGAUUUUUAUUAAUUUAUUCUGACAUUGUUCUAUUAAAUUAUAACUGUAUAGAAGUAACGUGAUCAAUUUCCAAUGAACUAGCAGAUUUUUCUAUAUAUUUUCAUCUUACCAUUAUUAUUGGCACAGAAGUGACCCAGUUAUGAAUUAGUGCAUAAAAAAGAUGUGACAAAUCAGUUUAUGAAUAUUAAUGCGUUUUUUUCAAUUAUAUAAGUAUGGCACGGUUAUUAGACAUAUGAUCUGAUUUUCAUACUUUGGCAUGCGUUUUCUUUCUUGGUAAUUUAGGAAAAUUAACAAUUGUGAUAAGCUUGCUUCGUUGAUUUAUGAUUUGCUUCUAUUACGUAUUAGUCUGGUUUAACUGCAAAAAUAUCCAGUCUCUCUGAGCCAGCACUUGUCACUUCGUAUCAUGCGCAUGUCAAUCAUGAAAUAUCUUAAGGAGUGAAAAGUUUAACGCCGGAUACAAAUACAAAGUUUGCGCAUCAGUUGUUCUGCAUCUUCGUAAGCCAUGUUUGCAAGUCGCACUAAAAAUAGGCACUUUUUUUUCUUUUCCCUCCAGCUUCUGCUGUGUCAUUUUUUUGGUCCAAAGCGGUCAUCAAAGUCUUGUCAUUCUUACAUUAUCAUGUAAACAUAAUGGUUUACUGGAAAGUUUUAUAUAAUGAUUUAUUGAGAGUUCGUGUUUGGAAUGCAUGGUUCUAUUUGCUACUAGUAUAUAAAUAUAAAUAUUUAUACCUUUCUUAUUCCUUUGGAAAACUAACGACUGAAAGCAAAGUGGAUACAAUAUCAGAACAAUUCAGCUUGUCACGGCCUAAGGUCCAGAAAAUAAGGGGGGCGAUUAUUUUGCCUGGAUGGUAGCUACAUCUUUAGUGUAACCGAACGCCAGAUACAUAUUAUAUGACAACUGAAAAAGAAAAUGCACACAUAAACUAAACAGAAAACUGCCAAAGAAACCGCAAAGUCUGUCUUACAUGAUACAGAGAACACCCACCCAAAUAUAUUAUAAAUAAAAUAUAAACAAGAUAAGUGUUUUGCAGUGACAUGCGGAGACAUGCGGAGAAUAUAUCCAUUUUACAAAUGUGUUUAUUCUGAUACAUCCUCUCACUAUAGAAGAUCAGAGAAUAUCAAAAAACAUAUGAGAAAACAUAGACAUGUACAAACUAACCUCAUAAAUGUAUGACACUCCAAAGUCCUUCCAUUAAAUUUGAGACCCUUGGCUGGAUGGAGGCACAUCCUUUCCACAGUAAUCACUACAGUACUAAUAAACAAUUUCUUGAAAUGAUUAUCAUGCAGACCAACCAACCAAUACCAACAAGGUACCUUCCAUUCAUUCCACCAAUCCUUGCCUUUUUUCUUUCUAUACCCACUUUUUUCUUUAGAGGGGGGCAUCAUCGCGGGCACCUGUCUUCUCACCCUGUUACAUCCCUUACAAAGCAGAUUCUCUACCUUCCUCCCCUCCUUAUCUCCCUUUCCACCCACCACCUUUAAACUCACAAUCCUCUUACUGCUCUACAUCAAACCUCACGCGCAGAACUAUACUACAUAUGCAGAACACCCUGAAGAGAAUUAACAGCUUAACUUAACCAAUUAUGUAUCACACAACUAGGACCCACAAAUAAUUUUAACCACAGCUAGUGGUACUAAAUGUCACUAAUACAGUUGCAAUCCAAAUUAUUCAAUCACCAUUGAAAUUCAGGUUAAUUGUGAACAUUUACAGACUUUCAGCUGUUUGCAAACAACAAAUCGAACAAAAGCAAUUGAAAAAGCUCAACACAGUAAAUGAUUCAAGUGGUUUCCCCAACUUCAACUGAAAAUGCAACUUAUAAUGACUUCUCUAGUCUCAAAAUUAUUCAACCCCAUUCAUGGCGAGCAUCUUUAGUACUUAGUAGAGCACUAUUUUGCUGUUGUGACCUGUUGCAAAUGAGAUGCAUAGCCAGACGCUUCUAGCAGCAUUUCUAAGAAAUUUUAGCUCAUUGCUCAUGAGCAAUGGCCUCCAGUUAUUAUUAUUAUUAUUAGUAGUAGUAGUAGUAGUAGUAGUAGUAUUUAUAUAGUUAUAUAAUUCUACAGCACUUUCCAAUAUUAUGAAAUUAGGGGGAAAUUUUCAUGCCUAAACCAAAACUAUAUUUGGAGAACACUGUAGCCACAUGAGUUUUGUAAACUAAACUAAGUUGUUGGAGUUGUUUUACAGGAGCACAAUGUUUUGUUUUUUACUUACAGAGAAUUAGGCUUGUGCUUUGUAGGAAAGAACUCAAACGAUGUAUGGUUCUUUCUGUGUUUGCUGUUGUAUUGACUGAAGUUUUUACUUGUUUACGAUUGAAGGAAGACCUUAGAGUUGAGACCACGGUGACUACGUUCAUGUGAUAUCACCUUCUAAGGGUUGGUAGAGGAGCAAUGCUCUCUGAGAAACAUGUCUUCUAUUGUCCACAGGGGAGGUUAAAAGAUAUAUAAAACCUAUUCUACCCGCAAAUUUAUCAGUAAAUACCCUUAUUAUGGUAGUCACGUUAAAUACUAUCAUGCAUACAUUUAAUAUGACUUUUUAAAUUGGGGUAAUAAAAACAGCUUGUCUGCAGCACUUGCAAGCCCUCCCCUUCUUACCCAACCAAGACUUUCUGUGGCUGUCCAAUCACAGACUUCCCAAUGCUACAUGGAAAGUCUUUGCAAGGCAGGUGCUCUGGGCAAUUGCUUCCUCUUGAGUUUAUCUCCACUGAGCAAAACAACCAGGAAGUAACAGGGCAGGUUGUUUGAUUGACAGCCAGGGGGUGUAACAAGGUUAAUUUAUAAAAGUGUAAAUUUCUAUUGAAAUCUGCACUUUUCGUAAAAUAAAAAUAUAGGACACACUUUUCACACGUAAAGCAUUUCAGAAAGCUAAAUGCAUUAGGUGUGUGGAGUGUCUCUUUAACAAUCAACAAUUACCUCAACCUCUAUUCUGGCACCUCUACUAGCAUACCAAACCCUAUUCUAUCUAUACUUCGCUCAUCUCUUAACAAUACUUCACAAAUCCCUGAUAUGAAAUCAGAGUGUCAUAAAUACAUGUCUACAUUUCUCCCUGCUCCUUGUCUAUACUUUCAUCUUAAUUAAUGCUCCAUUUCUAUAUCUGGUGCCCUCUCAGUUAUCACCUCUGUACCAAAGAGCCAUGCUUUCUUUAUUCACUGUCUUAACAGCCUUUUGGAGAACAGUUGUAUCAGUUAGGGUAUGCAAGAUUAUAUCUCUAGCACUUAUAGGUGAUAGAGAUAUGUAUUUGGCCCUCGAUAUAUUAUUUGCUAAUUUGACACAAGGUGUCGUUGUUCUAUGUGUGUGAGUUAAUUCUCCACGUCUGUGUAUUGUGGCAAGUUGUAUCCCAGUUUCUACCUGUUUAAUUACAGCUUCAUUAUGGUUUUUUAGGAUUCAGCCGUUGUUUUGGCAGUCUCCCAAAGCUUGUAAAUUUGGGCCUUCUGUCAUUUCUUUAGAAGUGUUUCAUUUAUUUUAUUGGUUGACUUGCAAUUACGGUAAGCUGGUUAGCUUCUGGUGUAUAAAGCAUGUAUAGAUCACAUUGUUGAGCUAUACAUUGUAACUCAUGAUAUGUCAAAACGCAUUUUGAUCAGAAGGCUUGGCUGUUUAUUCGUACUAGGAAUAUUGGAGAACAGGUAGGCACUGCUUUUCCAUCAUUUUGGCUGUAAGAUCAUUACGGGUGAUGUAGUUAACGAUAUCUGGAGUGCCAAAGGUUUCCUACCCCUGCUUUAAAUGUACCCAGGGGAGUCUUGAAAGUUGCAAGUGUAGAAUAAAAUAUGUGUCUGUGUAUUGUAAUGGGUCCACCUAAAAUGUGUGAUGUCACCAGAGGAGAUUGUACUUUCUAAAAUAUGACAUAAAAGUUGUUCAAACUCAGUCGAUAAACCUCCUAGUGUGGUGUUCUAGGUCAAUAAAAUUUGUAUUAUUUCAUUUUUAUAAAAUUAAUUUACAGCAUGUAGAAGUUUUUUAAAGAUUAUUUUCAUUUUCUGUUAUUUUAUUGUGAUAAUUACAGAUUUAAAUUCUUGAUUUUUGCAAACAUUUAAUGUGUGAUUACCACAUUAGUAACACAAUAUAAAGAUAGUGAUGGUUUUUUAUUCUAAUUAGAAAUGAUUAGACUUUGUGCAUGCACACAAAAUAAAUACCAAGCAUUAUAUUAGCAUAAAAUUCCUCGAUUUAUAGUCGGCUUCAACGUAUAAAGGUCAUGUUCCAUAGAGAACAUCAGUCUAAAUGUCAUGUGGCCAACAUUUCUUAAUCUUAAUAUUAAAGGCACUGGUCCUGAUUUAUGUGUGUCAUCAAAAAGUGUCGCAAAUAGAUGGAAGUUGUUUUUUUAUUAAAAAAUCGGAAAUUGUCCCCAAAUUAAUUUCAUAUCAAUUUGAAGCCAAAGUUCUCUGCAAAACAAUAUAUAAAUUCUGACAUUGAUCAAGUAGUAAAACAUAUUUUACAUGUUUUAGUUGAGGAAAGGAUUCUAGAUUCUAGAAAUAUAGUAUAAAAAAAUGGCAAAAUAAAAAAUACAUUAAAUAAAUGAACUGGUAAAAAAAGCCCAGUGGGGGGAUUCAGUAAUAAGUAUGGGAAAUCAGCCUUCUAUCAUCCCAAGUCUGGAGACAUUUGUGAGUUGUUUUCACUAAAGAUGGUUUUAUUUCAUUAUUUACUGCCAUAGGAAUAAGAUUGACAGGAAGAUAUGAUAGGAAAAUAGCGAUAUUAUACGAAUAGGCAAGUUGGGAAUAGAGAGGGAGGGGCGCCGAGGGAAUUGGGUUCGGUUGAAUGUUUAAUGGACAGAAUAUAGCAGAUUUUCAUAUCGUAAUAAUUUCUAGGAUUAAUUUUUUGUGUUUUUGUCAAUGUGAGACUGUUAUUUAUAUGCACACCUGCCCAAUUUGAUAAUUGUGUGAUAUGUAAUUGUAAUAACAUUUUCAAUAAAGAAAUAUAAUUUUUUUUUAAAAAGAUGGUUUUAUUUGUAUCUUUUUAAUACAUGAAAUAUAAAGUUUAAAGGGAUACUGUAAGCACCAAAACAAUGUUUGCUUAUAUAGUGUAUAUAUUGUGCCCGUGCAGUCUCACUGUUCAAUUCUCUGCCAUUUAGGAGUUAAAUCACUUUUGUUUCUGUUUAUGCAGCUCUAGCCACACUUCCCCUGGCUAUGAUUGACAGAGCCUGCAUGAAAAAAUGGUUUCAUCCUCAAUCAGAUCUUACAGCACAGUGUGUUUACAAAUUCUUAUUUCCUGUUCCAUUAACAGAACUUUAAGCACACACAGGGCAGACAAUUAACAGAGAAGGAGAUAAUAAAUUGUAAAUUAAACAGACAGUGUAAUAAAAAAACGUUUAAAUAUUAGAUCUCUCUUUACAGGAAGUUUGUGGGAAGGCUAUGUGACUCUCAGUCAAGGGAGCUAUGGCUAGGGCUGCAUAAACUAAGAGAUUUAAUUCUUAAAUGGCCGAGAAUUGAGCAGUGAGACAACAGGGGCAUGAUCUAUACACCAAAACCACUUUGCUACGCUUAAGUUAUUUUGGUGCUUGGACUGAUCCUUUAAAGAAUAUCAUAUCCAUUAAUUAUAAUCAUAUGCAAUCAAGAUGUGUACUUUUUGUCAUAAAAAAUAUCAUUCCCAAGAAGACUUCAGAUAAUGACUUAUUUCCUUAAAGGUGGUGUGACGAAGUGCCCUUUGCCACUUGUUCCUGGAGAGGCCUACUUGCCAGCCUCCUCCCCUGUGACUAUGACUCUUUCAUGUAUCUGGCUUUAAAGCCCCUAGUCUACCUUCAGACAGACUAUUUAUGUAGGCUGCUUUAUUUAUCUUAUGUUUUAGUCACCCUGUACCCAUUAUAGGUGCAGGGUGUGUGUAAUGUAAUUGUUUAUAGUGUGUGUGUAUGUACUGUGUAAUGUAUUGCCUGAUCUCUUGUAUUGCUGAGGUUUGCUACCAACUAGGUGGGUUUGGCUAUGGAGCUUGUCUAGUGCCCUCUGUUGGUAGCAACAGCAAUAUGCACUACCUGAAUUGCAAGACUGGUUCAUUUGCAUAUUCGGGUAGAUUUGCAUAUUGCUAAUUCUGCAGGCAGGUGAGAUAUUUACUGUUAAAUAUUGUCUCCCCCCACCCCUUUAAAAAUGUGCCAUUGUGUUGUGAUAAGUCACUGUGUGUUUCUUGAUAUGGUUUGACUGUUUGUGAUUUUAUUGAGGUUUCACAACAAUGUUAUUGUGGUGACUGUAUUGGCUGGUCCCAAGGGAAUAAAGGUUUUGAUAGUUCUUCUUGAUCCCUCUAAACGUAGCCUUGUCUUGUUAUUGGAGGGAGCUGUUAUAAUCACACUGGGGAUUGCUAUGCUCUGCAUGCUCCCCUGAGCUUGAAUCACUUAGCUCUUUUAAGAGCUGUUCCUGUUACGCUCUCCUGGAGGACAGAAGCUGAUCCAGGGUGGAAGGAAGACGGCGAGACUCCAGUUAAGCUAUGGCGGUUGUGGAGUCUGCGGUGGUUGUGGUGUCUGCUGCAGUGUUUGGAGUCCUCAGGGAGCGCUAGGAGCAUCCAUCAACGGAGGGUACUCGGUCGGAGUACAGGGAGCUCCGUUACAGGUGGAAUCCUAAAUUUCAGUAUUGCUGGGAAUUCUGAAAUUGAUGGACGUACUGUCUAGGACGUGGAGACCACUGACACUCCUGCGUUCCUAUGUCUCUGUGUCUCAACGUCUCCUCCUACAUACAGUAUCCAUUUCUGUAUGUAUAUAUAUAAACUGUCUGUAGUACACAAAUACACUAUAAUUGCAAUGCAAUUAAUACAGAAUCUGUGUUGGCAUUUCCAGUGGCCAGUUAAGGUUAUCGAGACAUGAAACCACUCAGUUAAACAUUAUAAUAGAAAACACUUAGAGUAGAAAAUAGACUGAAUGAUUUAAAUAUAUUUUCAUUAUUUUUAUUGUGCAUUUUUAUGACAUCAUGCCUAUUCAAAAUUCAUUUAAAAGAGAAUUUAUUUUUAAAUUCACUGUAGCCCUCUACAUUUCAAGCCAACUUAAUUAAAUUUACUAGAAUUUAUUGAAAAACAAUGUCAUCAGAAAUGGUCAUUUUUCAUUCGCAGGGUUCUGCUGAAAAACACAAGCCGCUAUAUAAUAUCUGUUCACCUAAACAGGUGCAACCCUGUAGAAUGUCGAAUUUUCUGUAAAUGACGUUGUAUUUACUCAAUGGUAAAGUAAAUGUACAUAUUAAUUUUUAAUUGUGACAGUAUUUUAAACUUAAAAUCAAAGGAAAGAUUAUGUGCUAUUUAUACUGUACUAUAUUAAUAAUUUAUAGGCAAUGGUAAUAGCUUUAUGGUACACAAAGCCGUCAUAACAAUCUGUUUUAAUCCUUUAAAACGGCCAGUGGUACUUAUUUACCAGAUAGGUGAUGCUUGUUGUGAUACAGUGCUAAAUGUGUAAUUCUAUUCUAUAUACACCAGGAGGGACUGUCCCUUCUAAAUAGGGACGUUUGGGAGGUAUGAUACUAGUUCCUAUACAGGUCAGCCUUCACUACAAAAGUAGCGUCAGGGGGACCGAAAAAUAGCAAAGAAAGGAGAUUUGUUUUCUUUUAUAAGUUUACUAAUAUGGAAUAAAAUCUUGCGCGCAUAUUUCAAAUUGCUCACAUUUUACAUACAGCUAAAUAUAGUGACUGGGCUAUACCCUAUAUGAAAAACAUUAGACAUCACACCCCAAGUAUUGUGAUAUAUCUGUACAACGAAAAGCAUGGGUAGGCUGGAAUUAUAAGCCAAAGUAUAUUAUGUGAGAAAACAGCAGCAAAGGUUGGAAGGCCAGCUGGAGUUAGAAUCUAGGUCACAUAGAUCAUCUGCUAUGUCUGAGAAGGUCAGAAUAAUGGGAAGUUAAAGAUGGUGUUUCUGAUUGAGACUCCUGGGGGUAUUACUCCGUCUACUUCCUUAACAAGACUCCUGGGUUUGUCCUUUCAGAGCUGGUCAGGCAUGAUUUGGCAUGGAUCAGUAGCAGGGACACAAUCAGCAAUAAACUGGCAGGAUAUGGAAGGAUUCUCAGCAAGCAAUGAGUCUGCAAAGUAACCAUGACACGGUACCUUAGAGUAGUAGUUUAAGUAUCAAACGUGUUAAACUAUCCUAAUACGGACUGGGCUAAAAUUACAAAUAGGUUCUGAAACAAGAGAGCACUGGACUAAGACAAAGCAGAGACAGGGACGAUGCUCAAUCUAGUAGACAGGAACACUGGAAAGGACAAAAUCAGAUUCAGGGACUGAUACAGGUUAACACGCCAAAGGGCCGUAAAACCACAAAGAGGCACUUUUCUGAAGGUGGCAGUAGUUUAUAUAGGCUUAGACCCUUGCAUUACAUUUGCAUUAUUGCUAUGCAUGCGUAAAGAGCAAAUUAGGAUGCCAACACCAAAGCCUUUAAAAAGCUGCAAAGGUCAUCAGAAUGAUGCAAGCGCAACCUUAUAAAAGUGAUGCUGUGUCGAAAUUGCCUCAACUGUUGUUGGAUUGUCGUAUUUGUGUCAAUAUGGGAGUGAUGACCGGCUGACUGUGGCUGAAUUGCUGCUUGCUGCGUCGGUUUUAGUGAGUGUACUUGGUUUUCGACGCAAGUGUCUAGGAGGAUGGUGCUCUCUUUACGCAGUGCGUCUAAGUCAGAAGGAGGCUUUACAUAGCCUGGAUCAAAACCUGACCGUAUGUAUCAAGACAAAAACUGGAAUAAGUGCUGAGUUUGAAGGCCUGUAAAAACCUAAGCAUUAUUUAUUCUGAGUGUUCUAAAUGUAUCACUUCAUCAUACCUGCAUUGAAUGAAUGUGGUCAAAUAUAUGUUGUGCUCGAAGUGCUAUUUAUUUAUGAUUUGUAAGUGAAUAGGUGUUUUUUGUGUCUAUAAAUCAGACACAAUUGCUCAUACGCUGCCUGUUUUUGAAGGGAAUGGUUGCACUCAUAUAUUACUAUGGUAUUUGUCAGAACCCACGUAUUAUAGUUUAAUAUUAGUAAUACAUUUUUAACUAUUUCGUUUUUUUCAAUUCAUUGAAAAUACUAUCUUUCAUUUUCUCUAGUUAAUUGAAAACUACAAAAUGGUUCUUAGCUUCAAUGGCAUAAUUGGAGUGAGUUUGAAAUACAGUCAGUGUAUACAAAGUCGUAUUUAAAAAAAAAAUAAACUUUUAGUAUGUCAUUGCUAUCAUGGGUACAUUUAUGUUUAAUAAAAAUGGAUUCCACUAGUAUAGCUUGCCCAUUGGUGGUUUUUGACUAAAAGCUAAUUGAUUGAUUGAUAUUGGUCUAAAAUCUUCACCUUAAUAAACUAUGCCAUUAUCGCCGUGGAAAUUACUCGGAAACUGGGGAGAUGAUCAGCAUCAAUAACCUUGUAAUAGCAGGGUGAAGUUGGGCCAAAAGUAGAGAUUAGGGUAAUUUUCUUGUCUGCGUCCGACUGCACCACAUAUCUAAUUAAAGUGUCUGCAACUACCUGGACCACAUCUCUAAGUUAGUAUAUAUCCAUGUACACACUCAAUUCAGUGUGAGUUUGACAUAUUCACAGUAUCAACAGCGGGCGUAAGGGCCAGGGAAACAGAAAGUGUAGAAUGUAGACGUUCUGUAGAAGAUUUCAAACUGUAUAUUUAGCCAUUCUUUUAGUGGCAGAGUGGAAAUGCAAGUUUGCUAGGAUAUUGUGAAGAAAUAUUAAAAUGUUUCAUAUUUAGGCAUGAAUAAUCUGGGAAUGUUCCAUGUACAUGUCAAUAUAAUACAUUAUUUCUAUUUGCCGUACCGUAGAAUUUUAAUUAAAAUUCUGAUUCCUUUGGAACUGGUUAUUGGAAAAAGCCCUCAGAGAAACCAGAUAGCAAUUAAUUGAAAUUAACGUUAUCCAUGUCUGCAACAAAAAAAGUUAUUAUUUUCCCUCUUUAUUAAUAGUGUAAUAAACUGUUCAUUUUGGGAUUUAUGUGAGGAAGCAAUCAUGUUAGUAGUUACUGGAUUACACAGAUAAUAAAACCAACAGAGAGUAAUCAAUUUUUGUCUUUGAUCUAACAAUGAGCUGGAAGCCAGUUAUUCUAUGCCGUAAGGAAAAUUGAAAGUAUAAUAUAUGUUGAGCUGAUUCCUUGUUUUAUACAAAUGCUUAGCUCCUGAUUAAUUGUUGGUUUACUAUAGCUUGAACCUACGUUAAUAAGCACAUAGAUGUAUGUCGGAUAAAAUGGUCACAUUUCGUGGCCCAAUUCAAUGGACCACCUCCCAAAAUUAGAAUGUAUGUCAUGAAAGCAAAAGGGCAUGGAACCAUAUUGUGGGUGAUUGCUCACAUUAACUUUUGAACUUUUUGGAGAGUAGUGAGAUAACAUGAUGUUCUAGUGAGCGUUUGUCAAAUUAAAUCAAGGGUGUUGAACUGCGCUUCCCCCAAGAUAUGUUUUGAAUACAAAUAUACAGAUCUAUGCCCGGCUCUAGCUGUUUUUGAGAUGUGUUUUAUAUGUUUCAUUUUAUUGAUUAAUAAAAAAAAUAAACAGACUUACAGCUGCAGUUCUCUUAACAGUCAUUCCCAGCACCCGUUUUACCAAUUUUGUCAUUGGCCUGCCACCAACAAAAACCCCGCUCAGGUUCGGGCUCAAUACUUGACCAAUUUGGCAUCCAUGUAUGUGCUAUCCAAUCAUGGCAGGCUAGUAUUUGUAUAACAUAGCAAUGAUUACAUGAAACAAGUUAAUUGACAUCGGUAAUCUGCAGUCACUAUUAUAUCCAAACAUCAAGAGAACAGGCUUCUGCCUUCAAAGGCUACAAAACUAAAGGGUUUUGCAGUAUCUCUGGUUUAAUCUACAGAUCAUGUGACUACUAAAGUGCUUAAAAUAUUAUCCAACAAGUCACAUGGAACAGUCAUUUAGCUGAUUGGUCCAUAUAAACAGUGCCUGCAUGUGUGAGUUUAGCUAAAUCCUUCCCUUUCAUUCUUUUUUAAUCUUUUCCAUGCUGUGUAGUAGGCUGAGAAACAAGAGCUACAAAAUUUCAGAUGGCUCAAAACUAUAAAUCCAUUUUCUCAAUGUUUUUUUUUUUUUUUUGUCUUUUUGGUCAUGAGGUUGAGUGUUUAAAAAUAUUGGCCAAAUAUAAACAGGUAAAAGCUGAUAUUAAGAAUUUCAUGAUUUUAAGCAAUCGAACACAAUUUAAUGAUUUCGAGCAAAUUGAGCACAAUUGGACAUGAGUCUUCCUUAUGGAUUAAUUCUGUCUAGUUGAUUACUUUUGGAUUAUGAAAUAAAAUAUGAUGUAAGAAGUUGGUAACACUAACUGGUUUAUUCAGUAGACACCCGCUUUAAAUUGAAAAUUCAAUUGCAAGAUUUAGACCAAAAUAUAUGAUUUUUAAUAAUGGUAACGGUAGCAAGACUUUAUACAUAUAACAUUAUAUUAUGAGACUUGUGCACAGUGAUAAAUCUCAGUUCUGUAGAAUAUUUUUUUUCUGAAGAAAGUAAAUUUUUAGGGUCCGCCAAAUGUUAUAGAAUGUGAUGGCUGAUAAGAACCGUCACAUUCUACAACAUUUGGCUGAGCCAAAAAUGUACCCAUUCGGCCCAUCUAGUCUGCCCAAUUUUCUAAAUACUUUCAUUAGUCCCUGGCCUUAUCUUAUAGUUAGGAUAGCCUUAUGUCUAUCCCACGCAUGCUUAAACUCCUUCACUGUGUUAACCUCUACCACUUCAGCUGGAAGGCUAUUCCAUGCAUCCACUACCCUCUCAGUAAAGUAAUACUUCCUGAUAUUAUUUUUAAACCUUUGGCCCUCUAAUUUAAGACUAUGCCCUCUUGUUGUGGUAGUUUUUCUUCUUUUAAAUAUAGUCUCUUCCUUUACUGUGUUAAUUCCCUUUAUGUAUUUAAAUGUUUCUAUCAUAUCCCCCCUGUCUUGUUUUACCUCCAAGCUAUACAUGUUAAGAUCCUUUAACCUUUCCUUGUAAGUUUUAUCCUGCAAUCCAUGAACCAGUUUAGUAGCCCUUCUCUGAACUCUCUCUAGUACAGCAUACAAUACUCCAAGUGAGGUCUCACCAGUGUUCUGUACAAUGGCAUGAGCACUUCCUUCUUUCUACUGCUAAUACCUCUCCCUAUACAACCAAGCAUUCUGCUAGCAUUUCCUGCUGCUCUAUUACAUUGUCUGCCUACUUAAGUCAUCUGAAAUAAUCACCCCUAAAUCCCUUUCCUCAUAUGUUGAGGUUAGAACUCUAUCAAAUAUUCUGUACUCUGCCCUUGGGUUUUUACGUCCAAGAUGCAUUAUCUUGCACUUAUCCACAUUAAAUGUCAGUUGAUUUUGGAAAUCGAAUCAGAACAAACCAAUAAGGUGCGAAAGAGGGCCAGUCAGUGUGCUGUAAAAUAUAUACAUAGUAUCGUAAUAUUUAUGUGUUUAGCAGUACACUGAUAGGAGCAUUUUUUUUUUUUACAGAUCAUGUGUAAUCAAUAGAGGGUAAAGUAUGAGGAACAGUAAAUAUAUAAAAGUACACUAUUUUUAAAUUCUAUGGUUUUACAUAUAAGGACAUAAUAACAAUCAUCUGUUCCUUAGCUGGUCUUAAAAUUAGAUAAAUACAACCUCUGAUUAACAAUAACACAUGACAUAUUACACCGUGCCAUGAUUUAUUUAACAUAAAUAAAGCCAAAAUGGUAUUCACAAUAUUGACCCCCCAUCCACUAAUCAUGUUUAGCAUUUUGUGGUUUGUUUAGUCCAUAGUUCGGUACAUUUAAACUCGGAAUCCAGUUACUUUGACCAAACACCCGAAAGGAACCACGUUGGGCCGAAUUACAGUUCGGUGUGAAAAGAAUCUCCUAAUCUAUUGAAUAUUUAAUACUCAAAUCCAUUCAUGACCAUAACUUGCCAGAAUAUCUAAUCCCUUGCCAUGAAAGGCUUACAAAUUAAUAUUACAUCUAUUUAUAUAAUAAUAAUAACAACCGUAAAUAAAAUAUGGAAAAAAAGACAAAGUUCAUAAGCUAUAGCUCAAAUAUUGUUUAUAUAUUGUUAUAUAUAUGAUCUUGAUAAAGACCCGAAUGGGUUGAAAGGUCACUUUGUAGCACAGUUGAUUUUUUGAAGACAAUAUAAAGCACAAUUUGACUGACAUGAAGACCUGUCAGUGCUCAGUAAACUUGCUUAUUGCGGGAUUGCAACCAGGCCGUUGUCAACUUUAUUUUUUUGCUGGUGGAGUGCCAAGUAUUAUUUACAUUAUAUAUAAAUAAUAUUAUUAUUACUUAUAUGUAUAUUAUCACAGACAGUCUAGCAGAAGGAAAGGUAGUUUAUUUAGUUUAAAUUAUGGGAUUUGAAGCACUGUUGGGACUCUAUCUUUAACCUCCUGUUUAGCAGAUGAUGGUAGAGCAGACAUGUAUUCAUGUGUUUUAACAUGAUAUUAUAUAUCUGAUGUACGUAGCUUCAAUCAUCAUUUUUGAGGACACCAGGAUAAUGGGAUUUGUAGUCUAACUGCCUUAUUAACCAAGGAUGUCUAAGUCAGGGGAGCUUCGCAUAUGAUUUUUUUUUUCUGCUCCUUUGUCCGGACAUGUUUACUUUUUCUGCAGGUGUCUACAAAUUUUGGAGCCAUUUUAUUUCCUGUUCAAAUAUUUACAAAAUAAUCCUUUUUAUGGUGUUUGUGUAAAGAUACAGAUUCUGCAUGAGGAUUUAAUUAGUGUACAUGAUACACACCUGUACAUGAAAACAGCAAAAUUAUUAACUCCUUCUACAUCAGUAUCUAACCCAUUCUUUGCCAUUGUUUUCCAACCUUACCUUGCCUUUGCGUUUUCAUUGGAUGGCAUUGUGAUGAAGUGCCCUUCGCCACUUGGUCCUGGAGAGGCUUGCUUGCCAGCCUCCUCCCCUGCGACUAUGGCCCCUGGGAGAUUGUACCCUUUUAAACCAGCAUUUGGGCUUAUGAACUUUAUUGGACUGUGUACGGCCCUUUAAGAACCAUCUGUGGGCACAUUGUGACUUUGGUGAACAAUGCACCUUUAAGACUAUGGCCCCUGGAAGAUAUUGCCUGUUAAAGACUUUUUUAGUAGGUUGGAUUUUAACCCCUUAAGGACCAAACUUCUGGAAUAAAAGGGAAUCAUGACAUGUCACAUAUGUCAUGUGUCCUUAAGGGGUUAAAAGACUCUUGCUGCUAUUUUUAAAUUCUAUUGGAGCAGUUCUGCAGCUUUAUUUUUUGGCACUUCGGAUACAGUCAUUUUUCUGUGUAAACUAGACCGACUGCACAGCCCAAAUCUAUGGAACUGUUUUGGGCAGGAAAAUGUGCUUGCGGUCGGUCAUAAAGGACUUCCGGCUAACUUUUUAAGUACUGAACGGAUUUAGCUGAAUUUUGGUUAUGUUUAUAUUUAAAGUAUGCUGGUUCUGAAAAUGUGUGUUUUGUGAAGAUGUAUAUUUUUAAAGUUACAGUGUAUGUGUAAAAAGUAUAUUUUUCCUGGGGAGGAUUUUCUGGGAGUGAAUGGGUGUGGUUUUAUUAUAUGUUACGUGCUUUAUUGGUUAUUUUACAAACCCCUGUGGGCGGUACUGUAUCUGUAAAACCUGCAUAAAAGAAGGCCCUUUGGUGCCAAGUAAACAGAUCUUCUUGACCCUCAACAUGUAGUCUUGUCUCGUGAUUGGAGGGGACAGCUAUACUCACACUGGGGAUUGCUAUGCUCUGCAUACUCCCCUGAGCUUUAAUCACUUAGCUCUUUUAAGAGCUUGUUCCUGAUACGCUCUCCUGGAGGAGAGGUCUUUCCCACAUGGUCCUGGAGGACAGAAGCUGAUCCAGGGUGGAAGGAAGACGACGAGACUCCAGUUAAGCUACAGCAGUUGUGGUGUUUGCGGUGGUUGUGGUGUCCGGUACGAUGCUUGUGGUCCUCGGCGCAAGCUAGGAAGCAUCCAUCAAUGGAAGGUACUCGGUCGGAGUACAGGGAGUUCCGUCACAGACACAAUUCGCCGUUGUCACAUAUCCCCCCACUCAUUCACUCCUUACAAGCCAAGGGAUCAGAUCAUAUCUAUGCAUACCUCCUGUGAUGAACGCCUUGGGCUCCUGGAGGAAUGUGGAUGCUAGCCUCCUGCCCACUGACUAUGGGUCAUAUACAAAGACCCUGUUUGGGAAUUAAAUCUCCCGAACCGCCAUUAGUGGCUAGCCCUGGGUGUCCCUGGUUCAGCACUUUCCAGAGCUAGAAAAAUAACCAACUUGACCGGACAUCCCCAAGCCAACCUAGGCAGGUAUGCCAUCCCAUGGAACUGGGGGGGAGCUAUGUGACAAAAACCCUAUUUUGCCUUCCCAGGAACCAUUCUCUCCCUCAGUUAUGGAAUCCAUUUAAACUUGGUUUUUAUGUUACCAAAGUUGACCAACCGCUAACCCUAAUUUUAUGGAACUUUUUUGGGCAUAGGGCCAUGUGCAUGGUCAAUCAAAUAAUUGACUUCCAUGUAAAUCUCGAACCCUUGAAGCGAUCUAGGUGAUUUUUUGAUUUGUUGGUCACCCAGAUCAGGGCUCUCAAGCGAUGUAACUUUUGUGGGAUUUUCAUGUGUUUUGAAGGUACUUUUGGGGUGUUUGUAAAUUGUAUGGUUUUCUGUGCCUGUAGAUAAUUGAGUUUGUACAGUACCUGACUCACUUAUCUCCCAGGCACAGGGGAGGGUUUACCUUGUUUUGUGUGGGAGUGUCAUGGGCGUGUUUUCUGUGUCCUUGUACUGCAUAAAAGCAGGCCAUUGAGCCUGGAUUAAACGGAUCAUCUUACCCCUUCAUGAAGUCUAGGCUCAUGUUUGGUGGAUUGGGAGCCAUAUUCACACUUUUAACCACUACUGCGUUUGGAACUUGGGAGAUUUUUCACGGAUGUACUCAGCUGGAGUACUGGGAUCUGUUACACCUCCUAAGCAUCUCCGUUCAUGGGCCCAAAUCGCUCAGUCCCUCUUUUCUAGGAGCUCCAUAUUGUCUGUGUGUCUGAGUGUAACAGAGCUCAACAGCAAUAAUACACACAAUAAUGUUUCUUUAAACUACAAUAUAUGCAUUUAUAAAUCAGUAUGUGUAAGUAAGCUAAAUUUUUGAUGUUGAAAUGCAUGUCUGUGUAAGGAGUUAUGAAUUUUAAUUAUUGACACGGGCAUUGUGAGACACUGCGUUUUCUUAAAUGUCAAUAAUAUCCUCUAAUCAGGAUCAGGAAAAGAGAAAUCCAUAUUAUUCACACGUUUGUUUUUGUUCUUUAUUGUGAGGAAACACGAAUGGGUAAUGUAAUGGUUAUUUACUGUUCAGUGCACAUCUGUAGAGACGUCUAAAUUUGUAUGUGUUAUGUUUGAUACAUUACAGAUCCGAGGAUCCUUAAACACUGUAAAUCCCCUAAUCCCAAAACACACAACAAGCCACAAUGGCCGACGACGCUGAUAUGCGCAAUGAGUUGGAGGAAAUGCAGAGGCGUGCAGACCAACUGGCUGAUGAGGUGAGAUAAAUAUGCCUGGAUAUUAUAUAAUUAUACAGUAUAAUACAUAAUGUUACAGAUGGAUGAAAAGAUAGAUAGAUGAAGUUUCACAUUAUCUUUGUAUCCUGUUAUAAUUAUUACUUUAGUUAGAGUGGUUCUCUUGGAUUCUUCAUUGGGGUAUCAUGUAAACCACCAUUAUGUACAUAAUCUCUGUGUGGUUAUGCCCUUUCUAUGUCAUUCUGGUGCCUAACCUAAAUUUAAAAAGCCAAUUAAAUUAGCUGUUGUCAGACAGUAUGAUGAGGUUACCAGGUAUAGCUGUUGUCAGACAGUAUGAUGAGGUUACCAGGUUUGGCUGUUAUCGGACAGUAUGAUGAGGUUACCAGGUUUAGCUGCUGUCAGACAGUAUGAUGAGGUUACCAGGUUUGGCUGUUGUCAGACAGUAUGAUGCGGUUACCAGGUUUAGCUGUUGUCAGACAGUAUGAUGAGGUUACCGGGUUUACCUGCUGUCAGACAGCAUGAUGAGGUUACCAGGUUUAGCUGUUGUCAGACAGCAUGAUGAGGUUACCAGGUUUACCUGUUGUCAGACAGCAUGAUGAGGUUACCAGGUUUAGCUGUUGUCAGACAGCAUGAUGAGGUUACCAGGUAUAGCUGUUGUCAGACAGUAUGAUGAGGUUACCAGGUUUAGCCGUUGUCAGACAAUAUGAUGAGGUUACCAGGUUUAGCUGUUGUCAGACAGGAUGAUGAGGUUACCAGGUUUAGCUGUUGUCAGACAGUAUGAUGAGGUUACCAGGUUUAGCUGUUGUCUGACAGUAUGAUGAGGUUACCAGGUUUAGCUGUUGUCAGACAGUAUGAUAAGUUUACCAGGUUUACCUGUUGUCAGACAGUAUGAUGAGGUUACCAGGUUUAGCUGUUGUCAGACAGUAUGAUGAGGUUACCAGGUUUAGCUGUUGUCAGACAGUAUGAUGAGGUUACCAGGUUUAGCUGUUGUCAAACAGUAUGAUGAGGUUACCAGGUUUAGCUGCUGUCAGACAGUAUGAUGAGGUUACCAGGUUUAGCUGUUGUCAAACAGUAUGAUGAGGUUACCAGGUUUAGCUAUUGUCAGACAGUAUGUUGAGGUUACCAGGUUAAGUUGUCCGACAGGAUGAUAGUGUUACAAGGUUUAGCUGUUGUCUGACCGGAUGAUUAGGUUACCGGGUUUACCUGUUGUCAAACAGUUUGGUGAGGUUACCAGGUUUAGCUGUUGUCAGACAGUAUGAUGAAGUCACUAGUUUUCAGACAGUAUGAUGAGGUUACCAAGUUUAGCUGUUAUCAGACAGUAUGAUGAGGUUACCAGGUUUAGCUAUUGUCCGACAGUAUGAUGAGGUUACCAGGUUUAGCUAUUGUCCGACAGUAUGAUGAGGUUACCAGGUUUAGCUGUUGUCAGACAGUAUGAUGAGGUUACCAGGUUUAGCUGUUGUCAGACAGUAUGAUGAGGUUACCAGGUUUAGCUGUUGUCAGACAGUAUGAUGAGGUUACCGGGUUUAGCUGUUGUCAGACAGUAUGAUGAGGUUACCAGGUUUAGCUGUUGUCAGACAGUAUGAUGAGGUUACCAGGUUUAGCUGUUGUCAGACAGUAUGAUGAGGUUACCAGGUUUAGCUGUUGUCAGACAGUAUGAUGAGGUUACCAGGUUUAGCUGUUGUCAGACAGUAUGAUGAGGUUACCAGGUUUAGCUGUUGUCAGACAGUAUGAUGAGGUUACCAGGUUUAGCUGUUGUCAGACAGUAUGAUGAGGUUACCAGGUUUAGCUGUUGUCAGACAGUAUGAUGAGGUUACCAGGUUUAGCUGUUGUCAGACAGUAUGAUGAGGUUACCAGGUUUAGCUGUUGUCAGACAGUAUGAUGAGGUUACCAGGUUUAGCUGUUGUCAGACAGUAUGAUGAGGUUACCAGGUUUAGCUGUUGUCAGACAGUAUGAUGAGGUUACCAGGUUUAGCUGUUGUCAGACAGUAUGAUGAGGUUACCAGGUUUAGCUGCUGUCAGACAGUAUGAUGAGGUUACCAGGUUUAGCUGCUGUCAGACAGUAUGAUGAGGUUACCAGGUUUAGCUGUUGUCAGACAGUAUGAUGAGGUUACCAGGUUUAGCUGUUGUCAGACAGUAUGAUGAGGUUACCAGGUUUAGCUGUGUCAGACAGUAUGAUGAGGUUACCAGGUUUAGCUGCUGUCAGACAGUAUGAUGAGGUUACCAGGUUUAGCUGUUGUCAGACAGUAUGAUGAGGUUACCAGGUUUAGCUGUUGUCAGACAGUAUGAUGAGGUUACCAGGUUUAGCUGUUGUCAGACAGUAUGAUGAGGUUACCAGGUUUAGCUGUUGUCAGACAGUAUGAUGAGGUUACCAGGUUUAGCUGUUGUCAGACAGUAUGAUGAGGUUACCAGGUUUAGCUGUUGUCAGACAGUAUGAUGAGGUUACCAGGUUUAGCUGUUGUCAGACAGUAUGAUGAGGUUACCAGGUUUAGCUGCUGUCAGACAGUAUGAUGAGGUUACCAGGUUUAGCUGUUGUCAGACAGUAUGAUGAGGUUACCAGGUUAAGCUGCUGUCAGACAGUAUGAUGAGGUUACCAGGUUUAGCUGUUGUCAGACAGUAUGAUGAGGUUACCAGGUUUGGCUGUUGUCAGACAGUAUGAUGAGGUUACCAGGUUUAGCUGUUGUCAAACAGUAUGAUGAGGUUACCAGGUUAAGCUGUUGUCAGACAGUAUGAUGAGGUUACCAGGUUUAGCUAUUGUCCGACAGUAUGAUGAGGUUACCGGGUUUACCUGUUGUCAAACAGGAUGAUGAGGUUACCACAUUUAGCUAUUGUCAGACAGUAUGUUGAGGUUACCAGGUUUAGCUGUUGUCGGACAGUAUGAUGAGGUUACCAGGUUUACCUGUUGUCAGACAGUAUGAUGAGGUUACCAGGUUUAGCUGUUGUCAGACAUUAUGAUGAGGUUACCAGGUUUAGCUUUUGUCAGACCAGUGGCGGAUCCAGAGCCUGAUCUCAGGAGGGGCACUUGAAGAUUAUUUAAAUAAAUAAUCCAGACACAAUAACCACUACAGCUCAGUGUAGUGGUUAUGGUGCCAAUAGUGCCGGGACCCCCUCCCAGAGUAAGUAGUCAAACCGUUUAAGAACAGUUUGACAACUUAUCUGUGGUCUGCUGGGAAAUGGGGCUGUCAUACAGCAUAGGAGCAGUGGUGUGUGUGAGUGGUGCAAUGUGUGAGGUGUGCAGUGUGUGUGUGUGUGUGUGUGAGGAGGACAGUGUGUGAGCAGUGUGUGUGUGAAGGUUGCAGUGUGUGAGUGAGGAUGGCAGUGUAUGUCAGGGGUGCAGUGUUUGUUAGGGGGGCAGUGUAUGUGUGGGUCAGUAUGUGUGUGUGACAGUUGCAGUGUAUGUGUGUAUGGGGGGCAGUGUAUUUGUAGGGCAAUGUGUGUAUGGGGGGCAGUAUGUGUGUAUGGGGGCAGUGUAUGUGUAGGGCAAUGUGUGUAUGGGGGCAGUGUAUUUGUAGGGCAAUGUGUGUAUGGGGGGCAGUGUGUGUGUAUGGGGGCAGUGUGUGUGUGUGGGGGCAGUGUGUGUGUGUGGGGGGGCAGUGUGUGUGUGGGGGCAGUGUAUGGGUGUGGGGGGCAGUGUAUGUGUGUCUGGGGCAGUGUGUGUAUAUGGGGGCAGUGUAUGUAUGGGGGGCAGUGUGUGUAUGGUGGGCAGUGUGUGUAUGGGGGCAGUGUAUGUGUAUGGGGGACAAUGUAUGUGUGUACGGGGAGCAGUGUGUGUAUGGAGGGGCAAUGUGUGUGUGUAGGGUGUGAGUGUGUGUGAUAAGGCUAGGGGGGACUUUUUUAUAAUAUGCUUUUUUCAAAAUGUAUUUAAUUAAAAUAAAUGUACUUUAUGUCCCCCCUCCCUUCUUACCUUUACUGGAAGAAGGGGGGACAUUUCUCCAUCCCUUGUGGUCCGGUGGGGAAUCCCUGGAAGGAGCUGCAGGCUGAGCUCCCAGGUCCUCUCUCACUCCCUCCCCCCGCCGGCUGCCAGCACAGUGCCUGCGGACCGGGGAGGGAGAUGUCUGAUCUCCCUCUCCGGUCCAUAAAAGCACAUUGCAGGGCUAGCGCCUGCAUAUGCUGGCAGGGGAGAGGGAGACCGUUGGUUUUCUCGGGGGAGGGGGCAAUUGCCCCGUUGUCCCCCCCAGGAUCCGCCACAGUAUGAUGAGGUUACCAGGUUUAGCUGUUGUCAGACAGUAUGAUGAGGUUACCAAGUUUAGCUGUUGUCCGACAGAAUGAUGAGGUUACCAGGUUUAGCUGUUGUCAGACAGUAUGAUGAGGUUAUCAAGUUUAGCUGUUGUCCGACAGGAUGAUGAGGUUACCAGGUUUAGCUGUUGUCAGACAGUAUGAUGAGGUUACCAGGUUUGGCUGUUGUCAGACAGUAUGAUGAGGUUACCAGGUUUAGCUGUUGUCAGACAGUAUGAUGAGGUUACCAGGUUUAGCUGCUGUCAGACAGGAUGAUGAGGUUACCAGGUUUAGCUGUUGUCAGACAGUAUGAUGAGGUUACCAGGUUUAGCUGUUGUCCGACAGGAUGAUGAGGUUACCAGGUUUAGCUGUUGUCAGACAGUAUGAUGAGGUUACCAGGUUUAGCUGUUGUCAGACAGUAUGAUGAGGUUACCAGGUUUAGCUGCUGUCAGACAGUAUGAUGAGGUUACCAGGUUUAGCUGUUGUCAGACAGUAUGAUGAGGUUACCAGGUUAAGCUGCUGUCAGACAGGAUGAUGAGGUUACCAGGUUUAGCUGUUGUCAGACAGUAUGAUGAGGUUACCAGGUUUAGCUGUUGUCGAACCCAGGAUAUUAGGAAUUUACCAGAGUUUAGCUGUUGCAUCCGAAAGACGGUAGCGAUGAGGUUACCAGAGUUUUAGCUGCUGUCAGACAGUAUGAUGAGGUUACCAGGUUUAGCUGUUGUCAGACAGUAUGAUGAGGUUACCAGGUUAAGCUGCUGUCAGACAGUAUGAUGAGGUUACCAGGUUUAGCUGUUGUCAGACAGUAUGAUGAGGUUACCAGGUUUAGCUGUUGUUAGGCAGUAUGUUGAGGUUACCAGGUUUAGCUGUUGUCAGACAGUAUGUUGAGGUUACCAGGUUUAGCUGUUGUCAGACAGUAUGAUGAGGUUACCAGGUUUAGCUGCUGUCAGACAGUAUGAUGAGGUUACCAGGUUUAGCUGUUGUCAGACAGUAUGAUGAGGUUACCAGGUUUAGCUGUUGUCAGACAGUAUGAUGAGGUUACCAGGUUUAGCUGCUGUCAGACAGUAUGAUGAGGUUACCAGGUUUAGCUGUUGUCAGACAGUAUGAUGAGGUUACCAGGUUAAGCUGCUGUCAGACAGGAUGAUGAGGUUACCAGGUUUAGCUGUUGUCAGACAGUAUGAUGAGGUUACCAGGUUUAGCUGUUGUCAGGCAGUAUGAUGAGGUUACCAGGUUUAGCUGUUGUCAGACAGUAUGAUGAGGUUACCAGGUUUAGCUGCUGUCAGACAGUAUGAUGAGGUUACCAGGUUUAGCUGUUGUCAGACAGUAUGAUGAGGUUACCAGGUUUAGCUGUUGUCAGACAGUAUGAUGAGGUUACCAGGCCCUUAGCUGUUGUCAGACAGUAUGAUAGGAUUGCAGGAACACAGCUGCUGUCAGACAGUAUGAUAGAGGUUACCAGGUUGCUUUAUUUGUCCAGACAGUAUAGUAGAGGUUACCAGGUUUGCUGUUGUCGAACAGUAUGAUAGGAAUUUUCCAGGUUAAGCUGUUGUCAGACAGUAUAGUAAGGUUACCAGAGUUUAGCUGUUGUUGUCAGACAGUAUGAUAAGUUACCAGGUUUGCUUUGCUGUCGAACAGUAUGAUGAGGUUACCAGGUUUAGCUGUUGUCGGACAGUAUGAUGAGGUUACCAGGUUUACCUGUUGUCAGACAGAAUGAUGAGGUUACCAGGUUUAGCUGUUGUCAGACAGUAUGAUGAGGUUACCAGGUUUAGCUGUUGUCAGACAGUAUGAUGAGGUUACCAGGUUUAGCUGCUGUCAGACAGUAUGAUGAGGUUACCAGGUUUAGCUGUUGUCAGACAGUAUGAUGAGGUUACCAGGUUUAGCUGUUGUCAGACAGUAUGAUGAGGUUACCAGGUUUAGCUGUUGUCAGACAGUAUGAUGAGGUUACCAGGUUUAGCUGUUGUCGGACAGUAUGAUGAGGUUACCAGGUUUACCUGUUGUCAGACAGAAUGAUGAGGUUACCAGGUUUAGCUGUUGUCAGACAGUAUGAUGAGGUUACCAGGUUUAGCUGUUGUCAGACAGUAUGAUGAGGUUACCAGGUUUAGCUGCUGUCAGACAGUAUGAUGAGGUUACCAGGUUUAGCUGCUGUCAGACAGUAUGAUGAGGUUACCAGGUUUAGCUGUUGUCAGACAGUAUGAUGAGGUUACCAGGUUUAGCUGUUGUCAGACAGUAUGAUGAGGUUACCAGGUUUAGCUGUUGUCAGACAGUAUGAUGAGGUUACCAGGUUUAGCUGCUGUCAGACAGUAUGAUGAGGUUACCAGGUUUAGCUGCUGUCAGACAGUAUGAUGAGGUUACCAGGUUUAGCUGUUGUCAGACAGUAUGAUGAGGUUACCAGGUUUAGCUGUUGUCAGACAGGAUGAUGAGGUUACCAGGUUUAGCUGUUGUCAGACAGUAUGAUGAGGUUACCAGGUUUAGCUGUUGUCGGACAGUAUGAUGAGGUUACCAGGUUUACCUGUUGUCAGACAGAAUGAUGAGGUUACCAGGUUUAGCUGUUGUCAGACAGUAUGAUGAGGUUACCAGGUUUAGCUGUUGUCAGACAGUAUGAUGAGGUUACCAGGUUUAGCUGCUGUCAGACAGGAUGAUGAGGUUACCAGGUUUAGCUGUUGUCAGACAGUAUGAUGAGGUUACCAGGUUUAGCUGUUGUCAGACAGUAUGAUGAGGUUACCAGGUUUAGCUGUUGUCAAACAGUAUGAUGAGGUUACCAGGUUUAGCUAUUGUCAGACAGUAUGUUGAGGUUACCAGGUUAAGUUGUCCGACAGGAUGAUAGUGUUACAAGGUUUAGCUGUUGUCUGACCGGAUGAUUAGGUUACCGGGUUUACCUGUUGUCAAACAGUUUGGUGAGGUUACCAGGUUUAGCUGUUGUCAGACAGUAUGAUGAAGUCACUAGUUUUCAGACAGUAUGAUGAGGUUACCAAGUUUAGCUGUUAUCAGACAGUAUGAUGAGGUUACCAGGUUUAGCUAUUGUCCGACAGUAUGAUGAGGUUACCAGGUUUAGCUAUUGUCCGACAGUAUGAUGAGGUUACCAGGUUUAGCUGUUGUCAGACAGUAUGAUGAGGUUACCAGGUUUAGCUGUUGUCAGACAGUAUGAUGAGGUUACCAGGUUUAGCUGUUGUCAGACAGUAUGAUGAGGUUACCAGGUUUAGCUGUUGUCAGACAGACAGUAUGAUGAGGUUACCAGGUUUAGCUGUUGUCAGACAGUAUGAUGAGGUUACCAGGUUUAGCUGUUGUCAGACAGUAUGAUGAGGUUACCAGGUUUAGCUGCUGUCAGACAGUAUGAUGAGGUUACCAGGUUUAGCUGUUGUCAGACAGUAUGAUGAGGUUACCAGGUUUAGCUGUUGUCAGACAGUAUGAUGAGGUUACCAGGUUUAGCUGUUGUCAGACAGUAUGAUGAGGUUACCGGGUUUAGCUGUUGUCAGACAGUAUGAUGAGGUUACCAGGUUUAGCUGUUGUCAGACAGUAUGAUGAGGUUACCAGGUUUAGCUGUUGUCAGACAGUAUGAUGAGGUUACCAGGUUUAGCUGCUGUCAGACAGUAUGAUGAGGUUACCAGGUUAAGCUGCUGUCAGACAGUAUGAUGAGGUUACCAGGUUUAGCUGUUGUCAGACAGUAUGAUGAGGUUACCAGGUUAAGCUGCUGUCAGACAGUAUGAUGAGGUUACCAGGUUUAGCUGUUGUCAGACAGUAUGAUGAGGUUACCAGGUUUGGCUGUUGUCAGACAGUAUGAUGAGGUUACCAGGUUUAGCUGUUGUCAAACAGUAUGAUGAGGUUACCAGGUUAAGCUGUUGUCAGACAGUAUGAUGAGGUUACCAGGUUUAGCUAUUGUCCGACAGUAUGAUGAGGUUACCGGGUUUACCUGUUGUCAAACAGGAUGAUGAGGUUACCACAUUUAGCUAUUGUCAGACAGUAUGUUGAGGUUACCAGGUUUAGCUGUUGUCGGACAGUAUGAUGAGGUUACCAGGUUUACCUGUUGUCAGACAGUAUGAUGAGGUUACCAGGUUUAGCUGUUGUCAGACAUUAUGAUGAGGUUACCAGGUUUAGCUUUUGUCAGACCAGUGGCGGAUCCAGAGCCUGAUCUCAGGAGGGGCACUUGAAGAUUAUUUAAAUAAAUAAUCCAGACACAAUAACCACUACAGCUCAGUGUAGUGGUUAUGGUGCCAAUAGUGCCGGGACCCCCUCCCAGAGUAAGUAGUCAAACCGUUUAAGAACAGUUUGACAACUUAUCUGUGGUCUGCUGGGAAAUGGGGCUGUCAUACAGCAUAGGAGCAGUGGUGUGUGUGAGUGGUGCAAUGUGUGAGGUGUGCAGUGUGUGUGUGUGUGUGUGUGAGGAGGACAGUGUGUGAGCAGUGUGUGUGUGAAGGUUGCAGUGUGUGAGUGAGGAUGGCAGUGUAUGUCAGGGGUGCAGUGUUUGUUAGGGGGGCAGUGUAUGUGUGGGUCAGUAUGUGUGUGUGACAGUUGCAGUGUAUGUGUGUAUGGGGGGCAGUGUAUUUGUAGGGCAAUGUGUGUAUGGGGGGCAGUAUGUGUGUAUGGGGGCAGUGUAUGUGUAGGGCAAUGUGUGUAUGGGGGCAGUGUAUUUGUAGGGCAAUGUGUUGUGGGGGCAGUGUGUGUAUGGGGGCAGUGUGUGUGUGUGGGGCAGUGUGUGUGUGGGGGGCAGUGUGUGUGUGGGGGCAGUGUAUGGGUGUGGGGGGCAGUGUAUGUGUGUCUGGGGCAGUGUGUGUAUAUGGGGGCAGUGUAUGUAUGGGGGGCAGUGUGUGUAUGGUGGGCAGUGUGUGUAUGGGGGCAGUGUAUGUGUAUGGGGGACAAUGUAUGUGUGUACGGGGAGCAGUGUGUGUAUGGAGGGGCAAUGUGUGUGUGUAGGGUGUGAGUGUGUGUGAUAAGGCUAGGGGGGACUUUUUUAUAAUAUGCUUUUUUCAAAAUGUAUUUAAUUAAAAUAAAUGUACUUUAUGUCCCCCCUCCCUUCUUACCUUUACUGGAAGAAGGGGGGACAUUUCUCCAUCCCUUGUGGUCCGGUGGGGAAUCCCUGGAAGGAGCUGCAGGCUGAGCUCCCAGGUCCUCUCUCACUCCCUCCCCCCGCCGGCUGCCAGCACAGUGCCUGCGGACCGGGGAGGGAGAUGUCUGAUCUCCCUCUCCGGUCCAUAAAAGCACAUUGCAGGGCUAGCGCCUGCAUAUGCUGGCAGGGGAGAGGGAGACCGUUGGUUUUCUCGGGGGAGGGGGCAAUUGCCCCGUUGUCCCCCCCAGGAUCCGCCACAGUAUGAUGAGGUUACCAGGUUUAGCUGUUGUCAGACAGUAUGAUGAGGUUACCAAGUUUAGCUGUUGUCCGACAGAAUGAUGAGGUUACCAGGUUUAGCUGUUGUCAGACAGUAUGAUGAGGUUAUCAAGUUUAGCUGUUGUCCGACAGGAUGAUGAGGUUACCAGGUUUAGCUGUUGUCAGACAGUAUGAUGAGGUUACCAGGUUUGGCUGUUGUCAGACAGUAUGAUGAGGUUACCAGGUUUAGCUGUUGUCAGACAGUAUGAUGAGGUUACCAGGUUUAGCUGCUGUCAGACAGGAUGAUGAGGUUACCAGGUUUAGCUGUUGUCAGACAGUAUGAUGAGGUUACCAGGUUUAGCUGUUGUCCGACAGGAUGAUGAGGUUACCAGGUUUAGCUGUUGUCAGACAGUAUGAUGAGGUUACCAGGUUUAGCUGUUGUCAGACAGUAUGAUGAGGUUACCAGGUUUAGCUGCUGUCAGACAGUAUGAUGAGGUUACCAGGUUUAGCUGUUGUCAGACAGUAUGAUGAGGUUACCAGGUUAAGCUGCUGUCAGACAGGAUGAUGAGGUUACCAGGUUUAGCUGUUGUCAGACAGUAUGAUGAGGUUACCAGGUUUAGCUGUUGUUAGGCAGUAUGUUGAGGUUACCAGGUUUAGCUGUUGUCAGACAGUAUGAUGAGGUUACCAGGUUUAGCUGUUGUCAGACAGGAUGAUGAGGUUACCAGGUUUAGCUGUUGUCAGACAGUAUGAUGAGGUUACCAGGUUUAGCUGUUGUCUGACAGUAUGAUGAGGUUACCAGGUUUAGCUGUUGUCGAACAGUAUGAUGAGGUUACAAGGUUAAGCUGCUGUCGAACAAGUGAUGAAGAUUUACCAGGUUUAGCUGUUGUCGAACAGUAUGAUAAGGAAUUUUCCAGGUUUAGCUGUUGUUAGGCAGCACAUGUUGAGGUUACCAGGUUUAGCUGUUGUCAGACAGUAUGAUGAGGUUACCAGGUUUAGCUGCUGUCAGACAGUAUGUUGAGGUUACCAGGUUUAGCUGCUGUCAGACAGUAUGAUGAGGUUACCAGGUUUAGCUGUUGUCAGACAGUAUGAUGAGGUUACCAGGUUUAGCUGUUGUCCGACAGGAUGAUGAGGUUACCAGGUUUAGCUGUUGUCAGACAGUAUGAUGAGGUUACCAGGUUUAGCUGUUGUCAGACAGUAUGAUGAGGUUACCAGGUUUACCAGGUUUAGCUGUUGUCAGACAGUAUGAUGAGGUUACCAGGUUUAGCUGUUGUCAGACAGUAUGAUGAGGUUACCAGGUUUAGCUGUUGUCAGACAGUAUGAUGAGGUUACCAGGUUUAGCUGUUGUCAGACAGUAUGAUGAGGUUACCAGGUUUAGCUGCUGUCAGACAGUAUGAUGAGGUUACCAGGUUUAGCUGUUGUCGGACAGUAUGAUGAGGUUACCAGGUUUAGCUGUUGUCAGACAGUAUGAUGAGGUUACCAGGUUUAGCUGCUGUCAGACAGUAUGAUGAGGUUACCAGGUUUAGCUGUUGUCGGACAGUAUGAUGAGGUUACCAGGUUUAGCUGUUGUCAGACAGUAUGAUGAGGUUACCAGGUUUAGCUGUUGUAAGACUAGUAAUGUGGAGUAUCAGGGACAGAGAUUGAAGAGGUUACAUUGUCAUAAACAGUGUUCUUCUAAUGCUUACACAAGAAACUGAACAGCGUAUUGUGGCAAACUGACAUCAAUAGGGUAAAAUGCUAUCCAUAUACACCGAUCUAUUGAACAGAAAUGUUUAAUUAAAAAAAUCCAUAACUGCAAAGUUUGCUUUUCAGUAUGAAAAUUGCCCUAAUUUACUGUUUUCUCAAUAAAACUCCCAAGUGCAUAAAUUUAUUCAGAACAGAAUUAGGUUAAUUUGUUCCUAUUGUCUGCUGUAUAUAUCACUGUUGCCAUACACCUGUUGCACUUUAGGGCCAACAUUAAUAUUUUACCAAUUAUUUUUUUUCAGUCAUUGGAAAGCACACGCCGAAUGCUUCAGUAUGUUGAAGGGGUAAGUCAAUCUUUAUAUUACAUUUUAGUAAAAUUCUAAUGAAUGUCUUUCAUUUUAUAAACAAAUGCCACAAAGAUGGACUUUCAAAGUCUCCUGUUCUUAAUAUCAAUUGAAUAAUAAACUAAUUAUAGUAGAAGAGGAAGAUAUGUUUUAUCAAAAUAUUUACUAAACAUGUUUAUUUAUAAGAAGAACAGUAAGUGAGUAGAGCCAGAUUAGAUACACAAUAGAAGUGGGGGGUAACCCCUAAUAGAAAAUGAAAAAUACAAGAAGAGGAAUGUAUCUAAUACAUGAUGCGAGAUAUAUGCAUCAAGAGAAGGGGUUCAAAAUAGCCAACAAAAGGCCUACUAUAUAGGCCAGACAGAACCAUAAAAAUGAAAGAACAAAAAAUAAUAAAGAUUUAUUGAACACUACAAAAAUGUAACCCAAAUAUGUGCUACCCUAUAAACACCUAAAAGUUAAAAUAUAAAUAUAAAUACAGGUCGUAUGAAAAUAAUAAAAACAAAAUAUAAUUGUAGAUCAAAAUAUAAGAAACUAUUACUAUCGGUAGUAGCUAGUAAUAAGUCAGGUUAGAAGAGCAUUUUUGUAGUGUUCAAUAAAUCUUUAUUAUUUUUUGUUCUUUCAUUUUUGUGGUUCUGUCUGGCCUAUAUAGUAGGCCUUUUGUUGGCUAUUUUGAACCCCUUCUCUUGAUGCAUAUAUCUCGCAUCAUGUAUUAGAUACAUUCCUCUUCUUGUAUUUUUCAUGUUUAUUUAUAAUAUUAUUUUUCUCUGCUGAGAGAUUUCCCUUUCUAUGAUGUCAUCUGUCGCUGUUCUUGCUACGCGCUGAUCCUCGCUAAUCUGCAUUAAUCUGCCUUGCUGUGGUGCUCAUUGCUUAUUCUGUAUGGAUUCUCAGUAGUGAUUGUCACAGAUGUGUGCUUUGCACCACACUAGCUAUGAGAAAAAUCACAGUUUUAAGUAAAAACAGCGACAAUGAUAUUAAAAAAUAAACAAAUCACCAGAACUAUCUCUGCUCUGGAAUUACAUUUUGGAAUAAAACAGUGAAAAUUUGCCUCGAACUCCAGUUAAGGUUUUUAUUUUUUAUGAGAUUCACUUUUUUUCUUUAAAAUGUAUAGUAAAACAUUUGCAAAUAAAUCAUAACCCAGUCCUGAGAAGACAAAGCAUAAUAUAUGAUGGGUCCCAGAUAAUGUUUUUUCAUAUCACACUACAUUCUAACUAUUUAUAGAUAUAUACUCCAUAGUACGCUUGUAUGUGUAUAUUAUUGCCUUAUGAAAUAUUAUAUGUUAAAAUGAACCUGGCAUGACAAGUUCAUUUUAACUAUUCAUUUAAACUCAAACAAAUAAUUUUUGAUAAUAUUUACAAUCUAUUCAAUCUAAUAUUUACAAUUUAAAUUUUCAAAAAAAGUUAAAAAUAACUAAAAUGUAGUAGUACCUUAAUGUAAUCCUAAAACAUGUGACUGCCAACAGUUACAGAUUUGGAGUCUGUAGGAACAAACUAAAAUAUGUCUACUGAAUGCCUAACUAGAGAACUCAAACGCUCUCAACUUUUCACUAAGAAGUAUCCCUGCAGGUCUAAAAAAAACUCCUAAGUACCCCUGCCUCAAGAAAGUAAUUUCUAUUGAUUUAAAUUCCAAAUGAAAUAUGUAGACACUGAUAUUUAAGCUAAACCAUAUUGGAGAACAGGCCUGAUUAAAGGUAGUAAAGAAUAUUUUUAAAAUAAAUAUGACCUAAUGUGAAUAUUGUGCAUGUAAGGAGCAGUGUGUGAACUAUUAAUCUAAAGUAUAAAGGUCACACAAUAAAAAAUAUAAUACACACAUAGUUACACACAGAGGACACUGACACAUAGUUACACACAAUACACUGACACACACACAUUAUCACACAGAGGACAGUGACACAUAGUUACACACAGUACACUGACACACACACACAUUUACACAUAGAGGACACUGACACACACAUUUACACCCAGAGGACUGACGAAUACAUUUGCACACACUGGCAACUGACAUACACAGUUACGCACAGAGGACACUGAUACACACACUUACACACAGAGGACAAUGACACACAUACUCACUGACAGACAUACUCUCUCUGUUUUGACACACACUCACAGACACACAUACUGACACAUGCACAUUUACUGACAGACACACUGACAAACUCUGACAUACUCACUGACACACACUCAUUGAUUUGACACACACUGACUGACAGACACACACACACACACACACACACACAUUUCCUUACACACUCACAAAUGUAUUCUUUUUUUAAAGUUAUUUUUUAUUUAAAGGCCCACUCCGCAGUCCACGCCCAUAAAGCACUUCAGCUUUAUCCCAUAAUUUGGCACUUUUAUAAGUAAUUAAUUAAUCAUCCCCUGGCUGUCAAUCAAAUCUGCCUGCUUCUGUUAACUCCACUUAGCCAACGGAAAUGGCAGGCACAUUCUACUUGAGCGAGCAUGCCCCCUGCAUACCUCAGAUCAAACCUCAGACCAACGUCCACAGACCACAUAUCAGCACUGUGGAGGUUCACGCAUGCACAGAUAGAGAUAAUUCAGAGAUAAUUCAGACUUAAGGUCUCUUCCGGGGAAGGAACAGGAGGACUUGUAAAGGCUGCAUUUCAUAAGAACUACAGCUUUUGCAAAUUGUUUUAAGAUAUACCCCCAGUGACUACAUGCAUGUAAAUCCACAUAUGAUGCCAAACUAGCAAUGACUGGAUAUUGUGUUAAUAAUAGUUAAAAUAUCAUAACAUAUGCUAAUGGAUUAACUAUAAAUUAGAAUUUUAUUGUACUGCUUAGGUAGGCAGUCUCUUUGCACAUUUAACCCUUCCAAGUGCCACCGAUAGCAUAGAACAGCACCCCAUGUACCAGUCUGGGAGAUCACUGCAUUAUCUAUUAUAAUAAAUACACUAAAAGCACGAACGUGAAAAUAAAGAAAUCAAGCCAGAAGAGAGGAACAUUAACCAAGGAAGGAUAAUAGCGCUAGUUCAUACCUGGCGAUCGCAGUGUGUGUUAUACAAACUACAGACCAACCAGAUAAAAUGAAAAUCAUAGAUCAAGAUUUCGUUAUAUCACAUUCUCAUCAACUUCUGUUCAGCAAAUGCAACCAGAGUCCUCCCCACUCCCCACAAAAAAGGAAUUGGGGGAACUAGCCAAGCAACCUGCCCUUAAGGACCAAACUUCUGGAAUAAAAGGGAAUCAUGACAUGUCACACAUGUCACAAGGAAUCCAUGUCAUUUCCGGUGUAGAAGAUCCCUACACCGGAACUGAUUUGCAAAGUAUCGACUAACUAUGAGGAAUUACGGAACUCAGACAGAAGCAGAGUCUCUCGGCCAGAUGAGGGAUGCCUCCAUCUUGACGUGACUGCAAGUGCUUUCUGCCAUACUGCUUGUCCUAACUUGGUGCUGCUUGGCACAGUCAGAACACAUGUAGGAGGCAGAGGAGGAGUUGCAGGAGCUGUGCAUCUUCAGAUCUCAAAAUUAAAUACUAAUAUGCUAAAUAACAGCUAAUGAACACUGUGCCUAUGCAUUCCCCUCCACUAGAGCCCUGCGCAUAACAGUCUGGAGACCCUAGGCUGCCUAUAUUGGACUUGGAUGGAAUAAGAGUGAGAUCCUAAUUGAAAUGAAUUAAUAAACGUGAAGCAUUCCAGAAUCUGGUAAUUUGGAGACCAAAUCUCAAUAUUAUUGUGCCUUAUCAAUACCUAGGAAGAUACAGGGGACCUUUACAUGUAGAAGUCCAAUCUGAAUAGAUUGAAGGAUGGCAUUCUCUUCCCAAUAUAUUAGCCAGACAUUUAUUGCUGUCACUAUGUUAGUUCAUCCAGUAAUAUGUAAUAAACCGUCCUGAUUACUGAACAAUUAUAAGACAGACAGCCAAUCCAAUUUACCCUGGACAACAUAUUUUUCUAAACAAAUAACAGCUGACGCAAAAUUGUAUUAGAUGAAAAAUCUAUUGCGGUUUUUAUAUAAACUUAAGUUCUGCAAUUCCUUAUCUGUUGCAUUAUCUCAAAGCAUUAAUAUUUAUGGAUCCAUUUUGUAGCAAUAAAGACGCUAAUUUUAUUUCUGAAUAAUAAUCUGUCACGUUGCGGAGCCAAAGUCAUGUUGUUGCUUUCACGGUUUCACCUGUAGGCACAUUCAAAGCAUUAUGUAACACAGACUCUUAGCCAGGCUUUCCAUGUGACAGAGUUCAGCAUUUAGAAAACCAUCAAUUAUAGAAAGUAAUGCACUUUGAAGCUACACAGCAAGUAAAAAAUAAGCAAGCUCUUAACAUGUGCACCUCAGUAUUUCAAGGCUAGAAAAGCCUUUCAUUGUAACCCCAAUACACCGUUUCAGUUCUAGAGAAAUGCUUUUGAUCUAAGAAAUCUUAUAAUCUAUCUGGUUUUUUAGUCUUACAAAUCUAUCAAUCAUUUUAUGAAUUUCUUUUCAUUAGCAUGAUUUGAAGGACUAUUUUAUCCUCUAAACUUGAUUUUUUUCUAAAGUAGGUGAGUUUCGAGAGAGACUGACAAGACCAUUUUCUGCAAACCUUACUCUUGACUGAGUUUGCCUACAGACCUUGCAGUGACAACUGUGCAGAGCUAGUGUCCAUUCUGCCACAUUAUGUCAAUAUAUGAUUGUGCAGUUAAUCUAGAAGGGAAUUACUUGUGAAUGAAAUGUGCCAAAAUGAAACUCCUUAUGUUUAUUGUUGUAUAUUUCCCGUUAGAUGUUGCAUAAAUAUCAUUUGUAUAUUUUUCGUACAAAUUGGCCAGUUACUGCAUUUUUUGCCAAGGCUCUAUUUUUCCCCAUGUGCGUGUGAACAUCUCAAUAUAAAUGGAAGAUGAAUGUCUUAAAUCCUAAUCAGCGAGAGGAUCACUAAUUACCACAAAAUAAGAAAAUCAGUUGAAGAAGUAACUGAGCCACUCAAGUUCUGGCUGAACCAAAAAGCUUGCAGAGAUACAUAUCAUCGUACCGAUACUUUCUUUAUUUGAAGAGUCUAUCCACCAGGAAUCUGCCAGAACACGCACAAGACCAAUAAAACUCUAUUCAGUAAUAAAUGUAAUGGAAGAUAGUUUGAUUAAAUAAAAAUUCCAAUGGCAAGUGAAGAGGUUCAAAGAACAUAUCAAACUGCUGAAAGUAUUAAAUGAACGUAGAAUAUGAGCAGCAAAGGGUUCGUUGUCAGCAGAUACACUGCAGGAUACAAUGAUCACAUUUCUCUAACUAGAAAAAAUAACUGCAUUGCUAACUACAGGUCACUAUCGCUAAUAAACCAAAUUAUGGCAUAUGGCAGCAAGUAUUAAAGAACAUCCAGAGAAUUGCGACGUAGUACAACUACAGUGUUAUCAACAUUAAAAACGAUAUUCAGUUUAGCCCUAUCUAUGCCAGACGCCCUCCAAUUAAAAAAUGUUAGCAUACUUUAUUCUACGGUGAAUCCCCUCUCGCUAUGCUCUGUUCCUGCCCUAGCAGAAUUGGUGCAUGUGCCACCAUUCCUGCGAAUAUGCCAAUAUGUGCAGCGAGUGUCCAGUAGAAUGCUUCUCAUAGGGACGCAUCAGUGAGUGAUGACAUUUUUUAUUUACAUGCCAGUGCAAUUGGAAAUAAAUGUCACUCUCACAAGAUAAUAACAUAUUUGGUAUUGUUUGUAUCUGGUAACAUUUAAAUAAAUAUCUUUUGAAAUUAAUUAGAAUGCAAGCACAGUUUUUCCCCUAACAUAUUUUGCCAUGGGCCCUUUAUUUCAUUACAAUUUAUUUAUUAUAUGUAUUUUUUUAAGUCUAUGAUAUUCUUAUUAAGUUUAUUUUCUUGCUGUCGCAGUUAUUUUUCAGUACUAUUUUAACAUUAUACAAUUAAGCAACCAUCAAUUUUUCAGCCAACCGUUUUAUAUCGUUUUAACAUGCUUUUUAUUAGUGACCUUCUUAUAUGCCACAGAAACGUUUAGAUAUUUCCUGCUUUUGGAAAUAAAUAACAGCUAAUAGAUUUUUAAAGAUCAAUCCAUCAUUUUAAUGGUUAUAAAUUUAAUUUAGGAUUGGAACAUUUUAAUUGCUGCUAUAUUUCUUAUAGCAUAACCUUCCCUUGCUGAAUUGUUUAAUAUGAAACUAACCAUUGCCUGAGGUUUUCUAUUUAAAUCAACUGAGUUAAUACUAGUCAAAUGUCAAAUAUUGUGUUAAAUUUCAGUUUCAUGUGUUUAGAGACCACAUCAGGAUUAAAAACCUCCUCUAUUUAGGAUUAAACUUAAGUCUAGCCUUAGGUAGCAAAUAACCUCUAUUGUUAUGUCCACUAAGCGAUGAGAGAAAGAUUGUGAACCCAUCAGAUUUAUCGGUGGUUGUGCAUUAUUUUGACCUAAAAUAGCAACCGAUCUUCAUAUAAGUGCAUACUUUGUCCUUGAUUUAAUAAGGUCUCCAAAUGAUUCAAUGCUGUUUGAAAUACUCUCCAAAUGAUUUAUCUACAAACGUCACAAUUAAAGUCUAUGAUAGCUUUUAUAGAUACGUAAUUUGGAAAAAAUUUCUAACAGAAUUUAAUUAUUUUGAACGCUUAUUAAGGAGAACUUGUCAUGACAGAUCUAGAAUUGCAGUUUUCAAAUGUUUUUGUUUAAAAGUUUUAUGUUGACUGUGUAAAUAAAACAUAUCUGCUCUCUCUGUACAUUCUCAGAUUGCCUGCUUGCAAAGCUCCUGCAAUAAAUCAUUCUGGCUGUUUCUCUCUUCUCUUCAAGCUGCUAGUGCUGCUCUCACACAGAGACUCCUCUUUGCAGGCAUUUCUUUUUCUUAGAUUGUACACAAGCAAAAGGGCGUCACAGAGAACCCCCUUAUAACAGAUAUGCAAAGCACAUGCUUCUUAGCUCUGUGCUGAUCGGCAACUAAACUGAAUUGACUGAGAGGAGGUGGGAGGGACUAUUUUUAACCUCCACUUUUAGAGACAUUUAGACGUUUGAUAGCAAUUCUCCUAGCACAAUCUAUGGGUGAAAUUUGGUUCUGUAUCAUUUAAGAUUAAGUUGUAUUUGUCAUGUAGAGAAAGCAUGGGAACCUUUUUAACCCCUUAAGGACCAAACUUCUGGAAUAAAAGGGAAUCAUGACAUGUCACACAUGUCAUGUGUCCGUAAGGGGUUAAUGACCUGAAUCUUCUCUAGUUAAAUAUCUGGUUGUAGAUAAAACCAAAUUGUCCCAUCUUUACUGGGUAUGGAAAAAUAUCAGUUGAUUUUAUUAAUUUGUUUUUGGAGAUCUUUAUGAACAUUCCAAGUGUUUCUCAAUUUUUUUAUUAUAUUAGCUUGAAGCCGUUUACAUGUAUUGUAUGACCUAGAAAAAAAAAGAAGAAAAGGGACUCAGCUCUCUUUCUUCUGAUGGAGUUAUAGGCCUCAAAUCUUUAAACUAUAUUAGUAUUUGAGGAAUUCAAUAUUUUAAAUUUAUAUGCAAGUCUUCCUAAUAUAAUGGAGUCAGAGAUAACUCUCCUUAAUUCUACUUUUGCUUAUGAGACAAUGCCAUUGGAGAUUUUUGUCACAUUAAUUUUUUUUAGAUAUCCAUAACUGUUUUUGUUUUUUUUUUUGCUUUUUUGUUUGUGUGUGGUUUUUUAUUCAGUUACAAUAUUUUUAUACUUCAAAUUGAAUUGAAGCACGUGGUAAAGGUUAUAUUUAGGUUGAAGAGGCAUGUUCACACACGUCUUAAGCCAAGCUAGUGUGGACGUUGAAGGAUCUGCUCCUACUAUGUAAAAUAUAACUGUGACUGCAGGUUCAAACAACUAAUACUUGGGUGAUAUAUAAGCACUAACAAACAAAUCUGGCAACCAUGCACAAGAGCUAAUGACUGUCCAUAAUCACUUUCCUUACAUGUCUUUACUGAACAUCUGGCCUGAACAAAUUUACACCCAGCAUGUCAGCAGGCACAAACAGUACAAGGUUCAUCCACAUCCCAAAAUACAUUAUUACAGAGAUGUGCACAGGAAGAACUUUAAGUUCUUUGGAUCUUCAGUCAUUCUUGUAGUUUUUCUUUGGGUGGGGGUUAGUUCUAUCGACCGUCAGUCGCCUAGUCAUUCGAUUCAAUCGAAAUUCGUUACAUUUUGAAUUUAAUUACCAAAUGUUGGCUGACCACUAAUCUCUAUGGCCCGCUGGCAGCACUAGCAGUUUUAUACCUCUACCACGUCCCGGCUCGCUAUGCCAUUGGUGGGGACAUGUCUGCUGAACAUUGAGCAGCUGGUGGCUACUUGCUGUAAUGACCAAAUUAAUUUUAUCUGUGAGACAUUUUGGCUAUUCUGUCAUUCUUUUAAUGGUGACCUUGUAUUAUUUUUUGGCUAAAUGACCAAACAUCUAAAUUAUCAGUAAAUGUGUCAUUCUUAAAAAUACAAAUACAGAUGUCUAAUAAUAAAAGCAUUUGUGUUAUGGCACAGAGAGAAAGUGGAGUUCAGGUGGAAAUAAAUGCUAUAUGAUGAUAUAUAACUGCAAAACCCAGAAUGGCGUUCAGGAGAGUGGAGUAACUUAUGGAGAAUCGAUACAUUAGAUGGAUGGACAUAGACACACAGACAGAUAGAUAGAUAGAGUCUUUAAAGAACAAGUACUCUCUAGAUAAGUGUUUAGGUGAUAAGGGUUUCCUACAGGUAUAAUAGUGUACCUGUUAAGUUUGACUGUUUAUUUUCCCAUGCAGCCUGUAUUUAGCUGUCUGUGUAUACUGUGUAUACUGUAGAUGUGCCCAUUUAUGAAUGAUUUUAAUUCUCACAAAACAAUCUUGAAAGAGGUUUGCUGAGGCUGACUCUAAUAAGCAUCUCUGUAAAAUGUCACAGUUACUUUUCCAUCUUUGACCCAACAUUUCAACUAGUCUCGUUUAAUGAAAACUCAUCGCUAUGUUAGGGAUAAAAUAAAAUCUGCCGUUCUGGAUUUGUUUCACAGGCCAAACAUAUUGCUCUUUGCAUAAGGAGUAAAGAUCUGAUUUAGAAUUUUAUUGUUUUUCUCUAAUACGUCACAUCAGGAUUGUUCACCAAUACACUACCCGAUAGUAAUUCUGUAUCUGCCAUGUCAUAGUUUCUAGCCAAUUACUGCCUUUUGCAGAGAUAGAAGACAUUACCCUCAAUUAUGCCUACUGUUAUAAUGAACCUUACUACUAUAACUAUGAUCUAUAGGGGUCAGUAAUCAUGUGGUAAAUAUCUGCAGGUUUAAUCAAGUACCAGUGUGACAUCUUUAUGGAACUCCUGGCAACAAACGAUUUAUUUUAUGUAACAUUAUCCAUAACUUUCCACAAUUCACAACCCAUAACUUCAACUCGAAUCCAAUAACUGCUGGCAAGAGAUGUGGGGCCACUUCCCAUUGUCAGACUGCAUGACAGGGGGGAAAUAUUAGUUAUAUACAAAUAAGCAAAUUGACAUUUAUAACAUAACUAACUCACUGGGCAGCCAGUUACCAAGCGUAUGGGGUAAUUUAUGUCUAUGUAGAAUUGAGUAAUGUUAGCACCUAAAUCUACCUUCAACCUCUCGCACCUGUGUUCUGAUUCACGGGAUGCCUAUGUUGGGACCUAUGGGUUAAUUUAUCCAAAGUGUAACCUUCUCUGAAUUCUCAUAAUAAAGGCAAUGUCCAAUGUUUUUAUCAAUAACCUAGGACAUAUUUUUGUUCUAACUGAAACUAGUAAUCUCUAAUUUAUAAUUAGUAAGCAUCUGCAUUCCAGUUGUUUUGCAAAAUCAGGCAGCUGGUAUAUCGAUCGAUAUCUUCUCACCUUCCAAGGACUUUUUGAUAAUGUUGAAGGACAAGAGAUCACAAGAAGAAAUAGUCUUCAUCAAACUGCAUUAAUUAACAGAAGUCCAAUUACCAGCCUUCAAAAUAAUGAUAUUUUUCUUUGCAUUUUAUUUUUAAUCUUUCCUUUCUGAUAAUGGCUGAAGAUUUGCCCUUGUAUUGACUUACUGCUUACCGCAUACACAAAGCACGGACACUUAGAACUGAAAGUGUGGAUUACAUCAAAGUAUUUAUAAACAUCCAUUAUGAGGGUUCAAAUUCAAUCAAUACAUGGAGUGCUCUUACAUGAAAUCCAUCACAAAUGUUUAUAGGAUGAAACGUAUUAACCGCCAUUAUUUACCAAACGCCAGGGUUAGUCUAUACUGGAAAUACGUAUCUUCUCUUGCUCUGUAAUUAGAUUAACGACACUCAAUUGCAGUGGUAUUAGGAACACUAGGCCUCAUCGUGACGCAGAAACUUACAAAAGGCAAAACAAUGGCCCACCGUUUGUUGUUCAGCUACAUCAUUAAUUUUCCUCAGUCAGUCUGUGGCUGGCUGAGAGUAAUUCAUUACAGGAGAUCAGUCCUCAAAAGGGUCAUGGGUUGACUUUACUAUUGAUAUCUUUUUCUUGCACAAGACAUUUUGUAUGUAACUGCUCUUAAAGGUAUUCGUGCACAUAAUUAAAUGUUAGCUACUACGCACAUGCUGUUACCCCCUUAUGCAUGGGUUCAGAUGGUACAAAGUUAUUUGUUAUAGGGGGGCUUGUGCCAAUCCAGGGUAAGAAGAGGAUAUUUUACUCUAGAAAUUCUAAUAUUCACCUUAACCAAGUUAAAUUGAUUCUGUGAGUUUUUUUGAAAAAAAUGUUGCAUUUAACUAUGAUGUAUUUUUCUGUCCAAUAAUCCCUUUAUACCUUAAUUUACAUUCUUUUUCUUUUUAUUGUCCAAUUAGAUUUGAUUACACUGUCACUGAUCACUAUUUCUUUCUGUCUUGUUUCCUGCCCUGCUAUCAUUUCGGGAAUAUAGAGUAAAGAUGCUGGGAUCAGAACUCUGGUUAUGUUGGAUGAACAAGGAGGUACGUUUAAUUCAAAUGGAAUCUUGCAGCCGUGUUAUAUGUUACUGUAUGUUAGUGGGGGGAAAACAAAAACAUUAUAUAUAUAUAUUCUGUUUGCCCCCAGCAUUUCAUACAUCAAAACGAAGUGAAUUAAAUAAACUGAUUAGGGGGUUUAAUGGUUCAUGGUGAAUUUGUUGUGGUCAAAGGAAAACAUACUUGAUGUACAUUGUCUCAUGAUCAGUAGAAACAAACACUAUUUACUGUCAGUCAUUGAUAUAUGUUCUGAAAUUGCUAUUUUCUUGUGACUUAAUGGGAUUCUCACACCUUCUAGGCAGUAUAUUGUAACAGUACACGUUGGCAAACCUUGAUUGCCAGCAACUUGAGGCAUCAAAAAGCUUCUAAUUUCUUUAUUUACAGUUCUAUCUAAGCCACAUCUUGUUGGGAUACUUUGAAGGCACCUAGAAUGCCUUAAAUUGCUGAAUCUCUCAGCUGCCAUUUAACAUUAUUGGGAUUUUUACAUCUGCUUUCAUCUAAUUAUUUGAUGUUUAGAAGGAGUGGGGGUCCCUUUAAGACAAUGUUAGUUUCAUUUUUAUUAUUCAUAUUCCUAGCAGUUGCUGUUUCUGUGAGGUUUAGUCACUAACAUUGUGAUAAUGUGGACAAAUGACAAAUGAAUGGCUUUACUCCAAAUUAGUCACAUUUGACCCUGUCUGUAUAUUUGAAGAAGAUACGUUUUUGGCAUUAUUUGUAAAAUGUUCUGUUCCCUUGUCCAUUGUCCACAAACACCAGUUUAAUAAAUAGCCUCCCCUAGGGGGGGGGGGGAGGGGAUAUGGAGAAUUAUGCUGACAAUGCAUUCUUUUACCAAUCUGUAUUCACAAACAACAGCUCUAAUUCCCACGGCAUAAUAAAGAUCGUUUUAUCCAUAUAAAUAAAAUAAAUCCAUAAGCCUACUUGGCAAUGAGGACAUAGACAUUUAUGGAAGUGUCACUAAAAGUGAAAGUUUUAAAACGAGAACCAUCACCAUGAAACGCGUCUAAUUCCACAGAUUGCAUCAAUAUCCCAGGCGAUUGCUCACCUUUUAGACUCUGACACCAUUUUCUUUUAUCGGAACAUAAAUAAAUCUCCUUUAUAAAAUCAUAUUCUGCUAUAUUUUGGAAACAUGUUUUACAAUUAUUUUUUUUAUAUUAAUUCCCUUAACUGGUAAGUUUGAACAAUAUCCUCUCUAUAUACUACCUUUGCAGGUUUUUAAUUGAAGGUAUUGGUGAAUGUCAAGCACAAAUCAAACAAAAUAUAGUCACUAUUUGGGAAAUAUCCUCACGGAUGACAUUGUAUUAAAGUACCUACUGUAAUUAUGUUAAAACACGUUGCACUAAAGUUAACAUUACCUACACCUCCAGGAUGCCUAGAGUCUCCCUUUAAGCAAGUGCUUUGUGGUUCUAGAGAACCUUUGGCUAGCUACUGUUACCUGUGUAAUGACCUAUGACAUUGCUACAACUACCUCCCUAGAUUGUUCAUGGCCCCUCAUGUGCCUUCCCUGCUAACUUCAAUUCUCCCACAGUUUUGACUGUGGUAUCUUAUGUGCCCCCACCCCAUACAUUGUUCCUAGAUUUGCCCCUGUUGAUGAAAUAAUUUGUUUAGACUCUGGUUUAGGUUUACCCAAUCCACCAUGAUUUCUGGGAUAAAUAUCACCUAUCCUGCCUAUAGAUAGCCCAUGAAAAGUGCUCCCCAGCAGUUUGUAGCAUUCAUGUGCUACAGCAGGAAAAUCAGAUAACUAAGGCAUUCCAUUUGGGAUCACACCUUGGUUGAACUCAACAAUAGACUGGAAUUAUUGAUGCAGCAUAUGAAUGCUACAUAUCACAGCUGAGGGCUAUUCGUGUGCUGCCCAUCAGUAUAUAGAAGUGAUAUAUGUCUAGGAAAACCUGGUGAAUAUGAAACGCUACUCCUGGUAUACUACUGGGUUUUUUAUUCUUUCCCCAAACUGCUGUAACAGACUGGAACGCCCUUAAUCUAAAAAAUACUCAUUUUGGGGCUGAUUUGUUGUAAAAUUUGAAAUUCUGUGGUCAAUUUUCAACAAUACUCAGAAGAAAAACCCAGUAUCUAUUUCCCAUUUGUGACAUCAGUUUGCAAAACAUUCACAUUGAUCCACUAAACAGCCAGUUAUAGUGAUUUGAUUUUUUUUAUUAAAGUCACAUUCUCCUUUCAGAUUCCUCACCUGUUUAUUUCAUUCAACUCAACAUUUUAACUUCGAUUAUGCAGGUUAUCAGGUUAUCAAAAUCAAGUGAUUAGUGAAUACAAAGAUUGUAAAUCCAAAAAAGAAAACAAACUUUUUUUUUUUUUAUAAAUCAGGAAUUUUGGAGCACUGCACAUUGCAAAUUGAAUGACAAAAUAGCCACGCCAGAAAAAAAACUGGGGUUUCUUCACUAAACUCUGAAUUGCAGUGAAUUAAAGCCUAUAUGGCAAAAACUACAUUAUAAAAGUCAAACUGUGAGUCGAACUGAUUUUGAAGAUUAUUUCAGAUCAGCUAUUCUUAACAUUUUUUAAACUGGAUUUUAGUUCCCUACAAUUCAGUGUUUAGAGAAUAGAUCCCAGCUGGUUGGAAAAUUUUAAUGAUUCUUCAAUUUUGACCUAAACUCUGCUGGCCGAUUUCCAAUGAUUCCCAGUUUUGCAAAUUAUCCUAUUAGUGAAGUAAACAUUAAAAUUAUAAACUGUAAAUACUGCUAUAUUUACAUCUAUGCUUUGGUUUUCAAUUAAUUGUUUAGUGAAUAUACCCCUAAAAACCCUUUUAAAUUAGUUCAAAGAGACCACAGCUUUUUUUUGGAUUAACAUCUGAAACCCCUUUUCCAAUUCUCCGGAAUUCAUGAUAUAGUCAAUGUUCUCAAAACGGUAAAAAAAUCCUGCAAAAUGUUCCUGAAUGUUGGUGUUUCCUAUAAUCUUUAAUUUCUCUAUAUCUUUAGCACUGGUUUGGAUUCUAAACACAUUUUAUUUCAGGCUCAAAACUUUGUUGUGUAUUCACGGGAGUGUUCCACGUUCCCAUCUGUUUUUAUGUAAUUUGUUCCUUGUCCUGACAAUAUUACUGUAACACAACAUUCCACACACAAACACACAAUACCACAAUCAUACAACUAAAACAAUUCUCUAAUUACUCAGAGAUUGUGUUUACCUACGAAUACAUUCUGUGAUAAAUGUAUUUUAUUCCCUUUUUUUUUUAUAAACGUGUAGCUUUUAAAUUUAUUUCAGUGUAAAUGGACAAAAGGGUAUUUUUUGAUAAAUCAAGACAAGCAUAGACAUAGUGGCAGUAUAAAUAUCAAAGAUUUUCAUUAUUAAAAUCAGGACUUAAAGUGAUAUUUAAGCACUAUAACUACUAAUGCACACUGUAGUGGUUAUGGUGCCAGAAGUCCCCUGGCUCCAUCCCAUGGUAAACUGUCAAACCAUUUAGGAAUUGUUUGGCACUUAUCUGGCUCUCUCGAAUUAACUGGCGUGUUGUGAUACGCUAAGGCACAAAUUCAUACUUCUGCAUUAACGUACCAAAUGUGAACAAUAUUCAUUGGUUGAGGUCAGCUGACACUCUAAGCCAGCGAAUAAUGUUCAAGGUUUGUGUAUUUUGAAUCUCACCCAAAAUAUAUAGUUAGAGUGCUAUUCCUUAUUAAAAUGAGAGCAAGUUAUUUUCUGUGAGGACUGUGUACUUUAAUUUAAAAAAAUAUAAAAAUUUCCAACAAUGAUAGUUCGCUUUAAAAACAAACGUUGGCGCAUUUAUAAUUUAUGAGUUGGCAUUGCUGCCUCUGUUCUGUUACAUAAUGACUUAUGUUGAACAUCGCUUCUGGACAUUUGUUAACACUUUAAGUGCCUAAACGGGCUAAGCUGAUAUUUACCCAUCAAGAAAUCCCUAAUUGGGACGCCCAUAGACCCGUUUUCUCAUAUGCAUUCAAGCACUGACUUUCCUCCCCUAAUGGUGCCACUCCUAUAAACUAAAGCAAAUAGGCCCGUUUAGAGCCUUUUCUAACUAUGCCACAAAAUUGACUGAUAUGUCACGUAAUUAAAGUGCUAUUUCCAUUCCUUGUUAAUUUAAUGCUAAACAUUUCUCUCUUGAAUCAUCGUUAAUUGCCAGCAAGUCCUUUAAAUAGCGGCUUCAGCACACGAUGGGCGCGGCUCUGUUGCUAAGUUUGAUUACAUUACAUAAUAAAAUAGAAUCUGUAAUAACACAUCGUUAUGAUCUAGAUCACACCAGUGAAUUAUCCCUUAUGUUCCUGAUUCUACACAGGAUAUUUAACAUUAUGCUAAGUAACACUUUGGCAGCUUAACUCCGUAAGGACACAUGACGGAAACAUUCCGUCAUGAUUCCCUUUUAUUUGUGAAGUUGUGUCUUGAAGGGGUUAAAAAAAAUACCCAACUUAAAGUCUUUGAGUAAAUGAAACAUUAAAAACAGCAACAUAACAUGGUAUUAGAGAAUGUUCAGUUAGUUUAUGGAAACAGAGGUGUUGGAGGUUGAGUGCUAGUUUUACCAUAAAUAUUGAAUAAAACGUGCAAGGUGCAAGAAAAGGUAAAUUUGACACCCCAGAUUUCCCAUAAUGCUUAGCCAGUAAUUUGAAAACCGUGCCAGGCACUGCACAAUAAAUCACUGGAGGAUGAAAUCGUCUGAAAUGGGGGGAUAUUCCGUAAAAUCGUACAAUUUUGUAUUAAGCCAGUAAGUCAAAGUGAGAACUAUUUUUGCAUUUGAUACAUAAAUUAUCUAAGAAAACACCUGGUUAUCCAUUAAAAUUGUACCAACUGAAGUAAGUAAUAAUCGGGUGUUUUAUACUUAUAGCAAUAUUCCAAUGUAGAAGAUUGACUGAGAGGCAAUGUUCCGUUUUAAUAAUCUGUGCAACUUCAUUGUACCAAAGAUAGAACCAUUGGUGUCAUGCAACCUUGAUGGCACCUUGACCAAGUGACAGCAGUGCCCUACUAGUGGCAGUACACAGAUAGGACAAGGCUUAUAUUAGAAUAUUUGAUAUUUUUUUCAUAUACUGCCCCUCUUUUCACUGGCUGCCCAUCAUAGCAAGGGUGGCUGGAAUAGAGACACCCCAACUGCAUGUUCUGUGCAGUGCAUAACCUCUAGUUCGUUCAUAACAAAGAAGGCAUGAUACAUUAUUUAAAUAUGGGAAUAAAAUAAGAAAGGAAAACGCGGUAAGCUGUAAAGGGCUUUCUAAGCAACGUAACCACUGCUCUGUAUAGUGAUAAUACUGCCCACAGUCUCUGGGAGAUGUCUCCACUGUGGGGUGGAUAAGCCCUGACAUUAAACUUGGGGCAUCGCCUGACACUCUAGAUUGUAUAACCACUACAGCGUUUCAUAACACCAUCUGUAACUGCCACUGCCUUUGUUAAAUAAUAAAUAAUGAACAAGAGGUUACUAAUAGAAAGGAAACUAUAUAGAUACAAUUCCUGUAACUCUUAAUAAGACAUCUUCAUUCAUUAUGGAUACAUCACUUAUUGAUGUGUCUGUUGUAAAAUACCACAAUGUUACCAGAGAUUUGGCAAGGUUUAUAUUCAACACAAACUCUCCAUCAGCUGUCUUCUGUUGACACCGUGAGGCCCCCGGAGCACUGAAAAUAUGAAUUAUUGAUGAUUUCAAAAUACAAAAAACUUUUUCCUAUGAGAAAAGGGCUGACCUUAUCCAACCCAAAGCCUGAUUAACUAACUCUAUUGCGAACACAGCUAAAAUACAUAUUUGGCCAACGAUGAAAGAUACAUACACAGCACUUGCAAUUUCUAAGGUGAAAGAUUUGACCUUGUUAAAGAGAUAUAGACAUUUAAAUUUGCAUGUUCCGUAGGUGGCCAAAUUAAAUGGCUGUAAAUUAUUGUUUUAAGGCCUGGCCUUAAACAGAAAUUAAUUAUUUACAUUUUUUUUGUAAUAUUCAAACGUCAUUUGUGGUCAUAAACCCCAGUCUAAUUUCAGUAAAUAGCCACGUGACCCAUUAUUAGACUAACAAUCAUGAAAGCUCAGACAGACUGGGCUAUCACAUUCUUUAAUUAACAUUGCGCACAAUCACGAAUAGACUUGUGCACAAAUGCCUUCCAUUCGUUCGUGGGUUACCUAACAAAUCAAUUUGUUCGUCCAUAGAUUAGCAGAUGUUUGAUUCGUUCAACACAGCUGAAAGGAAUAUGCGCACAAGUCUAAAGACAAAUGUGUGUGCCAUUAAUUCAAUAUCUCCGCUACAAGAACAGGGAUGCACUACAUUUUCUGCAAGUAGCAUUUUCUGACAUAAUUGCUCUUGUUCUUCCAGUUUUGAUUGGAAGGCACCUAAACAGUGCUGUUACAGAAAGACAAAAUGUUUCAACAUACAGUGGACAGUCGGUCUGAGAGAGUGGUGGUUUAAUAGCAGUCAUGAAAUGACUAACUUAUUUUUAAUAACCAUGAUUUUAAAAUGACAUGUUAUGCACAUAGGUAUCCCCUUACCGCAGGCCAUUUAAUUAAAGUAUAAAUAAAAUAAAAAAACAGUUUUUUUAUUAGAAGCAUUCAUUUUAGCAUACGGUGAUUUUAUUUUAUUUUUGGUUUGUUUCUAUUUGGGCUUGUGUAGCUUUCAUUUGCUCUGUGACAACAAGGAAACAUGAAGCUAUUAAAUCUGUGAUUGUAUCACCAUGUCUUCUCAAUUCCCAUAUAUCCUUCAGCAAACUACUACAGCCAUUUAUCAAAUCGCCCUCAGUAUUUAGCGUUACUGAACUUUAUAUGUUUACUUGUCAACUUCAAAAUGAUAAAUUAUACAACACACACUGUGCAAUAUCCAUGAUAUAAAAAUGCCAAUUUACAAUUGGAUAACACAUAUAUUCUAUGCAUGGUGUACCAGUUAAUUAGAUAUUUACAAUGCUCAAUGUCACAGAGCACUAGAUACAGCUCCAGAUCUUUUUAUUAAGGAGCCAAAAGAGCAACAUUUAUAUAGAAAGAGGUAAGAUUGCACACAAGACAAAAAAAUCCAAAGCAUAAAAGUUGGAGAGAAGGGAGUUAAAGAACCACUAUAGGCACCCAGACCACUUCAGCUUAAUGAAGUGGUCUGGGUGCCAGGUUCAGCUAGGUUUAACCCUUUCUUCUGUAAACAUAGCAGUUUCAGAGAAUCUGCUAUGUUUAUAAAUGGGUUAAUCCAGCCUCUAGUGGCUGUCUCAUUGACAGCUGCUAGAGGCGCUUGCGUGCUUCUCACUGGGAUUUUCUUCUGUAAACAUAGCAGUUUCAGAGAAUCUGCUAUUUUUAUAAUAGGGUUAAUCCAGCCUCUAGUGCCUCUGAGAUGUAUACACACACACACACACAGAUACACUGACACAUCCUGAUACACAGACACACACUGAGAAACAUACAAAUACACAGGCAAGGACAUAGAGAUACAUACACACACACACUAACACACAUACAAAUACACACACACACUGACACAUGCAGACACACACAAUGACAUACAUGCAGAUGCACAGAUACAUACAGUGACACACAUACAGAUGCACAGACACAUACUUACCCAGGGGCUUACACUGAGACACAGCUACACAGACAGGUAACACACUUACAAACACAUAUACCACAUUCACACAGUUAAGACAUACACAAACACAACACAAACACAGAUAACACAUGCACACACCCAGAUAACACAUACACAAGCAUACACCCAAAGAGCACAUUACAUAUUUUUGGCCACCCCCCUGCUUCCAUACCUUUUUUGACAGCCUCUAGAGGCGCUUGCGUGCUUCUCACUGUGAUUUUCACAGUGAGAAGACGCCAGCGACCAUAGGAAAGCAUUGAGAAUGCUUUCCUAUGGACUGGCUGAAUGCGCGCGCGGCUCUUGCCACACAUGUGCAUUCAGCCGGUGAUGGAAGAAGAGGGAGGAGAGGAGGAGAAGAGCUCCCCGCCCGGUGCUGGAGAAAGCGUUACGUUUAACCCCUUCCACCCCCUAGAGCCCGGCGGGAGGGGGGCCCUGAGGGUGGGGGCACCCUCAGGGCACUAUAGUGCCAGGAAAACGAGUAUGUUUUCCUGGCACUAUAGUGGUCCUUUAAGAGUCAAUGACAGGAUAUAUAUAUUUUUCUUACACAAUGAGUUGUAGAUGCAUAGAUUAACCUUCCAGCAGAAGUUGUAAAGACUGUUACACUACUGAAAUUCAAGGCAAAAAUUUAUUUUUUGAUUGAAAUGAGCAGACAUAAUUGACUAGUUUCACAUGUAAAAUUAAUGGGGUUUAUCGAUUAUAUAAUAUAUAACAAAAAGACUGGUAUGGUAAAGUACCAGCUCCCUACAUUAAGUGCUACUUACUCUUUGUAGAAAGACUAAAUCUACACAACAAGUAAAAGUAGAGAUCUUAGACAUCUACAUAUGCACCCUAUAUAUACAUUUCCAGCCUCCUUCAACUCCUCCCAAAUCCUCUACAUACAUGCCCUCCUACAAAACUUUCAAAUACUUCUCCCACCUUCACUUUCUUUCUAUCCUUCUGCUCCUAGCAGCUGGUAAUGUCUCUCCAAACCCCGGUCCCAUCUCGGCAAACCCACCAUGUACUAACUCAAGGAUCCACACCAAUCUCAUACCCAUCUCAUGUUACUCCUCCUCUAAAUCCUGCUUCAAUACUGCCCUCUAGAAUGCACACUCUAUUUGCAAUAUUACAAAAUCCACUGCUGUCCACAACCUCUUCAUCUCUCGUUCCCUAGAUUUAAUAGCCUUAGCAGAAACAUGGCUCUCCCCAUCUGUCACUGCUACCCCUGCAUCUUUGUCCUUUGGUGGUCUUCAACUUACCCACAACCCAAGACACUCUGAAUGUAAAGGUGGUGGUGUAGGGUUUCUCUUCUCACCUCACUGCUCCUUCAAACCUCUACCCACCCCCCAUUACCUCUCUUACCCAUCAUUUGAAAUUCAUUUGAUUUUCCUCUUCAAACCCUUCACUGCUAACAUUGCCGUUAUUUAUCGCCCCCCUGGUUCCCCUCUCCUCUUCCUUGACCACUUUGCUGCCUGGUUACCCUACUUCCUCUCUUCUAAUAUUCCAUCCCUAAUUCUCGGGGACGUCAAUAUUCCCAUUAACCCACCUUUGACCUCCGCAGCCUAUUAACUACUUUCAAUUACUUCCUCCCUCGGGCUAUUGCAGUAAGUUAAUUCUCCCACCCACGUAGCUGGCAAUACCCUCGACUUCAUUUUCACUUCUACACGUACAGUAUCUAAUAUCUGCAACACUCCAUUUCCUCUCUCUGAUCACAACCUCUUAUCGUUUGCUCUCGAGUAUCCCCUCACCCAACAACCUCAGCCUAACCCCCCUCAAAUCAGGAGGAACCUUAAUUCUAUUGACGUCCAGCAGCUGUCAGCUGAUAUUGAUUCACAACUGCUAUCCAUCCCUUCUGUGGCGAAACCAACCUCGCCACUGUAAACUGGAGAAGCCUGGUUGCUCGCCUGCUCCCUUUAGACUAUGGCCCUGCAGUUCAGACCUGUUAUUUUCCCUGCUGAAUGGUUUAUUCAUGCCUUUCUGCCAGGGUGUUCGGUAGAUUCAAUCUACCGAACAAACUACCGAACGAUGGACCACCUGGGAACUGGAGUGUGCCGUCAAUUGACAGCCCAGAAGCUACGGUUAACCGCAGCUUAAUUGAUGAACGCUGGGAGGCCUUUGUUCGGUUGCCGAACACGUGGCAGCGGCCAUUUUACCUCCCGAACGGCCAGCGGUGUUCAGCGCCUAUACUAUGGAACUGAAAACGGACACUUAAUUGCGCGAACACCGCUAAGCCACCAGCCUCCUUCCUUCCCAUUCGAGAGCGGAACCGAAUGACUGUUCAUUCGGUAGUUUAACCGGAUGAACAGCAUCACCCAGAUAGCUAAGCCAUGGAGCCUGUUCAUGUAACGAAAAGACUAUGAAGGACUUUGGCUCCAUGGCGAUUGAACUGUAUGUAUGUGAUCUGAGCGCCAUUCGGUAAUAAUGUGCGCUCAGAUCUGAGCUGUCUGGGGAUAUGUAGAACGUAUAUGUUUUAUGUACUGUAGGUAAUUUUAUGUCUUUUACUGUUUGUUUUCUGCCAUGUGGUUAAUGGAGUUUUGCCUCUGUCUUUGGAGAUAAUUGGAUUACUUCCCAAUUAUCUCCAGGGCAGAGAGGAGGGAUUGUGAUGCAUUGUGGGAUGGUUGAAAUGUGUAAGUCUGUGAUUGGUCCUUUUACCCUUUGUGUCCCAGUCUCCCAUUUGGUCCCCUAGGGGAGUGUCCACCAGGUGGGAGACCUGCAUAAAAGCCGGGCAGUUAGCCCCAGUAAAUCAGUUCCUGCUUAACCCUCAAAGUGAAGUGUCGUCUCAUUAUUGGGGAGGAUUUACUGUAUGCUGUUAGAGACUGAUUGCCAGGAGUGUAAGCCGCUUGGGGGCUUUUCCUGUUCGUCUGCUAGCAGCUAUUCGUGUGUCUCCAGUUCGGGAGUUUGGAGUGCUACUUGGUAUGCAGUUCGGGAGUUUCGAGUAUUCCCUUAGUUGCAGUUCGGGAGUUGGUGAAUUCGUGGGUUUGCAGUUCGGGAGAUUGGUGCUUGCAGUAGCUGCCUGUGCAGCUGAAAAAGGGGAAUAUCGCCUAAACGGUUUUUAACCUCUUGUGGGCAAAACGGUCCGUUACACCUUCCCUCUCCUGUCCCUCACUGGCCAUGUCCACAUAUAACACUACCCUCACCUCUGCCUUGAACUCUGCAGCCCCGCUCCAAACAUGCACCUCAAAGGAGAACACGCCCCCAACCGUGGCAUACUAAUCAACACGCUACCUGCCAAGCUACUCCCGUUGUGCUGAACGCUCCUGGAGGAAGUCUCGCACCCAGUCAACCUUAUCCAUUAUAGAUUCAUACUGUGUUCAGACAACGCAGCCCUUGCCCUCGCCAAACAGUCAUUCUUUUCCUCUCUCAUUAGUUCAUGCUCCCGAAAUCCCAGGCGUCUCUUUGACACCUUUAACUCUCUUCUUCGCCCUGCUGUGGCCACCCCUCAAACUAACCUUACAGCCGAUAGUUUUGCAUGCUACUUUACCGACAAGAUUGAACAGCUAAGGAAAUAAUUUUCCCCACCUUGCUGUUCCCUUUCCUAACCACAAGUAGAUCAUUCCUUUCCUACCCCUCAGACUUUCUCCAUGGCUACUGAACAAGAGGUGGCUGCGCUUCUCCUUUCCUCUCACCCCACCACUUGCCUGCUCGAUCCUGUCCCAUCUCACCUUAUCAGAUAUCUAUCCCCUUGUCUUGUGCCUUCCUUAAAACACAUCUUCAACUGCUCUCUCUCUUCUGGCAUUGUCCCUGCUGACCUUAAACAUGCCACUGUAGUACUUAUCCUGAAAAAAACAUCCCUUGACCUGUUCUCCCCCUCUAACUAUCAUCCCAUAUCCCCGCUCCCUUUUUCCUCAAAGCUUCUGGAAAGACAUGUCUUUACCCAUAUGUCUCACUUGUUCAAUUCCAACUCUCUCCUUGACCCUCUUCAAUUUGGCUUUUGCCCUCUCCACUCUACUGAGAUUGCUCUUAUCAAAUGACCUAAUCGCAGCUAAAUCCAAAGGCCACUACUCCAUACUAAUUCUUCUUGAUCACUCUGCUACCUUUGACACCAUUGAUCAUGUUCUCCUUCUUCAAACUCUUCAAUCAAUUGGUCUCUGUGACUCUGCCCUCUCGUGGUUUUCCUCUUAUCUCUUACUAACGCUCAUUCAGUGUCUUCUUUUCUAAUGAUUCCUCCUCCCCUCGUCCUGUCUCGGUUGGAGUCCCCCAAGCCUCUGUCCUUGGUCCCCUUCUAUUUUCUCUUUAUACUGCCUCUCUUGGCAAGCGUAUUACCUCUUUUGGAUUCCACUACCACCUGUACGCUGAUGACACCCAGAUAUAUCUCUCCUCCUCGGACCUCUCCCGUGCCAUCCUGCAACGUGUCACUGCUUGCCUUUCUUCCAUCUCCAACUGGAUGUCCUCUCGCUUUCUGGAACUCAAUCUCUCUAAAACUGAGCUCCUUGUCUUUCCUCCUCCUAAUACUGAUCCUCCUCUUUCGCUCUCCCUUCAAGCUAGUGGUAUCCACAUAAGUCCAUCCUUGCAAGCACGCUGUCUUGGCGUUAUACUUGAUUCUGGCAUCACAUUUGAGCCUCACAUCCAGUAUGUUGCGAAAUCCUGUAGAUGCCAUCUUAAAAACAUAGCCCGCAUCUGCCCCUUUCUUACACAAGAUGCUACCAAGGGGCUUGUCCAUGCUAGUAAUUUCCCGCAUGGAUUAUUGUAACCCUCUCCUAAUUAGUUUUCCCAAAAGCUGUAUUGCCCCGCUACAGUCUGUAAUGAAUGCUGCCGCCAGACUGAUUUUCCUCUCUAGUCGGUCCUCUCACACCUCACCCCUCUGUCAGUCCUUACAUUGGCUUCCUGUAUGAUAUAUGAGUCAAAACAAAGUGCUAAUCCAUACCUAUAAAGCACUGAACAAUUAUAGCCACUCAUAUCUCUUCACAGAUCCAUAGGUAUGCCACUUCUCGGUCUCUCCGCUCUGCCCAUGACCUUCUCCUGUCCGUUGCUCGCACUCGUACGGCCAAUUCGCUCUUGCAGUACUUCUCGCGGACGGCUGCCUUCCUAUGGAAUAGCCUGCCUACUGCCAUCAAACUCUCUUUCUUGUAAUUGUCCUAUUUAUAGUUAAAUCCACCCUCUCAUAAUAUUGUAAAGUGCUGCGGAAUCUGUUGGUGCUGUAUAAAUGGCAAUAAUAAUAAUAAUAGACCUAAAGUCAAUAAAGUCAAUAAACCCAAAGACUCGUCAGUGGACUUGGCAGGUGUCGGAUGCUAUGCAGUUGGCACGUAACUAUAAAUGAUUCUCAUGCCAACAAUGACUACAUUGUGGGGAGGCGUAUAACUGCUUAGCACAUGAAGACACUGUGGGGAGAGAAGAGAAUGGAAAAGCACAGUACGACAUAUAUUUGCUAGUAAUUCAACUUGCACAAAUUAUAGACUAAAUUGUAUUUUCUGCGUGAAUCAGAUGCCAUGCACUUAUCUGUGAGUUACAGGAGCAUUAUUUAAAUAACUGAAACAUGAUUCUGCACAUAAUGGAAAGGUCAUUCCUGUACGUGGCUCACGAAGAAAUAAAAUAACUGAAUUUCCUCUGUCGGUGGGGGAUCGUUAGUGCUUCUAAUUGAUUCUGUUAUGCUGCUGUGACGCAGCAAUCACCAUCCACAACAACAAUCACAUAUUUUCAUUAGAAAUAAUAAACUUAGAGGAUACAUGUAAUCUCUAAAGGUUGCUUGUACAUUUUGGCCCCAGUUGAGUGGAUGAUAAGCCUUAUGUAGUUUGAUAGUUUUAAAAAAAGACUCAUAUUAGUUAGAGGAACAGUGAUACCCUGUAUAGCAUGAGCCUGAAUUACCACUUAUUUUGUUUCUUUUUUUUUGUUUUGAUUAGCUUUUUUGCUCACUGUCGAGCAGCUAACAGAGAAUUAAUACGACUCCAUGUUUGAAAAUGGAUUAAAUAGAUAAAUAAAUAUAAUACAACCCUCUUACUGCAGCUUUACAGAGCUUGCAAAACUUUGUUAUACAUCUGUUGUCAUACAUGUUUUCAGAAUUAACAGGUUUGGCAUUAUACACAGAAUCACAGAUUGUGUAAUUACUAUUGAUAUAUUGACAAAGGCGUUAAUCCUCUGAGUGUCCAAAGUGCCAAAUCUAUUUGUUCCCUCUCCUUCAUGGUAUUGAAAGGUUUGCUCCAUUACGCGAUCCUACAAAUAACACAAUAGCAAAACAGCACUUGAAUAAAAGCUACUCUAGAUUUUAUCAUUGAUUCAUUAUUUGUCUAGUCUUGUGGGAAAAUGGAAGCCUGCGGCUAUAAAAUAUAAUGUAUAAAGCACUGCAAACCAACUCAAGCACACAUGUUAGAAUUUGACUCUGUAGAAUAAAACCUGUAGCAACACAAACUCGGACAGCAAUGAUGAGAGUGUUAGGCUAACCCGGCCCAGCACUCCCAGCUUAUCAUUGGCGAGCAAGGUCGAACCAAUAAUUAGGAUUUGAAAGUUCACAUAAUCGAAGACUCAGCAGAGAACCCUAUUUUAGUCAAACUGCUCAUAAAAGUAUUUGACAUAAAACCUGGUAGUGGGAUCCAAAAUGUAAUCAUGACCCUAUCAAUUAGUCAUUGUGGGCACGAGGCACCCUUCCUGGUCAUUAAGCCAUACAACAAGACACAGGGUAUCUUGGUGGCUUCCUAGAGCAGGAAGCUGGUGUCUCAGUUCAAAAGGGUCUUUUUAGCUACUCAGCUCUAAUGUAGUUUAGAAAGAUCUUCGGUGCCGGUUAGUCCUUAUAUCUAUUCAUAAACUAUACAUCACAUCCAAUAUAGCUUCAUUGUCCCCUUGUGAAGUGGAAUUAGUCAUUUACUGCAAAUUCUGUCCUUUUGAUAUUUUUAAUUGGGAUAUUAAUUCCCUCGUGUUUAAUCUUCCACAACCAAUUUGAUGUAAUAAAUCAUGAAAGAAUCAUUGUGCUUACAUCUCUAAGGGGACACUAUUUAAAAUGAAGAUUACUGUAGCCAUUUCCCUUUGCAAAUCAUAUGAGCUUCAUUAUUUAGUAAUUCUCCCUGUUGGUCUUUGUAUUAUUUUGUUGGAGAAUUUUCCUAUCUGUGCUCCAUUCCCAUUUGCAGUUUAAUUUCAUCGAUGCACAAACUAUUAAUACUGAUCGAAGAAACAAAGUUGCAGUUACAUUUUAAAGAGAGACACUGAUACAGGGUCACUGUUUCCAGACCACUUUAUUGAGAAGAGGUUGUGUGGGCGACAUGAAAUUAGAAUAAAUGAUUGAGAUGAAGUGGUCUGUUGACCAUAGUGUCCCUUUAAUUCUCUUAUUCAACUUCCAUUUAUUCCAGUGUCAGUGAUUAAGUGAGAAUUGUAAGGCAGGAGGCUAAAAAUCCCCACUAAUAUCUUCAAUUUAGAUCCUUGAGCUAGUUAUAUGGAAUUUUCAUUAUAAUACAAUAUGCUCCAAUUUCCAGAUGUAGAGCAUAUGUAGCUUUACAUAUGUGAUGUCUAAACCCUCACAUUCACCUGCAGAACACUACCAUUCUCAUGAUGCUCAGCCGGGCAUUGUUACUUUCCGCGUUUAGAGUCUAGUACUGUACAAUGGCUUUUCUUUGAAAUUAUUUUGUCAGGAUGACUAAUAUGUUUUUAACACAGUCUGCGCUUAGAUGCUGCUGUUUCCCAGGGGAUUCAAUUUAUUCUGAAAUCACAUGAAGAAGAGAGAAAAUGUAUUGUGCGCCUUUUCUCAGUCUGGGGAAAAUGGCUGUUCAGUUUGCUGCCUCCGUUUACAAAAUUGUGCAUGUUUGUGUUUUGACGUAUAGAUGGAUAGAGAGAUUACGGAUGGACAGACAGAUAAAAAUGACAUGGUAUGCUCAUUAUGCCAAUAGGCAGAACAUGUUUUUAAAUCCUCUAUGGGCGUGACUGACGCUAUGCAGUGCGGUCGACCCAUACAUGUCCCAGCCCACCUGAGAUUAGUGGGAAUUAAAUUUCCAGGUACCAGCUGCCAUUAGCACUUGGCUCCGUUAAUUAAUUCCCUCUCAAUGCAGAAGCAUUGUACAGCAUGUAUCAGGGAGAAAUUAUUCUUGGAAAUUAUUGGGGUUCUGGAGACACUCAUAGAGUACUCAACUAUAGGUGACUCGUGUUUAUUAUAAUGUCUCCAGAAAACAUUGAUGGUGUUUUUAUUCCUUAAUACACGCGUUACCAUAAUGCAUCCAAAAUAUCUAAAUUAGCCAUGACUUGUUUUAUAAUAUUUACAGAAAAUUCUUGGAUAAAUCGCACUUAACAGUAGCUUUAACGCUUUUCUUACACGUUUUCCUUAAUUUUCUCUUUCCACUCCCUAUAUAGUUAUAUAGUUACAUAGGCGAAAAAGAGACGUGUCCAUCAAUUUCAGCCUUACUCACAUCUGUUUAUGCUGCUGAUCCAAAAGAAGGCAAAAAAAACACCCAACAAACUAGGAAAAAUUUAUUUCUUGAUCUCAGAAUGGCAGUCACAUUUAUCCUUGGAUCUUACAUCUAUUGUAGUUAUCCUAUCUUUUAUUAGUCAUUUCCCUUUUGCCUUUUCCUUUUUUUUUUUUUUUUAACAACCCAAAUAAAAAUAGGUGUCACUGAUGUUAGAAAUUAGUUGAGACAAUCCAAAACUGGGCAGGGUUAUACACCAGCCUGGAGAAGAGGACAGUAACCCAGUUAGCGUCCAGACCCAAGUUGCCAGGACUGACAAUGACAGGUGCUUGCACUGAAUAUUCACAAUGCUGAGUACUCGUGAGUGCAGUUUUUGAGAAUGCGUGUGGUGUCAGGGUUAAUUAACACUAUUUUAUACUGAAUAAUAUGUCAAAGUCAAACUUCUAAUCAAAUAAUAAAAUGUGGUUACUCCUUAUAAUGAGGUGAAUUUUGUCAAAGGUGGAACCUAAAAUGAAAAACGAGAAACAGGGACACAAUUUACUGUAACAGGAAAAUAUAUGCUAUGAUACAACUUAUUUACUGUUGGGAGUUAGUGUACACUCACAUUUGAUGGAGACUGAAACUGAAUGGCUCUAAUACAUGAGAGUUUAGUACUUUCUACAGGUAGUGCCCCACCUUUUCUCCAAGUAAUGACCUACAAAUGACCUGCAUAAAAGGGGAGUAUAAAAUGGAAAACCCCAAUAGGGCCAUAUUCUCUGAUGUAACACACUUAGAUACAGUAUAUGGUUUACAAAGUUGUCACUCACCUUUUAGGGAGCCAUGUCUUAGCUUACUUUCUCCAGGUAUACAAGUAUGAAGUGCCGAUUUCAGGUAGCACACGAUCCUUAUGUUACUUCUGUUACUUCAAUACUUCUAUACUGUUCCACUAAGUGCCUUUAUCACAAAAAUUCUUAUCUUCAAAUUUUCAUAAUCUUCCAAAUCAAAUACAAUUUUUUCAGAUUUUCUAUUCAUAUUUAACUUAAAAAUAAAUAUCAGCAACAUUCUUGUUGCCCUGUAGUUUGAUUAGUACUAUAUUAAAUUGUUAUAUGCCCAUAUAACUCCAAAUGAACAGUGAUGCUAAUUCUAACUUAAUAAACAUCAUGGUUGAUUUAAGUCUGAGAAGCAGCCAUUGCAGUGAUUUUAUUAUUGCUGAUAUAUAUCAUUCAUAACCUGGGCACUCAUGUCUGUUUGUAAGACAUGCAUCACUAGUGAUAUGUCUAUGAUUGGAAAAGACAAAGUCAGGCUAUGCUAGCAAUUAUUCAGCCAUUACCAGUACUGACUAUGUUUGUCUGGUCAAAUUUGUUAAUUAAAUAGGAAGUUUCCCUUUCAAUGUAGAUUUUCCUUAAAAUCAUCAUAAUUAUCUUACGGACAAUUUGCCAGGCCGUGGCACUCAGGAGAUUCUGCCCUAAGCAACAAUCCAUUUUGCCGCCCCCUCAUGAAUGCAACUAUAUUCCCUCAGAGGUUUAUUCACUAAACUCUGAAUUGCAGUGAGUAUACAUUUAGGAAAGGAGACGCACUGGGUAGACAUUAAGUGAAAGCAGACACACACACACGCCGCCUAAUACAUACAUCAAUACACUCAUACUGCCCAAUACAUACAUCCAUACAUUCAUACUGCCCAAUACAUAAAUCCAUACAUUCAUACUGCCCAAUACAUACAUCAAUACACUCAUACUGCCCAAUACAUACAUCAAUACACUCAUACUGCCCAAUACAUACAUCCAUACAUUCAUACUGCCCAAUACAUACAUCCAUACAUUCAUACUGCCUAAAACAUACAUCAAUGCAUUUGGUGGGAUUUAAUUUAUAAUAAUGGUGAGACUUAAUUUAUGUGGGGGGGUUUUCCGGUUUAAAAUGGAAUUAGAUUAAUAUAUUAUAAUUAUAAUUUAAAGUAUAAGAAUCUCUUCACAUGGUCACACACACACUAGCACACACACACUCUCAGUGGCGUACACACAUGGUGUCACUUACACACACUCGCUAACAUACUCUCACUAACACAUACACUCUUGCUGAUAUACACGUUAUCAUUUAUACACUCACACUCUCACUGACAUACCUACAGUGUCACUUACACACACACAUGCACACGCUCUCACUGACCUACACAGUCACUUACACAGUCUCACUGAUAUACAAACACAGUGUCACUUACACAGUCUCCCUAACACAUACAGUCUCACUAAAACACACACACACACACACACUGAAAUACAGUGUCACUUACACACUAUCCCUAACACACACUCACUGACAUACGCAGUGUCACUAACACACACACUGUCACUCAAACACAAACUCACACCACUUUACAUAAAGUCACACUUUAUUCACACAUUUAACACACACACACACACACACCAAUGUACAACCAUUUACACGAUAGCCAGUCUCCCUUAGCCCCCAGAUAUGACAUACCUGUCCUACUGCUGUGAAUGGAGGAGAAGGGGUCCAGCCACCAGCCUGCUGGGGGAGCAGGGGAGCUGUGCACUGUGUGCACCAGCUGCUUCCUGUUCCCCUCAGAGAGUUUCCGUUGUUCACAGUCAAGGGGCAGCCGGGAUACCAAGUCACAUCCCGACUUUAUCUGCCUGCAGGAAGCAGUGUGCUCUGCUCAGGUGCUGGGGUUACAAUAAACCCCACUCCCUGAGCAGGUAAUUGGCUGCAGAGGGAGCCCAGCAGGUGAACGGUUGCGCUGGGGGUUGAUAAGGAGCCGCUCGCCCAGCACACCAGCCCCAGAUAGCAGCAGGGCAGCCCACAAGGAAACCUCUCGGUGGGCGACCCCAACAGGUUGGCGCCCCAGACCAAUGCCUUAUUUACCUAAUGGUAGCGCCGGCCCUGUUAACAAUGUAAUAAAAUACGCUGGAUCAUUUUAAAAUGAAUACUUAUACUCAUAACAUUUACUUAUGUAGGUGAUUUAAGGUUUACUCGUGGAAAUUACAAAUAAUUUGCAGCACUUAGAAUUUUCUCCGUUAUUUUUGUUUUAUCAUUAAUUAUAUUAUGUUCAUAUUUCAUUUUUACAAUCUUACACAAAUAGCAAAGAAUAUAUAGGAGUAUAUGAAACCAUGUGUUUCUGAAACUAGUGAUUAUAUCAUUUUUGGGGGGUUAACGUGACAGUUGUCCAACAUGAGAUUUUAGAGGCAUAAAAAAGAGAAAAUUGUUUUAGUUAACAAUUUCUCUCUGUCCACUGAGUUUUAGCCCGCUGUGUAAACAAACUAAAAAUGCUGGGUAACAAUGGAAAAAAAUUAAAUAAAAUUAUUUUUAUCUAAGGUGCACAAAGACCAUGUCAACUUUAAGCAAGCUCAGUCAACACGCACACGAACAUCAGAGUGAAUAUAACAAAUAUUAAAACAUUUACAGGCACUGCAAAAAAAAAAAAUUACGCAGAAAUUAGCUAGUCCAGUUCUACUUCAAUGAGGAAAUUAACUAUCAUCUAUAGAGAGUACUGACACAAUUACCAAAAAAUAUUUGACUUUUUUUUUUUACUUUAUGUAUACUUGCUUGAAGCUGUCUUUCAAAACGGCUCGGCAAGAAUCGUGGCUUACAGUGCCAUCACAGAAUGCUGUGCAAACUGCUGAAAGUGUGCUUUGCACUAAUUGAUGCAUUUCUUAGUUUACCAGACAGGUAUAAGCUAGACCCUUUAAUGAUAAUAAGUAACAAUGUGGGUAUUAACACAAUUAUUUGGAUCGUACAAAGUAUUAGUGUGACUGUCUGCCUGUGUGUGUGUGUGACUGUCUGUGUGUUUGACUGUCUGCCUCUGUGUGUGUGUGACUGUGUGUGUGACUGUCUAACUGUGUGUGUGUGUGUGUGUAUGUGACUGUCUGCCUGUGGCUGCUCACUGUUUUAAAAAAAAAAAAGGGUCCCCCCUCCUGAGCCCCCACCCGCGAUGCGCGAGUGGGGGCUUUUAAACUAUUUCCCCCCACCGGCCCCCACCCCUGAGUGGCGGAUGGGGGCCCUAAAUAAAAAUUGGGGGGGGGGGCUAAUGUCCUCCCCUCUGGCCCCCACUCCUGAGUGGUGGGUGGGGGCCCUAAAUACAAAUUGGGGGGGACCUAAUGUCCUAUUCCUGGCCCCUACCCCUGAGCGGUGGGUGGGGGCCCUAAAUACAAAUUGGGGGGGACCUAAUGUCCCCCCAUGGUCACUACCCCUGAGCGGCGGAUGGGGCCCUAAGUACAAAUUGGGGGGGGACCUAAUGUCCUCCCCCUGGCCCCCACCACCUGAGCUGUGGGUGGGGGCCCUAAAUACAAAUUGGGGGGACCUAAUGUCCUCCCCUGGCCCCCACCCCUGAACCCCUACCUACCCCCCUCACCCUAAAAAUAAUGAGGGGGGGACCUUUAACUAAGUAUCUGUAAAAAUAAAAAUAAACUUACCAUUUGAUGUUUACUUUCUUCUAAUAUCUUCUUUUUUCACCCCCAAAAAAAGGCCAAAUAAAAAUCCAUAAUACCCGACACAAUUAAAGAAAAGAAAAAACCCUGAGCGCAAAAAAAUAAAAAAUAUAUAACCUGAUUGGUUACUUAAUCCACCAAUCAGAGUGUUAUGAGUCAAAUUACACAGCGUGGGAAAAUUCCAAAGAACUCAGGGGUGGGGGCCAGGGGGGAGGACAUUAGGUUUUCCCACCCCCCCCUUAUUCUUGUUUAGGACCCCCACCCACUGAUCAGGGGUGGGGGUCAUGUAGAGGACAUUAGGUCCUACCCCCAAUUUUUAUUUAGGGCCCCCACCCACCACUUUUUUUUAACAGUGAGCAGCCACAGGUGGCUCACUGUUUAAUAGACAUGCCCCUACUCGCGAUAUAGCGAGUAAGGGCAUAAUUUACUAAUACUAAGUAAUCUUUACUUAGUAUUAGUAAAUUUGGCCUUUUAGUAGAUAGCUCCCUAAUACCAUGGGAAUUAGGUAGUUAUCUACUUAUUCAUUCCUGUCAUUACAUGACUGGCUAAGUAACUUACAUUUUAUAUGAAUGUGUGUUACUUGAUUGUUGUAAGUGUUGCAAACGCUUACAGCUAAAUCCUGGCUAUGUUUGUAUACUUUUUAUUUAAAAUUGUAUACAGUGUAACAUUCUUCUUCUUUCACUGGGUAAGUAUAUUAGUACUUAGGCAAUACUGUGCUUCGGAACUUCUGAACUUCGACACUUUGACACCUCUGAACUUCGGCACUUCAACACUUCGGCACUACUACACAUCGAAAAUUCGGUAAUUUCGGGACUUUCUGCAAUUCAGCUAUUUGGACAUUCAGAAGCACCCGAAUGUCCGAAUUACCUGAAAUUCUGCCGAAUUUUAUUUUGGACCGAAAUGAAUUGCAUGUGUCUAAUCACAGGUAAACUUUAAAAAAAAGCUACUAGACAAGUUUGAGGAAAGUAUACUAAAAACCAAAACUACUUAGAUAGCAGAGCCGUACCAAUGGAAUAUUUCAAAAGCAAAGCAUUAUGAAGCAGUCACACUGAAUCACAAUCUCAACAUUUUGCUAUUACGGAUUUUGUUUUCACUUAUUUCAUUUUGCAGUAACUUUAACAAUAACACCAAUUAUCCACCAAAAUGGCCAAUUUUAACUGUUAUUUUUAAACUUUGUGCUCCCAUCUCACAUUUGGAUUAAUGCAGAGUUCCCCUGCCCUCUUUAGUUUUUGACUUGACAAUAGCCAGUACCUUUUGUGUUUAUCUAGGCCAACACAGACAUCAUGUGCGCUUCUCAUCAAAACAAAAAAUCGUAAUGAGAACCAAAAAUAUAUUUGGCAAAGAUCAAUGCUACUAAUCCUACACAGCAGUGUUAGUUACCAAAAUAUGGCCUAGAUUCAAAGCCCAUUUUAGAAAGCUUGAAAAUGGUUAGGCAAGGAAAUGUAACUGGAUCUUGUAUUGGACAAACAUUGAGGCUAUAUGUGGAGGUGAAAGUAUAUUAAUAAAUAAAUAAAAUUAAAGCAUGAAGGCUGGAGGUCAAAGUUCUUUAAAUAAAAACAGCCCAAGGAAAUGGUGCCUCUCUGUUUCUGUUAUCAAUCUGACCUUGCCAAAUUCAGCUUACAAGUCCAGGAUAACGGGAGUUAAUGUGAUUUUAUGUCCAAGUUAGUAACUGUCACAUUUUAUUAAUUUUAAUAUUAUUUUGGUGCCAUCUUCGAUGCUUUGUAAACUGAUCCCUUUAAUUACUCCAAAGGAUUAUUCCUCAUGAUAAACUAUUAUGCUUUGAAUUUAUUUGUGUACAUUGAUAAUUACUAUAACUAAUUUAUUUUUUUAAUUAUUAUUAACUCAACAUAUUGAAGAAUAUUAUUUUUAACUUCUGUGAAAAGAAGGAAAUGUAAUUAACAUUUAUGACCUAUGAGACUAACACACAAAUGCUCUAAUUUUGUGGAUGUUGUGAAGUCUUUGUGAAUAAGAUAUUUGUUGCAUUUUUACGGACGGUAAUCAAUGUCUCCCACCUCAUUGCACCACGUUAGGAAAAAUAGCAUAAUCUUAUCAUCAUUUCACUUUUUUGGGUUUUUGAUUUUUGCCAUAUUUUGUAAACCUUUUUUCUUAUUAAAAACACAUCUCACAUCAGUGACUACCCAUCAUCAAUGCAUUCUUCUGUGCAAUGCAUUGAGGUAUCGAUACAUUCUUACAUAGUCCUAUUUCAUAUUUUGUUCAAGACAAAUAAAUUCAUUCCACACUGACAUCCCUUUGUCCUGACCAGAACAACUUGACCGUGUUGAAGAAGGCAUGAAUCAUAUCAACCAAGACAUGAAGGAGGCCGAGAAAAAUUUAAAAGAUUUAGGGAAAUGCUGUGGCCUUUUCAUAUGUCCUUGUAACAAGUAGGUACUGGGUACCGACUCUGCUGUCUAGUGUCCGGUUUUUGUCACAGUGAUGUCUGAUGUUUCCUGUCUUUCUUCUUUGUCCUUUUCCAUUUGCUUCAUUCUGUGGGGAUAUAAUGCUUGUAUUUAAUCAGAACAACUGGAGCGCAUCGAGGAGGGAAUGGAACAAAUCAAUAAGGAUAUGAAAGAAGCAGAAAAGAAUUUGACGGACCUAGGAAAAUUCUGUGGUCUAUGUGUCUGCCCAUGUAACAAGUAGGUCUUGCCUGCCUGCCUAAAGUUUUUGAGCACCCGAGGCUGAAAUGAAAGCCUUGCAGAAAUCGUCCCUGCGAGAAACAUAGGCAGGAGAUGAGCAUGUGGCAUGCAGAGAGAUCGAUUCUGGUUAUAAAUCACCCAUCUCAUAGAAUAGUCAACACCGUGCAAAUUCUACAUAUUAAAAUCAGGCAUACUGCAGUUUAGUUCGCACUGCAUCUCCCCCUCUCAACAACAAACAAACUUCAACAUUUCUUUUAAUGUGUACAAUAAAAUUCACAAAUUUGAACCAGAGUUUAAAAUAGGCUAUGCUUUAAUAGCUACCUUAUACAGGUUAAAUAAAAUAAAAUUCAAAAAUAUAUAUAAUAAUGAACUCUCGUGAUCUCUCAUUUAUGUAAGUGCACUGACAGAAAUGUUGAAAUAUAGUAGUUUUGCAUGAAGAAAUAGUACCCCCUAUGGUCCCUAAAAACUCAUAGAAUUUAUUCUUCAGUUCCUAAAAUGUUUUCUUAGGUCUUCCUUAGUAGUGAAAAUAUACUAGAACCAAUUUUAUGCAUUUAACAGGCAAUGAAUAGACUAUGUUGUAACGCACAAGAAUUAUUUCACAAAAAUAAUCUAUAUUUUACCCAGAGGUAAACUAGGUUUGCAUUUGCUUAAAAAGGUGGGGGUUUUUUUGCAAAUUUGUCCUUGUAAAAAAAAAUAUAUAUUUUUUAAUCCUCUCUGCUCUUUUAAAAAAUGUUUUAUAUUAAUUAGAAUUGUUGCCAUUGGCUACACCAACUGGCAAAAUAUUAUUGAUGGGAAUCUGUCUGCUUGUUACUAAACGCGUUACACAUUAGGCUAUUUACCCUGAUAAUAUAGAAUCAGAAAAAAAAAUUUCUGCAUGGAAUGGGGAUUUAUACAGUGAUAUAACUAACAGGUCAUGUGCAGCAUCGUGGGUAGAAGCUUAUAUUGUGCCUUCUGUUCAAGAGCAAGUCCACCACCCAACUCAAACAAAUUAAUUCUAGUUUUAUCUAGCGGUGUAAAAAAAAUGCCCAGUAUAGUGACCGUCACAUUUUUAUCUAGAAAAGCCACAGAUCCUCGUUGUUAAACAUUACUGAAGCAGCCAAACAGAAUAUUAUUAUUCAUUGAUUAUUUCCUGGACUUGCUGUCAUCGAAGGUAGAUGGAUAACUCACGAUUAACGAAACAUCCUUGGAAUUCUUUACAAGUACCGAAUUACUGUGUUACUGAAUUCCAAUGCUCCUGAAUCCCAGGGGUGCCUCGACCUAGCCUCCAGCCUUCAAGUGAAGGAAGCUAUUAUGAAAUCUGAUCUAAGCAAAGGCUGCUAGGCGUUGCAUAAGAGAACUUAAAUAUUAACUAGGGAAAUCACAUGUUGGCUCAGAUUAAUAAAACAACAUCCCAUUUAAUGCUGCACAUUCUUACAUCUGCCACUGCAGGCAUGCCUAGAUUUUAAUCAUAUUUGCUGUGGCAAUUCAGUCAAAAAUGGCUUUAUAAUGGCUCCAUUAAAUGGCUGGAGAGAGAGGCCUUCAUUGCAUUCAUGGGCAUCGUAGAAGAUCCACUUUUGACUGGCUUGGAAUCUCUGUAACAGCUAUUAACGAUGGUGCAUUAAAUAGUGAGUCAGUGGAGCAGUUGUGCUUAGUGAAAGUGCUUCACCCACUUUUCAUGCCAGCAGCUUGUGCAUGAACAAGGUGAAUGGGAUAACAUUGUAUCAAUGCUAGAUUUGCUUGUAUUAUUUGCUCCUGCGCUCAUCCCACGUUGGCAAUUUUUUACUUUUUUUGUCUUUGUUGACAAAGGUUUGUACAUCAACUCUCGAUGUAUAGUUUACUGUUUUCAAGUACCGAUAUAUUAUCACUACAAAUUGAAAAAAUAAAUUUACUCUGGCUGCUAUUAACGUUACCUACACUCGCUUUGAAAAAAAUAAAUAUAUAUAAUUGCAUUUAUACAUGCGCUAUGCAAUAUGAACCAUACUAAAUCGUUGCAUAGCGCCAACAUUAUGUAGCUAAAUUAAUUGAUCACAAUUCUAGGAGCAUAUUCAUGUGAUGUGAUGUACACACUAAUAGUGGCAGUUUUGUUCUAUGUAUGUCUGCCAAUGUGUUUCUUUCGUUUGUGUCCUUUAUGUGAUUCAAAUGACUGAAUGUUUUCAAUUUUUUUUAAAACAAUUUAAAAAAACAACUACAUGUGUUUAUUCCACUGUGAUAAAGUCAUCAGUUAUCUCAAUGUUUCAUAGCUGAUAUUGGCAGCACUAUAUAACUAGAGUGGGUCCAUGAUAUAUCGGUAUAAAAUGACACCCCCUGUCAAAAGCUCGGCUCUUCCCGUGACUACCAUGAAAAGGUGGUUUGUCACUGAUAAUCUCUGUGUUUUGUGUUACUCACUAUAUUUUUUUCAUAGGCUUAAAUCCAGUGAUGCUUACAAAAAAGCCUGGGGAAACAACCAAGAUGGAGUGGUAGCAAGUCAGCCUGCCCGUGUUGUGGAUGAACGUGAGCAAAUGGCCAUUAGUGGUGGCUUUGUCCGUAGGUGAGUUAUGACCCAUACACUUUGAAUGUUCUUCUACCAUACCAGUUCUAUACACAGCAAGAACAUGGUGCACAAGUAUAAACCUGUCUCCAUGUGCUACAAGAUAAUGACCAUAGAUCUGCCCUUUUCUGAAUUGCAUAUAGCACGCAGUUGGGAAUCUGAUUUACGCACUGACAUUUCAUCAACACAAGCAAAAAUACUCACAGUACAUAAGUGCAUGAUACGAUCUGCAUCAUUAAUGGUACAACACAGGAAAACAAUAUAUAGAAACCACUAUAUAGAAAAUAAAUUUAAAAAACUACGUUACAUGGUUUCUCUGAGAUUACACAAAAUAUACCCCACCGUAUCUUCCAUUCUUUUGAGAUGCGGUUAAGACAAAGGCUGCAUGAUUAAUAUUUGGUGGAACUGUUCUCUGAUUGAACCAUUUUGGGAAGCUAUCCAUCACAAGGUUACUGAGGUGACCGGUCUUACAUUAUCUUUUAUGCCUUUAACAUAGUUUGAAUCGGAAUACCCCAAAACAUCUCUAAAAUGUAUUCUACACCUACUAUUAACAGUGUAGCAACAUAGAACAUAAAACAUUCAGAACAUAUAUGAGGCCAAGUACACCAUAUACACACCAAUAAAAACAUUUUAUAAGACAUGGUCUUCUUGGAGCGCAUGGAGAACAGGUUAAAAUGCUGGUAGUGGCUUAAAAGAGAUUGCCGAUGGGUGAGACAGAGGGAUAGGAGAGAGAAUUAUGGAGGUUUGGUACAUAGAAUUCUGAUUACCCUUGAUAUAUAUAAGAGUAAAAAUUCUGAGUUUGACCUUAUAGGAUAAGAAUCAACCUUGAAAAAUGAAUAAUUUUAAUAUCAACAUUUUAAGACAAGGACCCACAAUUAAAUUGUCUUUUUACGGAAAGUCAUAGAUUCUAAAAUCAUAAAGUUAUUAAAGAACGCCUUUUGUACCUCUGGAAUUACCCUUUGGGUAUACGCUGCUAAGCACAAAGGUGACAGUGUUGCCUCUCUAAUUAUUUGUAUGACACUUUAGUAGCAUUGUUUAUAAUGAUACACCGCCUGUAUACUUCAUGCUGGCACAAUGCCGUUGCUCUGUAAUUACAACGUAAUGAUAUUGUACGUCUAAAUUAAUUGUGUCUAUUUAAAGAAUCGGAUAUUAUGCAGUGAAAGCCUAUGGGCAGUUGUAUGAAAUCUAUCUACCAUCUUCAGUCAUGGACUGAAUCACUGGGAUGGGGAAGGUCAAAGACGGAAACCCCCUGGAGCUGAUGUAUGUGUCAUGCUAAAAUAUUUGUUCUUGAUACUUAGUAAAAAAAAAACUAUUGUAGUAAGCAUAGUAUUCGUGAGAUUUUCUCUUCUUCUCAUUUUUAGAGUGGGAGGAGAGUCUUGUUUUUUUUUUAUUGAAUGUCUUUUCAUUAACUUUUUUUUUUACUAAAAAAGUUCAAUGUUUUAUGUAUCAGCAUUCUUGGAACUUCCAUACAAAUGUCCUCAGUGUUUGAUAUUUACUAAGAGAUGGUGUGACAUUCAAUAUUUCCUGCAGGUUUUAUAUUUAGGGAUCAGAGUUAGUUCUAAAAUUUUUUUUUCAUGACUUUGUGUAAGGCUGAAAAACAUGAAUACUAAUGUGGAAUAAAUAAACAAGAGGAAGAGACAGCGCCAAUCAGCCUUUUAUAUUUUGCUUUUACUAAUGUGGCAUAGCCUAUAGAAUUUACAGCUCUGCAAGUUUGCAUUGAACUCCAAAAUAAACAACACUUUAAAAAAAUUGAAAGUAUUGCAAAUAGAAACAUAAGCCCAUAGUGGUGGGUGCAGCUUGUUCUACGCUUGACCUUGCUCCACGUUUGUUCAUUCUCUUGUUGCCUCAACUACAGCUGCAAUGCAGUGUUAAUAUUUUACAUUAAACAGGCAGAUGUUUCAAGAUGUCCACCUCAUCUUUGUGGCCAGCCUAAGGCACACCUGUGCAAUAAUCAUGCUGUCUAAUCAGCAUCCUGAAAUGCCACACCUCUGAGGUGGAUGGAUUAUCUCGGCAAAGGAGAAGUGCUCACCAACACAGAUUUAGACAGAUUUGUGAACAAUAUUUGAGAGAAAUAGGCCAUUUGUGUAUGUAGAAAAAGUCUUAGAUCUUUGAGUUCAGCUCAUGAAAAAUGGGGGCAAAACCAAAAGUGUUGCAUUUAUAAUUUUGUUCAGUAUAGUAUGCCAUUAAAGUCAUUUAAUUUCUUUUUUGUUGUUUUUUUUUAUGCCAGUGUUAAUAUUUAUAAAUUAUUAUUUAAGGAAGUCCUGCGAAAAUUCAAAUUGUGUAUUUCUUAUAUGCAAGGAUUGGCAUUUUGUCAUGUGAACAUUUUUUCAUUCACAUGGCAUGUAUUGUUUGGGAAAGAGACCCAUUAAAACUCCCAUAAACUUUUUUUCUGAACAUUUCCAACAAUCACAGCUUUUGCAAUAUUUUUCUUUUAGGGUAACAAAUGAUGCUCGUGAGAAUGAAAUGGAUGAGAAUCUUGAACAAGUCAGUGGCAUUAUUGGAAACCUACGUCAUAUGGCUCUGGAUAUGGGCAAUGAGAUUGACACACAGAACCGCCAGAUUGACAGGAUCAUGGAGAAGGUAAGCUGAAAUGGCUAUCAAAAGUUGUAUUAACCCUGAAAAUACACACUAAAAUAUAUCAUAUAUAUAAUCAGAUGAAAAAUCUAGACAAAAAUGAAUUUGUAUUGUCAACUAAAAAUUUAAGUAUAGGGAAAGAGUUGUCUAUUUAUUUUACAUGGGGUUGCUGGUAAUUGCCAGGGCCACUUUUUUUUGCCACAAAAGCUUAGAAGGUAAGUUAAAGGAGAACGCUAAGCACCAUAACCACUACAACACCCUAUAGUAAUUAGGGUGCCAAGAGUAUUCUGUGUCCCUGUGUAAGUAGUCAUGCUAUUUUAGAAUGAAUUGACAGCACACAAGGUAUGAGAAAAAUCCCAAACUUUAGACCAUCUUGGUAUUAGAAAGCCAUUACAUUUAUAAAUGCAUUAAAUCGUUUACUGCUUCUAUUUUAACCUGCAAAUGCAUAACGGGGUUGAGAGGCAUUGCUUUAAAAAAACACUGUGGUGUAAAAAUAGGUUUUUAAUUUCUAGAUUCAAGUGGUAGUUGGGCCAGUUACAUGUCAGGGCCCCCUUUUUUCUGGAAAAAUUAAAAUGUAAAACAACCCUUUAUUUAUUUGUAAUCCAGGGCCGAGAUAGCCUAUUCUUUUCUUGACCCCAGGUGGUGACAGUUAAUCAUUAUGAACCUCAAAGCAAAAUGAGACAACUCUAUUAGUGGAGUCGAGGCAAAAUCGUCCAGAAAGGGAAUUUGCUAUUCUUAAUAUGCCAACUGCAGCCUGUAAAAGGAAUGGAAACCCAUCAAGCCAAUUCACAAGCCAGGCUGCAGAUGUCAUAGUGGAACCACUCUGCGGUCGAAACUUUGCUGUUGUGGUUCUCAAUAAAGUGCUUAUCUUGAACCAAGGAGGGAAUGGACCCCUAUUAUUUUACUAAUGUUAGGAAAUCUGGUGUUUAAUUCUGGCUCAGCAAGCACCCUGGCUCAGAUUUGUGGGAGUGAGUGCAGUUCCACAUAUACUAUUCAUAGUGGAACCAAUGACUCGAGCACAUGAGCCUUUUCUCAUAAAUUAUGUAUUACACUUUGGAAUUUUUUGAGAAAUACAACCUGAUUUUGAUACAUUUGUUAUCAAUUAAUACAAAUAUUUACUUGGGUAUUACCUUAAAAGACCCACACGAGAGUGUCUUGAUCUGUUUCAAAGAGUUAACCGAAAUUGAAAACACUGUUAGAUAUGAGAUAUUAAUAAAAGGAUUGUUCACAUAUAUGGUUUAUGUGUUUGUUAAUAUUUAUCAUGGACCAUCAUCUUACAUUUCCAUCUCUUCUCCAGGCUGACUCCAACAAAGCCCGGAUUGACGAGGCUAAUCAACGUGCAACAAAGAUGCUCGGCAGUGGUUAGAAGAACCAACAAAGUAUCUCUACUGCCCAAAACUGUCCCAUCAGACAGUACUUUCAUGCUUUUAUCAUGGUAUUUCCAUAAUAGGUUUGCACACAAGCACAUGUCAGCUCCCAUUGCAAAUGUUGUCCUGUGUAGUAUGUCAGCUUUCCAGAAGAAAAAUCUACUUGUAAUUAUAAUUUUUUUUCCUAGAUAUCUUCCGUUCCAAAGGUUGUAUAUAGUGAUAUAUCUCACUAUGACAUUUUUUUCCUUCCUUUUUUUUAUGAUGUUUGCUGAAUGACAACAAUGUAAGGAAUGUUAAACGUGCUGUUGUCUUUGAACUAUACAGUAUUGUUCUCGUAAAACUGUGACAUUCCACAGAGCUACUGCCGGAUUAUUAUUUUUUUGAUGUCAUAAAUGAUACUAAUACCGUUGAACUUGGCUGUCUUUGGUUUUCCAUUGCUUUCCAUGUGUUAUAAUUUCAUGAUUAGAACGUGAAACUAUAUAACUAUAAUAAGCAUUGCACCACGAGUGAUGUGAAUUAUGCAUUUAUGCAUGAAAAUAAAUAGACAUUUAGAUGCCUUUAUAAAGAUCUUUUUCAUGGCGGUAGCACAUCAAAUAAAAGCAUGCUGAGUAUUUAAACACUGUUGGGACUAUGUUAUACCAGCAAGUUUGCAGUAGUGCCACUUUUCUGUCGAUACAUCGUUAGAUUUAUACAUGAUCAUGCUUUAUAUUGUUUCGAAAAAAUAAAAUAAAAAAUAAGGACAGACUUGGCACAUGUUCCCAGCAAAAAUGUGCUUUUUUAAUUUAUUUAUUUAUUUUUUGAAUUUUAAUUAUUCUUUUUUGCUGGUAAUAUAUAAAAUAUUAAACAAAAAAAAAAGUUGUAAUAUAAGAGUUUGGAUAAUGUUUAUGAGGAUCCUCUUUUGGAGGAAAUGACUUCAAUUUUAACCCUUUGAGAGAUAGGGGCGGCGUGCAGAGCAUUGCUUGUCAACGCAUUUCGCGCCCUCCCAGGGGCUCAAUGGGUUAAAUGGCACAAAAGACGUGUAAUUUUUAUAUUGCUAAGUCCUGUUAACCACUUAUUCCCACGUGGUUUAUUUUCAGUAAUGUUCUCUGUUGCUUACCUAGAGCUAUGCACACCAAAUCGCUGAGAUGUUUAAGUAGAUUUAAAACAAAUACAAUAACUUAAAUGAAUGAAAUCAAGAUUAAACUGUGAUAUCAAUAUAUCAUUGCAGCAUGUACUAUUAAAUUCCUUAUGUCUCCUGUCAGUUUGUGAAGUGAUUGACAUUUUGUAGCUAGUUUAAAACAAUUAAAAUUACAAAUCUGAU